AUGUAUCUGAACAGGGAAGAGGACAAUAGCAAAGGUAAGAUCCUGUCAAGAAAUGACACUCUUUUGCAGAGAUGAUCCUGUGACAGUUUCAAGGUGUUACAUUAGUGACCCGCCUUUUCCUUCUCUCUCCUCUCUCUCUCUGCCUGGCAUUAAUAAGGUGGGGAUGUAGUGUCACACAUCCACUGAUAAUAACGUAUGUUUUUGGAUCCUAUGACCACUGAUGUUAGUGAAAAGUGUGGGCUGUCAUUAUGUAAUAUCAGUGCAGUUAAUUGCCUCCUAGGGGGGGAUGCUUAUCAUUAGCCCAAUCCUGCUUUUAUUUCCACGCACUGUGAAGGAUUAAUUGUGAACCUGUUGUUGUCAGAGCAAUUUCACACAUGCAUUGUUUGCCGGGUUUGCAUUUCCUUGUGUUGAUCUUGACUUGGACAUUUACAAUAAGGGCAACAAAACACAAGGUCAAAGCCUAUAGCUGCAACGAAACCUAAGUGUAUACAGGUUAUUAAUGGAGCUCCACAGCUUCCGACAUCCUACACACAUACCAGUGGGAUAUGGGGCUGCAGCUUAUUGCUUAACGGGGAGAGAAAACCCGUGCAGCAGCGCGAUGGGGUAAAGAGGGUACAAAGGAGGCACAUUUGAGUAAUCUCUCCCACGUGUUUUCGAGGCGUGAUUUCUCCUCUCAUCGGGCGCCCAGAAACACUCCCUACUCAUGUCCCCUGCUGUUACCAUAAAGCAGAAACGGCUCUCUGGGGCUGAGAGGUAAUGCUAAUUACCACCCAAAUCUUCAGGUUAUACUAGAACAACACCUGCUGCUACUGAGGAGGGGAGGUGAGAGAGAGGGAGGGUGGCAGAGUGGGAGGAGCCAUUUUUGUUCAAUUUCCCUGUGAAGUGAGAUAAUGUGAUCUCACCACACAGGCAACAACACAGUACUGUACUGGAGGGAUGUGUGCGACCAGCACCAGUCUACAGCAUCCGUGGGUAGCAGAGAACACAUGGGAGUUACCCAUUAUGUCUGAAAUUGGAAAAAAAACACACACACACAGACAGUCAGUCAGUUUAAAAGUGGUGCAAUAGCUCUUUAAAAGCCCAUGUGGAGUUUUGAAAAGCUAUUUUGUCAACAGUAUAACUCUGAAAACGGUGAUGAUUUUGCUUUAUAAACUCAAAAAGUGGCAGUAGCUCAGGAGGUAGAGGGUUGUCCAAUGACUAAAAGGUUGGUGGUUCGAUUCCCCCCUAUCCCGAGUCUUUCCGUUGUGUCCUUGGGCAAGUCACUUAACCCACCUUGCUCCUAGUGUGUGUCCUCCACUGAUGUGAGGUGGUGGUUGGGGAGACUGUAGGUGCAAACUGGCAGCCACGUUUCCGUCAGUCUGUGACUAUUAAGGUAGUUAACCACCCCCAAGGUGCGACUGUGUGGGCGAAAGGAUGAUGUAUCCAAUGUAAAGCGCUUCGAGGGUCUCUGAUAAAACGCUAUAUGAAAUCCGAUGCAUUAUUUUUAUUAUUAUUAAAAAGCAUCCUAGACCUUCAGCGACAAUAUUGACUUUUUCAUUAUUGUAAUUUAAUUGCCUGAAACCACUGUCACAGAGUAGGUGCCAGACAAUAUGAUUUACAGCUUGCUGGAGAAACAGCCUUUUCUCACAUUUUCACCAGCUUAGGUUCACAAUGAGUGAUAAAUUUGACUGUUAAAAGAAAACAGGAUGAGAUUUAUGUACAGAAACCACUAUCCGUGCCCGUAUGGGACGAGAUUAGCAAAGGAAAAGAAAACGCUGCUUUGUCCAGGGGGUAAGCAAAACUGACGCAAACUGUUUGUCCCUCAUUGAAGCUUUGAUUUAAAUAAAAUAGGUGUUACAUCCCAAUGUUUGCCAAUCCUGUCAAGCUCAAGUGCUUGAUAAUGUCACUUUCAACAGACCUUUAAAACGAGAGAAAGAAGAAUAGAAUAAAAGGUGGACCUAAGUGGUAUCUGAUGAACUCUAUAUUUAUCUAUUAUUUGAAAGUGCCUGAAAAUGGCAUGAGCUAGUUGGUUGGCUUGCUAACCUAUAGCCACUUGUAGCAGUUGUUUUUACGAGCUAGAAGCUAGUGUAUUUCAUGCAUGUUUUAGUGGGUUAUACUUAUUGAUCAACAAAUUCUUUACAAAACAACAUUUUAGGAAAAAAAAAACUUUGUUAUACUGUACAACAGUUUUUGAGUCUUCAUAACUGUAAACUAAUUGACAUACUCUGUCGCUAAGUUUUAGAUCUUUUGCCAGCUUGUUGUCGAGAUUGUGGUGUUUUAUGGAUGCAAAGUCUAUUUAAAAUGUGGCACUGCCAGAUUUGUAGAUUAUUAGCUUGGCUGUUGGGAUAAUAGAGCAGACUGCCAGACAACUUUGAAACGCAUUACAAUCAAUUUGGAAAUCUUCAUUGUCUUUAUCUGUUUACCAGAUUGAGGUCUUUUGCUUUAAUAGUUUUUGACUUUUGAUCAUUAUCACCCCGAAAACCAAGGACAUCACCGUCAAGUAUGUUAUCAGUAUGUUGUAAAGCUGACAUUUAGUGCAAAGCACCUUUGUGUCAAGUGCAGCCUCUCAGGACUGCUAACGUUAGCUCUUUAGUUGUUGAAGGUCAUAGAGGGAUGCAAAGGGAAACGUGGAGGAUAACAGACUGUGUAGUGUGUUGUACAUCCUGAUUAAAGGGGUCAUGUUAGUCACUAGCAUGUGAGGUAGGUGUGAGCAAUUGUACUAAAGGAAUAAAACAAGGUGAUAACCAGUAAGCGUAUAAAACAGCUGGCAACUAGUUGUUCGACUCAGUGGUUUAAAGGCUCCGGCUGUAACUAAAGGCUGUCUCCAGGGUUUAAUUGACUGCAAAGAAAGUUGUAAGGUUAUGAGUUGGCUCAGUACUGAUGAAUUACUCUUUUUAAUUAAGGAAAUCAAUACUCGAUCGACACACCUUAAAUUGAUUGAUGUGAGCGGGUGUUCCUUUCUAGCAGGUGUUUCCCUCGUCACACUGCUGAGGCCUUUAAAUUCACACGGCGUCUCAAGGUGGAGUGGCAGGGAGCGGGAGAAAGGUCUACCAGGGAUGUAUUGAUUAUAGCCUCCGAGGAUUAGAGGGGGGUGAGGACAAACAGUUUGAUCAUAUGUGAGUCUGACAAUCACACAAACUGUUGGCUACAGUCAAAUGCACACCUGGAAACACACUGAAUGCGGAGUUCGAUCAAUACUAAACUUAAGCAUUUAGAAGAGAAAGAGUAAGGGUUGAAUGCAGGGGGCAAAUGGACAUCUUAUUGUCUGUACAGUCUGUACACACUGUGUAAAACUGUGUUACAUGUUUAAUAUGUGUUUUUCAGGCAGUUCUGUUUUAGUUUUCUGUUGAUGGGUGGUUCUUUGGUUUUAAAGAUGUUGUUGCUACUUAAUUUUGGAGUAAAGCCCUCACUGGACGUCAGUAAGAGGUAAACUUUGCAGAAUGAAACUUUCUUAGGUACCCAAAGAUUAAGGUAAAGAAAGGUUCUUGAAAAUUGAAGAAGACAAACUGAUUAUGUCAUGUCACAUAAGACUCAAAAUGAACUCUAGGUUAGGUUCACCAGACAUUCAAAGGCCCAAAUAACAGUUGACUGAAACUUAUAGGUCAGAGGUGUGAAAUGCUAUAGAGCUCAGGUUUGGGAGCCAAUGUAUUGUCAUGCACAAUCCCCAUUUUAAGAUGCAUUUCAGUUUGUUUGGUUAUUUAUAAAACAUAUCUUUUAUUUGGUCAUUCACUGUGAGUGUGUGCGUUAGCGGAUUGCAAUGCUUGUAAAAAAGCUAAUUACGAUAUUGGCUUUCAUCAUGCCUCUAAAGACAAUAGUGUCCCAGAGAUGAAAAGUGCCUGUUAUCUAUAGAUAUCGAUAAGAAAGGCUAGAUGACUCAAGGCGGGGUCAGUGGUGUCCCUGCACGGCGGCCAUCUCACUCCAGUAUACCAUUCUGUUACGCUCUAUGGUAGCUGAUGGAAGGUGAGUAAUCUGCAUGAUCAGAAAUACUUUUAACUCACUGAGAUCUUAACAGAUUUACAAAAAGUUUUGUUUGUUACAUACUUUCAUAAUGUGGCUAUGAGUCGGGAUGCUUGGACAUAUUGAAAUGGCAACUUUUCCUUGAGAAAAACAAGACUUAAUCGUGCAGCACAGUUUUUCAUGGCUAUUUGCGUGCAAGGGCUAACUUUGAGUCACUUUACACAAGUUGUCAAGGCUGAGACCACGAUCAAGAUUUUAUUUUUUUUUUUUGUCUAAGUGACCGCCUUUGUGGAUGUGCUUGUGUUUAUCAGCUGUCUAACUUGGCUAACAGACUGGCUGUGAGUGAGACCACUUAGGCAUUACAAAGUUGACCCAGCAAUUUUACAUCAGUUGGAGAGCAUGAGGCAGAUAUUUCUAUUGAAAAUAAAUACAUAUUAGUUAUUGUUAUAUGUUAUUAUAGUUAUCCAUAUAAUAGAAAUAUUACUAAUAUAACAUACAUGGACUGAUUGAAUGUUUUAUAUAUAAAUGAUUUAAUAUAACUACCUUGUAUCUGUAGGCCUAUAGCUAUUGCUCUAUCUGCUUAAUGUUUAUGAAAAUCCAUGGUUAAUAUUAUUCUUGAGUAUGCAGGAACAUAACUAAAACACUGAGGUAUGAUACAAACCAAACCGUUCGAAAAUCGGUUUAAAAUUAAUCAAUCUAUGGUUAUUUAAAUGCUACAUGCACCGUAGACUCUAAUGUUAUGAGUGGGCGAGCUGCCUGAACCAAGAUGGCCGCCAUGUGUGGACGUCGGUCUCCGUUGGCUAACAGCGUGCGUAAGCCAUCUAGCGUUUAUAUUUAUAUCUAUGAUUUUACCUGCCACUCCUCCUGCACCGGCAAUGUUAGGCUAGCCUGGCUGGGCCAUCCUGUUGCGUGAAUCACUUGCCGUUCCUUCCCACAACAGUCUGGACUUCGGCCCAUUGGGAGCGUGUAUUAGCGAUCAGGAAAUAACCGGGCCAGUCAGUGACUGUGUUUCCACUGUAUCCCGGACAACAGGGAAAGGGGCAGCCCCUGGUUGGUCCAUGUGUAGAUGGUGACGUCUAACACACGCUGGGGGACUUUUUUCAAAGCCCCGUUCAUUCAGAACGCCGUUAAUUCUGCAGUUGACUUUGCAAAGUCGGCAGAAAUCGUUAAGAUCCGCAGAAGCCGUCUGAUAUCCGACGGCUUAUAUUAGGCUACAAGCUAGCGUGAAGAGAAGUGUGCAAAGCAGCGCUAUCUCCGCCCCCGACUCAGAAGCGAGUUGCUACUGAAGCUCUGCAGAAGAAAAGCCCUUGAAAAUGACACAGCAGGUAACGUGAUUUUGGCUAAAAACUUACUCACAUUACAUCGUCGUUGCGGGACCAUGAGAGGCAUGGCCAGUGAGCACACAACAGGGGCUCCACAUACACACUAACUCCGAUAUGCACAUUAUACGCACACAGGGCUGUUUCGCGAAUCACGCUGCUAGCUUUAGCGCUACACAUCGCCUCCUCGUCCUUCCGUUGUUGCCAAAACCAUGGCAGAACGACUUCAACCCAACUUCAACUCGUUAAACAUUGCAGACGAGGCGAAAUGGGCAUAAAUAUCCCUCCUUGAAACGGCACUUGUUGAGCGCCUCUUAGUUCAGUGCUGACUCUCAGGUCUGACUGUCUCCAAACAAGCUAACAGCUAAAGAAAUUGUCGCUAACUCCCUCUACACGUCUGGCAGAAAUGCUCAGCUAUGUAAGUAUGACCAAGCACAGUGAUAGAGUGAUAAGUCAUUCAAAAUGUUAAAUGUAAACCAUGAUAGCCAAUUUUGCGGAGUUUAUGUUAUUUAUCAGUCCUCUAGAGGGAUGCACCGAUCUGCUAUUUGGAACGAAUAUCCGAUAUUGACAAAUUAACUGGAUCAGAUAUCUGAUAAUAUCCGAUAUCUGACGCCGAUCCAUCGUUCCUAUCCAGUCUUUUUCCUUCUUGUAUUUAAUAUCAUACACAGCAACACAGUGAUUCUGUUCGCUCUAUAUCCCAUGUCUGUCUGUUCUUUUGCACUGAAUGUUUACAUGGAAGUCUUGCUUCUUUUAGCUGUGUGAUAAUGUACAAUUUGUUAUUUGUUAAUAGAUAGUAAGUAAAUUUAUAUCUGUGAAUUUGUUACCUUUUUUUUAACAAGGCUAAUGUAAAGCCUGAUCCUCUCACUCACAGGGCAAGGUAUACAGUUCAUUCAUUCAACAUAAGUAUUGGAUCGGUAUUGGAUAGUGGUCAGCUGGCUCAGCCCAGGUAUCGGUAUUGGAUUGGAUCAGAAAAAAUGGAUCGGUACAUCUCUAGUUCUCUAUAACGAAGUUGAAUUUAUCUGUGCGUAUAGAAAAUGAGCACUUGAUGUCAGAUCAAAGUAUCAAUCAAAAAUCUAUGGAGGAAAACACUUCUCUCCUAAUUCUCCGUAGUGUCCUGUCAGAACAAUGCACCAUUACAAUAACCGAUUUAUGUGGGACUUUUCACCCACUCUGAGCUAGACAUAAGACAUAAAUCAUAACUGUAGCAUACUUGAAAACUAUCUCAGCUAGUGCAGCCUCUAUAAUGCUAAUAGUGAAUAAUGUCCAUCCUAAAGAGGUUUCAUUUGAACUUGAAUUGAUUAGUGGUGUGACUCAGGCUUUCACCCUCUUAUUAUGUGUUGAUGUUACAUGCAUAUCUGUCUGUAUCUGUUUUCAUUUUAAAUGAAUGUGCUGACUACUGUAUAUUCCUGAUGGUUAGAUUGGUAGGUUAGUCUUUUUGAUGCUCAAAUAUGGUCCAACCACCAGUCCAAACCCCCAAUUUUUUAAACCCCAUUAAUGGUUCUUACUUUGGAGGCUUUUUUUUUGCUCGAAAAAUGGGAAAUUAUAAAUCAAUUAUGCAAAUAGCUGCAAUUUUAAUAUCUGCUGAACAGCAAAAGGUCUAAUUGUCUCUUUUCUACAUGUUGGUAAAUAUCUAGAUGCCAAACUCUUGUCACUCUGUAAAGAAGCAUUUUCAUUAGUGACUAGAUACUGUAUUUUAAUUAAUGAUAACUGUGUUAACUAAAAACAUUCUCAGUUAAUUACAUUCUGAAGUGUAACUUAAUACAAACCAGCGUGUUGGCCUGAUGAUACAUGAUGAUAGUGUGUUUUCCUCCUUAUUUCGAAACCGUCACCAGCAAGUGUGAAAAAUCUGUCAGGCAGGCGGCAUCAUCACCUCAUGCACAAGACUGUCCCUACUUGUGAAAUGUCUGUGCUACACAGAGCGGAGAGAAUUACUUCUAUAUUCUCACUUCAGCUGGAACUUUCAGCUGAAGCCAAAAACUGAAACAUGCUGUUGCUUUCAGCUUGUCAAAAAGCAGACAACCAGUGAGGGAAGAGCUUUCCAGCCCAGGGCGUUGAUUGCUGUUUUGAUGAACUGUCUGUAACAGAUUUGUUGGACAGGAACUGAUGCAUUUUAUUGAUCAAUUCCACUGAGGAUGAAUGAAUUGAGUACAGGUCAUGUUUAAGGGGGUGGGCAUGUUCUGAGAAGAGACCUGUAGUUGACAGACUUCAUGCAUAAUGCAUGUAAUUAGCCUGAUCCCUAUGACUGAAACAAGUGGAAGAUCAUUCGCACGGCUUUUAUGGCUUCUGCAGGUGGAGCAAUGUCACCUCAGGACAUAUUCAUCUCCUGUAUUAUUGCACAGUUCAAUUUGGUUUCGAGCAGGGAAGCAGUCAGCGGAGUAUGUGAUGUUAUAUAUCCCAAAAUGAUGAAGAUUUCAGUGUAGACCCCCACUUGUUUUCUCAGCAGUAUAAAAAAUUUCAUUCCUGAGUGUGGAUGUUUUGUUAUCUUCCUCCUUCUGUGGUGCUAAGUCUGGAGACAGGGUUUGUUCAGCAGGGACAAAUUGCCCUAAAUUUAUUUGAUGUGCGGUCCUGUUCUCUGUCUGGCAACCCACACAACCUACCACUUGCAUAUAACGUAUAAUAUAAUGUUGUCAGGUUCAGCAUUGAUUUAGGGUGAAGUUGGCCUUGGAUUGGGGCUACACUUUAUAUCUCUUGCCAGGGCUACCAAUCUAAAUGACUUAAGUUUGGCAGGCUGAACCUGCACUUAGAGAGCUCUUCAGAUAGAGUAAAUACUUUGGUUUUUGGCAUUACUAUAAAUCAACUUAAAAUAUAAAAAGGGUUGGUGUAAUUAAAGGAUGAGGAAUACCAACAAUGUUUAAAAGUUUUCCUGGAUGUUUUCCACUUUUUAAGACUGGCUGACCUCAUUUGGGAUGCAUAAAGGACAAUUGCUCUCCGCGCUAGAGGUAUUGCCUUGGAGAUAAGGGCAAUGUUAGGUUUGGUUGACCAACACUUUGCAGACUGAAAUUUCUCUACAGCUAUUUGAUGGAACAGUAUUAUGUAUUGUUCCAACUGGGGAUGAGCAUAAAGAACUAGUUUCUACUGAGAACCAGCUCCAACUCGUAGCUAUGAGCCAUCGGCAUCAUUUGCCUCUUGGCUUUACAGUUCCAGUUAAUCAAUACCAUCCACUCGGUUCUGUGUGCCUAUCAAAACAAUGAUGUGAUGCACCAUGAGAGGUAGUCAGCGUUAAGUAACUACAGCUAAGGAACUGUGACGCACCGACUCACUAUGAUAUCUACUCGCUUUGUGAGAUUAGAAGCUUUCCUGCUUUACACUCCAAGAGUCUCUGUGAUAUACAUGUUGUUUUAUUUUUUUUUCUAGAGACUGUCAUGAUCCAAUCCCUCAAAAAUGAAGGUAAUCUGUGCUGAUUAAUGUGGACAUUUUUGUGAAACAGUGCCAGUUCCUUUGCCAGGUCGACGUUAUUGUUGUCAUCAUCUUUUUACCAGAUUUCUCUUGCUUUCCUAACACAGGGGAGACUUUAGUUUAGUGUUACCUUAAUAUAAGUCUCAGAGGAAAAAACAGAUAAUUGAGCUCCAUACAAUACCUACAACAGGAUGUGAGCAUCGCUGCAGUGCGUCACAGGUAACAAAUUUCAGGUGCUCUUAUAAAUUAUCGUAACAUUGAUAUGGAGAGGACAGAGAAGGGUGAAAUUGCAUACCCCAACAUAGUGGUUCACUUCAAGCCCUGGUUGUUGAGACUCCUGCAUUGACAUUUCUGGUGGCUUUGACUCAGUCGUAAAGUUGGUUGUCUCUCUAUUGCAGGGUUUGUUCAGUCUCAGCCCCUGCAGUCACAAGCUGAAGUGUCCUUGGGCAAGACUCUGAGAUUCUUGCUGUGUUCAAGUUACCUUGGAAGUCAGAUGUCCGAGCUGGGAAUGACGUCACACCCAAGUUACCAGCGUUUCAGUUACCUAGUCGGAAGAAAGCAAAAUCAGAGGUGGAAACAAGAUGACUACAUCUACGAAAGUUAUUUUAGUGCUUGCCUUGCCCUUGCUUAUAUGCAGACGAGCACUAAAAUAACUUUCAUAGAUGUAGUCAUCUUGUUUCCGCCUCUGAUUUUGCUUUCCUCCGACUUGGUAACUGAAACGGAGGUAACUCGGGUGUGACGUCAUUCUCAGCUCGGACAUCUAACUUUUGAGGUAACUCAAACGUAGCAAUAGUUAACGAUGUAUGAAUGUCUUGAUGGCCUGAAAGACUAGAAUAUGCUGUCUAACUACGAUUAGUCCACAACUAUUUUUCAUGUAGAUUAGUUGGACCCCCCCAGGAGGCCACAAGGCACAUACCAUCAAUGUGGCCCAUCUGAUAGGAGGUAACACAGUCCCAAAUUGGCAGCAGUCAUCUUCUGCUCCAAAGCAGGUGCUGUAGGCAGUUCACCUUCCUCCACCCUCUCAUGUGGAACCAUCCAUGUAAUGUCAGAGGUCGAGCAGAAAUAAUGAAAUCAAGACAGGGAAAGGAGUUUGGAUCUCAAAUAUAUGAAUGAAAUGGAUGAAGACCCAGAAAAGUUACAGGGUGGAUCGGCAAAGGUCAGAGUGAAAAAAAAAAGGAUCUGGGAACAGAGGAAAACUGCUGGGGUCAGGUUUUCAAUCCAAGUCUAACCCUCCUGUGUUGCCUUGUUGAGAUCAAACACCUGUGCAGUGGUUUUGUGGUCCCUCUUCAGUUGUAGGCUGAUAUUGUUUCUGUCUUUUUGGAUAACAAGAAACAGCCCCCCUUCUAUAACAUUAGUGCUUUUGUGUCUCAUUGUCACCAAGUUCUGUAAGAAAAAUCAAAUUUUUUGCUGCAGAUUUUGUAGGUUUCAGCUUAUCACCUUGGUGGUGUAUGACAAUCCUCGGUGUGCAUCAAAGGAUUUUGGCUGCAAAGGAAAUGAGAUGGAAAACGGAGGGAAUUUGUGCAGUCUUUAACAUGGUGUGAAGUGUAGGUGUCAGCAGAAGACUGUGCGUUCCUCACCUCUUUGUUAUUAUUGCCCUGUAGAAAUUGAUGAUGUCCCUCUACUUCAUGGCUGUUUUACUAAUCCGGGAAUGGAAAUUAUUUGGGGCUGUUGCUGUGGCAGUCUUGUAUUGUCCAUGCCUCUUAGAGCAAGAUGAAUUGAAAAAUAGUGAGAAGCUGUGAGGAAAGCUGUGGGCUUAGUUAGCAGCAGAAUUCCACAAGUCUUUCUAUCUUUGAUCAAACUUAAACAAAGAUCAGUGGAGAUACUCUUUAUUUUCUCUCCUAACGUUGUUUAAAAGUAUAAAGCUGUCGCAAGCUGUUCUGUUGUCCCGUCAGCUUUCUGUUUUGAUAUCAGAUGUGGAGUAAAUGAAAAUGUCAUUCUUUAAAGCACAGACUGAAUUAAAUGCAGUGGAUUCAGUCUGUGAGCAUCAGAUUGGUGAGCACAAUAAGAGACAGGAGACCUUUCGAUAUGUGAGGGACAUAAACUGGCAAAGGAAUAAUAUAACUGUAGGGAGCACUUAAUCCGCCUGUUUGACAUUUAAUAGAUCACUCAGUCACUUGAGCUUCGGUUUAUUUAGCUCUGAAUGGAAAGUUGAAUGGUUAACAACUCCAAUUUAUUAUACAGAUGAAUGCUGUAUAAGAAGUAAAUAGAAAAAUGGGAAGGAUCAGGGGGGAAUGUGCCACAAUGCUGCGAUGCAGCAGCAAUUAGCUGCUUUUGUAGGAACACCUGCAAUGAAACGUGGAUUUGAACCUGCUGCUUCACCGUUUCUAUAAGAGAGCUCAUCAUCCUUCACAGUGGCACAGGAAGGCGAAUCAGCUGAUUAGAGUCUAAUCACAUUUGUGUGCUGUAAUUCUUCGUGAAUUUGAAUUUGCAAAGAACAAAAAGAAUAGUUUUUAUUGAUUAUUCUGCAGCCUGGUUGAAGUCUUAUGCUUAUGUAAUCCUGCUUCAGUCUUAUAUAAUGUGAUAUAAGGCUUGAAAAUGGUGAACAAACACAGUAAUGUGAAGAUUCCCAUGCUUUAAUUUAAUCUCACAUUGAAUGAAACUCAAACAAUAGUAUUCAUUUCAAUUAAAAAAAGAAACAAGCUUUGUGUAUGAGACUUGUUGAUACAGUUCCAUAGAGCUGAAGUUAUUUUUACGGUGGACUCCCAGCUGACUGGAUUGCAGGGGAGGGGGAGCUCUUUCACUUCUCUCUCUCUGCCAUCUUCUGUCCCUUUCUCCUCUGUGUCUCGGGAAAGAGGAGAAAACCGGCUGGUCUAACAUCAGCCAGCCAGGGGGACGAGUGAAAGCAAGCAAGGGGUAGAGGGACGGACAAUGGAGAGGUUGUGAGCAUGAAAAGAUAGAGAGAGCAGGAGAGACAGGGAGAGGGAGAAGCAAAGAACAAGCCCUGGAGUGCUAGCCAGUCAAGGUCACACAGAGGAGAGGAGGCCCUGUGUGUAUUUGUCUAUGUGUGUGUGUUUAAAAGGGGGAAAAACAGCAGAGAUGGGAAGCCUACAUAGUAAAGAAUGAAGGGUUGGUUACAGCAGAUUGGUUUAGUCUGGCAUGGGGGGGUUUAUAAGAGAGGUAUGAAUAGAAACAGGAAGCUGCGAAGAGAAGGAGGGAAAGCUGAAAUGAAAAGACCUUGUAAUGUGGCUUCACUCUUUUAGACUUCAUAUCCUCUUCAGUCCUGAAUGACAGAGACGGCUUAAUAAACCAGUUAACAUGUUUGACUUGAGCUCCGAGGUAGUGUCUGCAUUCAUGGUAAUAUGACUGCUCUAUAUCUGGAUGGAUUUAGCAGGGCCUCCCCUAACCCCAUCACAUAAUAUUGUAAUAGAAAUCUAUUUUGGAGAAAAAGUGUAAAAAACAGUAAACACAGUAAAGCCUCAGUAUACAGCAGACACAUGCAGGUAUCAGUCAGACAUAUACAUCUUAUCAGGGUUAUAUAAAAGAUGAAAAAUAUCACAUCUUUUAUUUUAUGAAGCUAAUUACCUGCACCUGUAUGCUCAGCUUGUAGGUGGUAGCUCAAACUGGAAGUAUAGAGGUGAUAUAUUUGUUCCAUUUGACAUUUAAACCAACCCACUAGCCACGUUUACAUGUGCAAAAUUUCUUGAUCUGACAAAAAAAUUGAGGGAUCGGAUAAUCUGAAUCCAGUGUUUAUAUGGGUGCAGAAUCAAAUAAUCCGAUCCUGAUGUUCUUAUACAUGCACCAUGUUUUAUUCAGAUUAGAAGCAUUCGGACAUGUGCAGAGUUAUCUGAUUUUGCUAAAAAAAAUGCAGAAAAAAAGUUGUAUUGACGCCUGUGCUGUCAACAAAUCAGCAGACAAGGUAGUGGCUCACUCCAUCCAAUUCAGGAUGUUCCCCCAUGUUAAAUGUUGUCACUAGAUGGCGCCCUUGCGUACUUAUUUUACAGUUCUGUCAAAGGUUGCACUGUGCGUGCAGAUGUGACAUCAUUACGCUGUAUGUACGCCUUGUUCUGUUACUAGAGGAGCAGACAUGGCAACUGUGGUUGAGUUUUAUGCCAGAGUGUUGAUGAAACCUCCUGUACUGACCUCAAUAAAGAAGCCAAAGGCUAAAGAGUGAAGAUGGAGUCAGUAAAGAGGGUCACGAUCAGAGUAAGUGUUAACAUGGGCAUGUUUUGGAACAAUGAUCGGCAUAAAACAAUUUUUACCGAUUGAGCCGAAUUGGAUCAGAAUCUUCCGAUCAUGGUUACUGAGAUGUUUUUCUAUCAUGGCGGACGCAAGACAACACUGCAGCAGCUUCACAACAGAUGACAAAUACUGUGUGAUUUAAAAAAUGAACAUAUUAUUUUUUACCUCACAAUACAAUGAAUGUAUUAUCUCUGACAGCUUUAUUUUUAUGUGUAAUCUAUAUUAAAAAUUAAGUAGAUUCACUGUCUUCUACGGGUCAGUGAUGAGCCUCAGGUUGGCAAAAUGAGACCCAGACGUCAAACAGCAUAAAUGCAGGGAAGAAAAACAGAUAAUAAACAAAAACUAGACAGAGUAAGGGAAGUAAGAAAAAGACAAAACUGAUAUAUCAACAUAUCAAAUGUACAGAGCUGUAAAGUUGUAUUUUCACUGGAUGACAUACAGCCAGUUAGAUUAUUUUGGAAGUAGGUACGCUUCCUCUAAGGGGGCACAAUGGGGCGUUUUAGUGUAGAAGAGAUGUCCAUAAAUCUGCCUCGGUCAUAUAAGGACAGCAGUCCAAUUAUAAAGCUGCUUUUCUAUGUGAGGUAUCUCUGGCUAACAGCUAGCAGUCUGUUGUUGGCCAGCAGAAGCAGUGCAGUUUUGUAUCAGUGGUGAUGCUCAAAGACUCUUUCUCCAUUCAGCUAUAAUGAAAGUCACUGUUGUUCAGCUCAUAGCUGAAGUGUGAUAUAUCCCACCAUGUUUUUAUGGUGAUUUCAAGUUGUGUAGAGCUGCCAUAUACUGAGUGUAUAUGUUUUUGCAUCUUAGCUACGUAUCUAAAAUAAAUGAAGCUGUUUUCUUGAUCGGAUACUCUGUGGUUUGGCGAUUUAUAAAUCUAUACUACCUGCCACAAAGCUACCCCGAUCACACGUCUCUGUCACCACUGCUGUGUAUGUAAACGUUUUCAUAUAUGGGUGUUGCAUAACAAUCCCAUUCUGUCAUGUUGAUCUAUGUUCUCUUGGCAGUCUUAUUCACUCUCCUUCUUUUUUCUUGUCCUCACCACUCAAAGCCCGCUGCUGUGUUGUUUUAUCUCUCUCUUUCACUUGAAGCCAUGUUGUGUUUUGUAAGGAGCAUGUGUUUUAAAGAUUAAACUAAACAGCUCUGCAGGUACAUCCUUUUACCUUUUUGUGAGGGCAGGGAAGCGUUAAUCCUGGUCAGAGAACUUGUUCUAGUUUUGAUUAGUAGUGUUGAAAUAGGGGGUGGCUGUUGCAUAAUGGAUGGCCCCGUGCUUGUCAUCUUAGGAUCAAGUGUUUUGGAAGCAGGAUUGUGGUUUGCGAGGAACAUCCUUUACUCGGUUAUCCUGGAAGGAGUCACUCGGAAACGUGAUCACUGCUGUCUCCUCAAAACCCGCUUUGCAUCUCGUACCCGGGAGAGAUUACAUGUGUGUGUGUGUGUGUGUGUGUGUGUGUGUGUGUGCAGUUGCCAUAGCAUUGUAGAGCACCAAGGAGCUGAUGUCAAAGAUCUGAGGUGGCUUGGGUGCUCUGUGACAUUAUCUCUGCGGAGCAAUGGUGUGUGGACCUGUGAUAACAAAUGAUGACUUUGUAGGAGGUCAGGAGUUCACUCAGUGAGUGGCCCCUUGAGGUCACUGUACUGUCUUGCUGUUAUUCUUUAAGACAGUCUAUGUUUUAAUGUAUUCAUAAUCCACUGAUGUAAUUUAUUCUCCUUUUUUGAAAAAAGAAGUCUUUUUUUCCGCCCAGUCAUCCUUGAACGCAAUCAGCACCGCUAAUCCUCACAUUAAACCUCCAGUGGUCACACAAUCGCAUUUUGUUAAAGACUUCCAGCGAAUUCCUGGCAAAUUAUCCUGUUGACAGACAUCAUUACCAAUCCAAAAGAGUCAUUAAUCUUUCCACACCAUGAUUUUGCACAGAUGAAGAGUAAUAGCUUCUGUGGAGGAGAUUCAAAGCAUUCUGUCAGCUAUGGGCAGUAAUUUCUCUCGGACCCCGUGGAGCUGGCCUGCGCUGCAUGCUACUGUACAAACAGCUCUGUUGUGUUAUUGUACUGGACAGCUGAUUGAAUAGAAAUGUAUACUCAAAUGGAGAGAGAGAGAGAAAGAGAGAGAGAGAGGGGGAAGAAAUAAAUGUCCCCAGCUGGAAUCAAACCGGAGAUGUUUCUUUUUUGUUGUCUUUUCAAACAGCAAUCCAUCAUUCUGAUCCCAAGUGUUUAUCAAAGAUAAUAUCCUAGUCCAGAGCAUCUUUACAGAAGUAUGAUGGUUUCAGAGGCCGCCCAAGCAGCCGAACAUGACCACUGUUUAUGUUACGGUGAAGCUGAGAUAAUCACAAGAGCCAAUGAGGCGGGUGAUGUAUAAAAUGUAGGAAAGUGCCAGUUAAAGUUGUGCGCUAUAUGGAUACAACUUCAUCAAACUUGCUUAUAGUAUGAAAUGUGUCACAACACACAUCUGUUUUUAAUCAGUAUGGCGAGCUAUAAUCGCUGUAUGCCAAAAUCUGUCAUUUGCUUUUAGUUUUGUUUAUAUCAACACACCAAAGCAACUACAAUGUGAUGGGACCAUUUACCGCUGAACUCCUCAGAGUGAUAAAAUAAUAACAUGUGAAUUUAUUCAGCACCUUUCAAAACACGGUGACAAAGUGCUCUUAACCAAAACUGAAGUCAGGCUGACAGACAGGUUAAAUAACACAAUAAAACACAGAAAAACACUGAGCACAGGACCUGAGCUGCUAACAGGGCAAGAGGAAAUACAGUCAGGUGAAGAACAAGCAUCAUAGAGGUAAUCAGGAUUACAGUCCAAAAUGAACAUAAUACUGUUUUUUUAAUCACAUGCUAUUUUUUCCCUCGUUGGCACACUGUGGUUAAGACUGGCUCCUGCUGCUGCCGAGACAGAAAAUUACACCACUGCACUUUUGAUUGGCAGGUUUGAGUUUGCUGCAGAUCUGUGUAUGAAUCAAAAUCGAAGAAGUUGACCGCAGACGAGUGAACAUCGGCGGGGACUGUAAGGGGUCUCAGGAUUGACCUCAGGCUGGUUUAUUGCGACCUAUGCUAUGUCUCAUACAGGACCUGCAUGAAACAGCGAAAGCAACCAAACUGGAACUCCUGAAAAGUGCAAACAGACUGCAAUGAAUAUGUGAAAUAUAUUUGUAGUUGUUUUUUUUAAAGUGAAGGUUCGGAUUAGAAUUUUGAAUUUGAUCUCCUUUUACGCGCUCUUUUUCAUAUUUUUCUCAUGACUGUUUCUGAUUAAAUGGAUAUCCCUCUCAUCCUCAUUAAUCAAAUAUAGUCGCUAUUGGUUAAAUAAAUGUUUUUCCUCCUUUUGUCAGUUUUUUUGGUCUCACCGGGAUGUGCUGUGGACAGCCCCCAGAGUGCAGUUCAGUGCAGCACUGAUUGGCACAGCUGUCGCUCACAGAAGGAGGUUUCUGGUUUUUAACAAACAAACAAUGAACUGAUGGUGCGUAAUUUUUUGUUGGUUCUUUGGCUUCUUUUGUUUCUUCUUUAAUUAUCAGAACAAUGUGACCACUCUGGGUUUUUUUUUUUUGACGGAUUUUGAGUAACUUUGAAGACAGGAUCAACAAGAGAGCGGGGCGUACGAAAACAAAAAACACGAAAACAACGAAAACGAGACAAAAGGUAAACAUAUGUGUGUUGAGCUUAUUUAUCUUCAACAGACAAUUCUGCUGUUGUAGUGUUUAUGCUACGCUAACUGGUUUCUGGCUUCAGAUGCAGUAAUAUGGUUAAGGGGCGGCAGUAUCUCAGGAGGUAGAGUGGCCAUCCAAUAACUGGAAGGUUGGUGGUUGAUUCCCCCCUAUCCUGAGUCUGUACGUUGUGUCCUUGGUGUAUGAUUGUGAGUGUUGUGUGGUGGUAGUCGGAGAGGCUGAAGGUGCAAACUGGCAGCCACGUUUCUGUCAAUCUCCCCCAGGGCAGCCGUGACUAUUAAGGUAGUUUACCACCACCAGGGUGUGACUGUGUGAGCGAAUGAAUGAUGUAUCCAAUGUAAAGCGCUUUGUGGGUGUCUGAUAAAGCGCUAUAUGAAAGCUGAUGCAUUAUUAUUUUAUUAUUAAAGCUUUUAGUCUUAGUCACUGAAAUAGAUAAUAGGCUUUCUCUUUAAAAGGUUUUACUCUCUCUGUAACAGCCAUAGUUAGCCGUAGGCUCCAUGUGGUGCCAUGUUUAAGCCAGUUUCAAUACAGUGCAUAAAAGCUUGUCUCUUUUAAAAAUAAUACCAAAACUUGACGGCGCAGGUAUUUUUGUGCUUUAUUACGAAUGUUCAUUCAGGGGAUAUAUCAAGCUGUUUGCUUAAGUACAGCCUGUUCCACAAGUUGGCGUGUGCGCUUGAGCAUUCGUCUCUGUGUUUAUGUGUGUUAGCCGCACUGUCUCUUGGUAUUUAGCAAAAAAGUGUGUGAUUCUGUGUGAGCCACCCUGUAUCUGGCAAGGUAGUCAGACUGACAGAUUGGGCUGUACGAGUGCCAUCUCCUCGGCUUGGCUGCCUGAGCAUUUCUCCCUCCUUCCUGCUUCCUCUGUCCUUCCUCCCUUCGUCUCAUCUCCCUAUUUCCUUGCUUCAGUGGGGACCAGCAGGGCAAGGGAAAAUAUUUCCUUCAUUUGCCUUAUCUAGCCGGCUGUAUAGGUAGACCCUCUCCUCGGAUUAGGCCCACUCACUGUUCCAGAACUUUGGCUACAAUACCUUGGCAUAUCAGCUGUCCAGGUCUGUCUCCCCCCCUGCGCCAGGAGGUUGUCCAUGACGAUGUGGGCUUAAAACGUGUGUGUUCUUGCAUGCCUCUCCUCCAUUAGCGCUUUCUUACGUCAUUGCCACAUCUUGACUUAGUUGGAAAUGCACAGAAACUGUAAAUGAAAAGGGUAAGAGAGCUUUUGUUCUGCAGAAGUGAACAGAGGGAGGCGAGGUCAUGAAUAGGAGUCGAUUGUUUGUGUCUGUGAGUGUGUGGAGAGUUCACACAAACUGUUUUCACUCUCACACUUUUAACAGCCACAGUAAUGGAAAGAUAGAUUUUCAGCAACAGCUAUCAGUGCAAGCUCAUUUUGGUGAAUUGAAAAAAAUAAGAGAUUUCAUUGGGCAUGUUUGCGCAGUUAUUGUUUUUCAUAUCUGUACUCAGCCAUUUGGGUAAACAAGGCACUUUAAAACUGGAAUCUUUUGUGCUUGUGGUGCCUCACCAGAGCUCCUUGUGGAGAAAUGGGAUGGAGAGAGGAGGAGGAGGAGAAGGAGGAGGAGAAGGCAGAACAGGGAGUAAUGAGCCCAUGCAGGAGGGGGUUAGGGGAGUGGGGGAGAGUAGAUGAUGUGGGAAAACCUGACACAGAGGAAAGAAACACACAGUCCCACAUCUCUAAACCCAAAGAUGGAUUCACAUGAGAAGAGGGGCAGAUUAGAGGAGCUUUGAGAUUCACCAGUUGAACACUUUGGCUCAAGAAAAGCAAUCCCAUCUCCAGUAAACGGAGUACCUGUCAUACACACAAAAAGAUCGAAUUACUGAUACAACAGCUGGGAGAGUGCUGUUAUUGUUCGCUCUCCUCCCACUCAAUCUCCUCAAAAAUGAUCUGGAUUACUGUUUUUUUUCUUCUUUGUUUGUGUGGCUCUUCUUGAUUUCACCUCAAGUCAUCAAACUUUUUUGCAGCUUAUUGUCUCCGUGUUUGCCUCGGCAGCGGUGUGAGUUGAUGCAGCUGGGGGAGCACAAUGAAUUGGAUGCAAGGCAAUUGUGCAUGCAUGGCAGUGAGCUGACAGAGCUCAGCCACAGACUCAGCCGAGCUGAGACGCAGCAGAUUGGGCUGAGCUCGUCCAAGCAGCACGUUUCUGAUUGGUCUGGGCUCCAAAGUUGAAACGUGCCUUUUGUGCCACCGGUCCACAAAUCUGACAUGUUGUGAAAUGUCCCCCCCAGCUCCCUCUUUCUUUCAUGCUAAUGAUCACCGCAGCUUUUCUACGUCCACAGAUCAUUUUUCAUUGACGCAACAUUCAUUGAUUAAUGCCAACCACACUGAGUCCAUUCUUUGUGAUUACGGCUCCAGGCUGAGGAGGGGCUGCCGAUUCUUUUAACGACUGGCAUAGAAGGAGAAGAAAUAUACACUCCAGCAGCCUUUUCUUUGGGUGAUAUUUCAAUAUUUGGUCACUCACUCUCAGAGUCUAUUUGCCCAUAGAGUUGGCACAUGCUCAGAAGCCCUCUGACACAGAUUUGCACAAGUAAACAGAGGAAUCUUGACUCUACAGUCCCCAUGCUGUGUUGCAUGCGCUCAGGAUAUUUGGGCACAGACAGGAUCCCACCGCACAGCCCCGGAAAAACAAACAUGCAGGUCAAACAGAGCGUUCCCAGAAUGCACUGUGAUUCAGCUGUGCUUACUCGCCACCAAAAUAAGCAUGUUGAUUACAUAAUCAAAACAAGGCGGCUGCAUGCCAAAAACCACUAUAUGCUAAUUGUCAUGCUAUCAUGCUGGACUCCACAGAGCAUCAUGCCCCUGGUGAUAUUCUCGCCUAAGUGGAGAUGCUCAUGAGCCUCUAUAUGAGAAUGAUUAUGCUGAAUUAUGUUGUCUUAUACGUGAUUAUCCACUUGAUAAGGACAGAAUUGUUGCCCACCGGUGACGGUCAGCACACUCUCAACGAGAUGAUGGAAGCCUUCACUUGCUAAUUGAGCUAUCAUAAAGGGAUAAUGCAUGCGCAGGAUGUCAUAUUGCCUGCCUCUCACACCAUCUUUCCCUGGGGUGUAUCUGUUCCUCCCUUGUCUCAGAGUCCAUUGCCCUCUAAAACACACGGCUUAAUUACAGAGCAACAGAGGGAGGAGGUGAGGACAAAGAGGGAGCAAGAGCCAGAAAGGAGGAAGAAGGAGAGGCUUUGAGGAGGAGGUGAAAUGGGCUCAUGAGGACGGCUGCGGGAAACGAUGCUGGAGAAGGAAAAAUGUUCAUAAUUAGGAUUGUUUUAGGAGGAGCGUUCCUUUUAAAAUGACCGUUAAUAUCCGACGAUGGCUGCACUCUGAGCUCUCUCCCCGCUGAACAGGCUCUGACUCUGAGGCAAACACACAAUGACUGCACAUCAGACAUGGCUGAGGAUUGACAGGCAUGUGGCUCCUAGCUCCGUCCAACAAUCUCCCUGCUUCUUAAAGCGCCUGACAAACCUCAUUAAGGACGGUUUGUGCAGGCGCUAUUGACAUGAGACAUAGCAUGAAAGGGUCAUGUAUAAAACAUAAAUCCCCCAAGGUCAUAUAGCAAGCGCCUAUACACGCCUCUAUAGUGCUAAACAUGGUGACAUGAGUGAUGCAUGUGUGGCAUUAAUCGUUACUGCGUCUCAAUGCGAUAUUUCUGGUGGGUAAAAAGGGUGGGCUCUCGCUUAAUAACUUGGGGAUAUCUGUGCAGAGAGACUUUGCAUACACCUCUGUUUCGGUCCAAAUCCCUGAGCCCCGUUCAGCCCCUCUCCCUCUUCUCCUCUGAAAUAUUAAUAAAAUGUAAUAGGCUAUUUGCAUUAAAUAUUUAGUUCUGUGUCACAUUUGCAUCUCAUAAACCGUUGGUCAUUCGGUAUUACUUAAGAUUACCCGUGAAAUUUUAAAUCUUGUAGGGCUGAGAUAGUGUAAGUAUGGCAGAGGAGCUGAGACUGGUUUGAAGAGUGGAGAGUGAUCCCAGUAAUCGCUUCGGGAAGUUCACUCAAAAUGCUUCUUGCGUCCUCUUGGCUGCUCCAUUUUCCUCCUCUACUUCUAAACACAGCGUGCUCUGCUCAGGCUCUUUCUGUUUAUGAGACGCUUUUUGCUGCAGCACUUUGUGUAAUGUGCUCCCGACAGAUCUGACGGUCUGGUCAUGGACCAUAUGAUACCUUUCUGUUAGAGUACCGUCCGCCUAGAGAUCGUAAGCUCAGAUACAAGAAGAGGUGAAGGUGGAAAGAAGGGAGGGGUUAAUUAAAGAAGUGAGGGCAGCUACAGCCUUCGAGUGACUGUAAGAUAAAGGGUCAAAAGUUCAUCUCUGAGUUAUUUUUAGUCAGUUAUUGGAUGUAUUAGUAAUUUUAUCACUCCAAUAACCAUAAAUUUACUUUGUUUUGGUGGAUUAUGUGCAGCUAAAUGACAGUGUAUGAUUAGUUCACAGUACGCUGUCACUGAUGUGGAAAGAAAAGACAUACCAGAUUAUUUUUAGCUCGAGUUCUCAGAAAAGCUGUCUUCAGGUUUUAAUGUGUCUGGGUGGUUAUAUUGGAGCGGACGGCCAUCUUUAUAGCGCUGACCUGAGGUCAUUGCUGCAUGCAGUGAAGAGGAAGGAAACUACUGCAUGCAGCUGCUACACUGGUUAGAGGGCACUGCUGUUUGUUGUCAAACUGAUGUUUUACCUGUUGAUUGCUCUUAAGAACUGGGAUUUGAGAAUGUACACCUGAAUUUUUCAUGAUCCACCAGCAUUGUUUGUCUUUAUGUGAUACCCUUUGAAUUGCUUUGAAUUGAUCUAUUUCAGCAGGAUGAGUAACUGGAGAAAACACACUCCAGUUAAAAUGUUUUCUGGAUGUACUGCUAUAAAUAGGAAUGCAUAAUAGAAGAUCCUGCCAAUAUUUGAUGAGCAAAUGUUUUCAAAGUGAUAUAAGCCUGCAGCAGAUGGGGAUUUACAUACCAGCUACAGUAACUGCAAUGAUGUAUAAGUAUAGAUUGAUUUUUAUCAAUGAUAUGACCACUUUUUCAGGAUAGCUGAUUCAAAUUUUCAAUUUGUUUUGACAGUCUUGUUUGCUUUCAAUUGAUAAAUUAAGGCAUCGAUUCGUUGAUCCACAUUUCCUCUGAAUUUCCCGCCAUGAUAAAUAAAGUAUACAUAUUUUCUGUUACUUAAAUUGAAUUUGACCUUAUUUUCCUCUAUUAUCACUGACUCAUUUAACACUGUUCGCUCCCUGGAAAAUGCUGCAUCUGUUUGUUCUGUUAAACAGAUGUCAUUUUCAGCUAAUAAGGGGCAGGAAUGAUAAUAUGACCUUGUGAAAUUAUGGAAGUUGAAUAAUGCUGUUUAGAGUGAGACAUUUCACCCAGACACAAACAUAUAAAUACCAAUCUAACGGUGGUCUCUUCAACCCUACAGGGCUUUACAUAAAUUGUGCAACACAAUAAAGUAAUAAAACCUGUAUUUUACACCCUAGCAAUUACAGAAAACAUCAAGUGUCAGUAACACUUUAUUUGACGCCUAUCUCUAACACAUUAUAAACAUAUGUAUAAUGCUUUAUAAUCACGUUAUAGCACUGUAUAACUAUAGUUAUAAACACUCAUAAAUGGUCAUAAUGCUUUAUAGCAAUAAUCACAACACAUUAUAAAUAUAUGUAUAAUGCGUUAUAAUCAUGUUAUAGCACUGUAUAACUGUAGUUAUAAACACUCAUAAAUGAUCAUAAUGCUUUAUAGUAAUAAUCAUAACACAUUAUAAAUCAUUUUAUCAUGACUUACAAGGUCAGUUAUUAUAAUGUGUUAUAACCGUUAACAGUUGCAUUGCAUUAUCUAUGUGGGCAUUGUCAGUGAGUUGUUAACAGUUAUAACACAUUAUAAUACCUGACCUUGUAAGUCAUGAUAAAAUGCUUUAUAAUGUGUUAUGAUUAUUGCUAUCAAGCAUUAUGAUCUUUUAUGAGUGUUUAUAACUAUAGUUAUACAGUGCUAUAACGUGAUUAUAACACAUUAUACAUGUAUUUAUAAUGCGUUAUAGAGAUAGACGUGAAAUAAAGUGUUACUCAAGUUUCUUUUGGGGUGCAGUUUAUAUUUGUCAUUCCUUCUCUUACAAUAAUGGCUUUCCCACAUUAUUUGUUUCAAAAUGAACACAUUCAUCAUGUAAAAAAAAGUAGCAUGUCAAGCACACUGAUAGAUUUUUUGAGGAGCAUAUUCCAUAUCCACCAACAUGUAUCCUACUUUUAAGGUUUUGUAAAUGCUCUUUCUGAGAAUAUCCUGAAACUAAUCAAAACCAGAAAAUCUGACCUGUUUGCAAAAGCCAUCAGACCAAACAAAUGCAAUCUCUUCCCAUCAGUAUACAUUUUACUUUUGGUUCUAUCUGAAUGAACAGGGUCCCAGAUGAAAACAUCGUCAAACCAUCCUGUCAUAUCAGCAAAUAUUUAUGGGGGAAGAUCUUAAAUUAUGAAGCCUUAAUCGACCCACUGAUUUAAUUAUGAAUCCUGAAUUGCAGUGACUACUUAACAAAGGCGGUAAUGUUGUGUAGCAUAGGACAGUCUUCAUUGUGCAAACUGGUAUGUGUCCCAGAGGAAAAGGAGAAGAGUUCAGUAGGAAAACACAGGAAGUGCUCGGAUCUCAUAAGAAUAGUGUUCCUUGAAUAAAGCUUGUAUGUGUGUUUGUGAUCUCUGACCCUCCUUAUGAGGCUCUGCCUGUGUUUAGAACCAAAAUGCAUCAUGGGUGAUCUGAUCUUGCUCCAGAUACAGGUGUAAUUCCUCCUUGCACGGCUUGCAGGAUCUCUUGGGAUUGACUCACUCAAACAGCAUCAGUGAUGGUCAGUGAUGCAUGUGGCUGCAUAUUAAAUGUAGUGUGAAAGCAAGUGCCUCCUUGACUGCUGCAUGCAAGGGGCCGGGGGGUCAACUUCAACUUUGUACAACAUGCAUACAGCACGACAAGUUGUUUGUUUGUGGCCAACAACCAGGACAGUGUUCUGAAGUCGAUUCCUGAGGGGAGGAACAAAGCAGCUUCUCUCGUGUCUCUGGCUCUGUGGCCUGGUCUCUGUUCAGCUGCGGCUGCAGUUUCCCCUCAAACAAAAUCAAAUCUAAGCCAGAAAGCAAUGCAAUGAAUUCACCUCAUGAGCCACAUUCUGAUUCCAAGUGUGAUUUGCAGCUUUAGCUUGACUCAUUGUUGAUACAGUUGGCCUGAGCGAGGCAUCAAACACAUGUGGGAAGGGUCGUUCCUGACUGGAUUAUGGGCCACCAGCCAUAAGAAGACUUGUCAGAAUAAUGGCCAGUUGAAAAAAAGCCAUUGAGAUGUGUGAUAUAUUUAAAAAAAUCACUAUCUGUUCUUAUCAAACUAUGACCCACUUGGCAAUCAUCUCUGUCAAGAACAAAGUGCAAAAAGAUUCAUUCUUGUUUCGAGGGGGUGAAUAAGAGAUGUGAGUAAUGAGCGUAAUGUGCCUGGUCCAUUUUAGCCUCACAAUGGAAAGCAAGCUAAUGAAAAGAGCUGUGUGCAUCUGCAGGCUUGCAUGCCCAUGCUCACUCACUGUCCUCCUCCAGCCAGGCCCGAUGCAUGGUCCCCCCCCACCCCCCACCCCCCAUCGUCAGCCUGCCAGCUCUCAACUAGCACAGCCUUGAGGUAGGGCAUGCUGGCAGUCCUCUGUGUUUGAUUUUUUUUCUUUUAACGGGCUCCGGACUAAUCCUAUUUUGGGUUCUGCUCUUUGAGUGAAGGUUUGCACAAUCUCUCUGGGCCAGAUGAAGGAAGGAGUGACACUGCAGGCCCCUCCCCUUACAUAUUAUUACAUCAUCUAUUUAUGAGCACUCAGCCGUUCAACCAUACAUCAUCCAAGAACACUGUGGAUGUGGCACAUGUCUUUUCACCAGCCGUUUGACACAAGGGCACUAGGGUCCAAAGAGGAGCACAAAUCUUUGCGUUGUCCUGCAUGUGCCGUUUUCCCCUUCUCCUCCUCCUCCUCUUCUCCCUACUUUUAGGUCUCUAUCCUCAUGACUGUCUACCCACACAGGAAUCCUCUAGAACAGCCUGGUGAAUCACCCUGCAUCCACAGGCUAACACAACGCACACAGCUCUAACAAUCACACAAACAGGCAAAGACUCAUACCACCCUUCCCCCCUGAACCUUACAUUUCAUCUGUGCAUCAAUUACUGAUUUCAAACAGUACACAGCGAGCCACUUUGCGCACACUCAUUAGAUAGCUGUCAGGGUUUUGUGUAAAAAUCAUUCCAUUAACUUGUGAGUUGCCUCAUACGUUCAAAUUGAAGUGGUUUGUGUUGUUACAAAAUGUCCGUGAAGCACUUAAGUCCUGGAUUCAUUAUCUAUCUGAAUAAUUUAAUUUAUUUAUUUAGACUUUCUAAAUUUGUUAUUUCCUGUGUUAUCAUUUAAACAUUAUUUUAAAGGAUAUAAAUUUAUGUAUCUACUUGUGUCUUUAGAUCCCAUUUAAAUUGAUGUAUCAUUCAGUGUCUGAUGUAAGGAGGUACAUUACCUUAUAGAUAAUAGAAACCAAAGAAUCUACCUGUAUACAUGGCAGGUAUUUUCCAUAACCAACUCAGUUUAAUGUUAAACUGAUGGAGACAAUCUGAAUAUAUAUGAUUAACCAUAUUUUAGCAGAAUAACUGUACAUACCUUGAACAUACUUCCAUAACAAAAUAUUAUAGAUGGGAGGAGUUGAGCAGGCACAGUCGGAUAUCAUGAUAAGAAUAAGUAGAUGUCUUUGUUGACUUGCUUCUAUACACAUCUGUAAGUGAAAACAAAGCAUUGGUACUAACAUUGUGUUGUUUUCAUACAGUGGUUUUCACUGCUUUUAUUUUGAUUGGUCACUGUUGUUUCAAAUCAAAAGCACAAACUGUGCACUGAUUAAAAGUUUUGAAUAUGUCCAUUUCAGUUUAGACUGUGAAUUGCAACCAGACAGAAAGUAGUGUGCAACAUUUCAUCACAUUUGUCUUCCCCUAAAAUAUCAGCCAACAUGUUUGCAUAGCUGACCUCAAUUUAACUAAACGAAGUAAUAAUAGACCUGCUUUUACUUUUAUUAACCCGUGUGUGGGUGGGUUGAUGAUGGGGCCACUGUUCUUCUAUGUGGCCAAGGAAGUGAUUCCCCAUUUUUUUACGGAUAAUGAGUACAGCAUCUGGGUGUUCAGUGUGCACUGUAUUUUCCAACAGUUUUCACUAGUAAUUGCCCCACAAAUAACAGAUGCCUUGGCAACAACUGCACAACAAUCUGUCAAUGAUGAGCUUAAAUGAACAGCAAACCACCUGACAAGCUGGUAGAGUUUUGUGAUGUAGAGAAGCUUAAAGGGAUAUUCCGGCGUAAGAUUAAUGUACGGUCAAACACACCGAAACACAGAGUUAGACACCUCCUCGAGAGAUGAAUGUUGCCGACCGCCUGCUUCUCUAGUUAAACCAACUUCAGAAACGACCGCAUGAUAGCAAUACACAGCUGUCUAAGGAGCCAUAAACAAACAUCAACCAAAACGCCACUCUAUAGCCACAAAUAAUGCUCAGAACAGCACCUAACUUCAUCAACAGUACAUAUAGGGUCCCAGCCAUAGCACUAGCCACCAAACAUCUUUUAACUUUGCCUAAUUUCUUUAGCAAAGAGACUAAACACAACUCACCUACUCUCUUCCAGCGGAAGCUUGUUUGUACAGAGACCUUAGACGAGUCCAUUACGGACUACAGGGGGGUGACGCAGCUCAAGGAAGAACUACCGUGUCUGCAGUGCAAAAUGAUUAAUAUGGUGAUUAUUACUUAAAGGAAAUGAUAAAGUAAUGAUCAUAAAUGUUCUUCCUUGAGCUGCGUCACCCCGCAGCAGUCGGUGAUGGACUCGUCCGAGGUCUCUGUACAAACAAGCGGCUGCUGGAAGAGAGUGGGAAAACUCAUUUCAGCCCAUGAGCAGCAUUGAGCUAUAAGAUACUGCAUUACUGUCUUUUUCUGAAUGCUAACAACAGCUGCUGAACAUGCCCAGCUCUGACCUAUCAUGCUAAUUUGUAAUCGGUAUGAUAUUUAUUUGUAAUGCAGCCAAAUGUCUGAUAGGAUACUGAUCUAACAGAUUCUCUAUUUGGACACGGUUCCUGGAUAGCUUUGUGUAGAGUCCUUCAAUUGGCCUAAAGGUCAGGAUGCAUACAAAUCACACUACCCUGUGUUUGUCCUUUUAGUAAUUUAACAGACCUCAUGGAGGCUCGGGGCGGAGAGGCUGCCUCAACAGCAUUAGUUAUUCUUCGCCUACUCCAUCUGGCCUAUUACACAUGACGAGAGUUAUAGCUCCCUCCAAGAGACUUAAUAAAUCAACCAAGGAUCAGGUUAGAGCCUCCUCUUUGUUUUUCAUUCCAAUCACUAUAAAUAAUGCUCAUAAUGUCCGUUAGAUUGUUUGUGACAACUUACUGCUCAGGCGAUCACUGAAAGUAAUCUAAGCUCUCAAAAGGGCACUGAGCAAAAUAAGAGACAUACUUCUCACACUUCAUGACAUAUCUACGGUUUGUGUCUCAUUAUCACUCUGGCUGGACAACAUUUAAAGCGUUUUUCAGCUAAUAACCCGAAUCUGCUCCCUUUCUCUCUCUUUAUUCCUCUCCAGCCUGAACUCUCAUCCCCUCUAUUAUUUCCCACCAUCAGCUCCGCCCGCAAUAGUUAGCCAAAUGACAUCCUUGUCAUGAUGUUAGGGUGAUAAUGUCAAGUAGGUGUGAGAGCUCCGCGUGUGUGUCACUCUGCUUAAUGGCAGCGGCUAAAGCCUGCCAUUUAUUCUCCGCUGCCCUGCCAGCCAGAUGGAAUACCUCUCUGUAUUGGCUGACGUGACAAACAGUGACAUGGUGCACAGUACUGCAGGUAAUAUGGCCACUCACAUACUCGGAGGUCGUACUCACUGCAGCGACAGCCGGGCAGUGACAGUGUCAGGCUCAUAUGCCUGCAACAGAUACUUGAGAGAGAGAAUUCAGAGAAGCUGUUAUAGUAUAGAGCUGGGCUAAAAUGUCCUCAGGUGUUUGUGUGAUUUUCUUUAAUGUAGAAGGAAAAUUACAGGCAGCUCCCAGCAGAAAUGAAUACCUCGAGGACCGGUAGUUGUGGAAAACUAUAUUUCCCAUGAGCCUUUGUAUCCCUGCUGCGAGCGGGCAACUGCGUGGCAUCGUCAAUAUGUCUCAGUCUGCUGGGUACUACCCAGCUGUAAAUUGUUGACAGUUAUACAAGCAAACACAUCAAUGGGCAGUCAGGCAACAAAGACAGGAGCUGCAGGCCCGUUGAAGAUGACCCUGUGCUUAUCAAGAGCAAAUUAUUGUUUAUACAGAGCAGGCUGCCUGCAGAAAGUAAAACAUCCUUAUGGGGGACAGGCUGCCUAGUAAAUCUGAUCGUUCAUUAUUAAAUGUGCUUUUUGGAACAAACCCAUUUUAGGUCUAUGGGGGCAGAUACAUUUACGUAUAGUAGAUGUUAUAGGAUGUAUUUCAUUACUUUAAUUUCUCCUUCCCCUGACAUUGGCAGAUGCUAAUGAGAGUUAUUUUCUGUGGUGUCUGUCCAGCUGGAGUCUAAAAGCAGAGGGGUAUUUUAACCCCCUCCUGACACUGAGCCAGCGCAGUGUCGUCCCCGGGGCCUUAGUUCAGUUCAGUCCACAGCACUGAAGAGGACAGGACCACUUCAACCAUAGUGGACCUCUGAUGUUAAUGCACAGCCGUUGACAGGAAAGGUCACCUGGGGAGAGGGUGCUCACUAGAGGGAUGGGAUUUGCUGUUCCAUGGCAUGAGAGCAGCAGCCACUGAAUGAAUAUAAUGCACCGUGUAGUGGAGUUACUCUUCCCUCCUUUGCACUCCCAUGACAGUGUAAAUUACAACUCUGCAGCCUGUUGCGCGCACAAAAACAACACCGAAGCCGUCAUUUCUUUCAAAGGAAGCUCAUUUAGCUGUCAUACACUUGUCCUUCCUCUUCCUCGUCCUCCUGACAUCAGUUGUUAGAAGGUUGUGGUCGCAGGCGGAGCAGAUUAUCAGUCAUCACACCAGCAGAGGGUACAAGUUAGUCAGUGUGAGGAUUUGACUCCAGGGAGAGAGGCUGCCAGAAAAACACAGAAAAACAAAGACAGACACACAGACAGAGAGACAGCCACACGGAAGCCAUCAGGUCACAUAAGGUCUGGUUUUUACUAGCUUUUUUAUGGAGUCUAGAGGUGAAUGACUUUGACAGCAUUGUGGUCAAGAGUAAGAGCUCCAACCUCCAGGUUUUGAUUUGCCAUGACCUCUGCUGUGGUCUGUCUGGAUAGAUCAUAAAAUGUUCUUUACAAGCAGACUUUAACUGGAGGAAGAUGGCAAAGGUAGAGGCUAUCAGUGAGUCAUAAAUCCAAAUAAUUUCAUUUAUGAUAAAUAGAGUCUGCAUGGCUUUUUAACUACUUUUCUACUUGAACUUUGCACAGCAAAUGUGUGUGUUUGGGUUGGGAAUAAUUAAGCAAAAAUCUUAAUCUAAGCUCAUCGUGUAGUUAUGUGCAGAUAACUGAGUUGUGAAGACAAUGCGGCUUCACUGUCAUUUGUCUGUCAUUCAGCUGUCAUUCAAUUAAAGUUGCACUUGUCCUGCCAAUCCUUUAAUUACACCCUCUUAAUUGUUUUCCCGUUUCACAAGGAGUGAGAAUAUUUAGGCUAAUAUUUUCGUAGAGGGGAACUGAAAAGUGGUAAUGGACACUAAAGUGCGCGCACACACACAGGUACACACGCGCACACAUCCAACAGAUGUAUAUAACUCUGCCCUGUAUCCUAAGGCAAAUACAAUUGACUCUGACUCGGAUUAGAUUUUAUAAUGCCACCCACAUAAUACAUCUGGAGCAUCUGAGACCUCUUUGUCUUAGUUGAUGUCACCAGCAGUGAGCUGAUGAUGUGGGCAGAGGGGGACUGCAGGCCUGUAUGCAUAUGCAAAAGCUUCACAAAUUGCUCCUCAAUAGCAUUACAGUUUAGUCUCUCUUCCCUCACUCCCACUCUGCUUUUUCCUGCACUGUUCUCUCACCGUUUUCCUUCGUUCCUUAACAUCCCUAAAAUGCAAGUGUUCCCACUCAUGUCACUGCGCUUAAGCUAUGUCAAGUGGGAGAAUAUAAGUAUAUACUGGUGUGUGAUUGCAUUUUCUGAAAAAUGUAAUAGCACCCCCUUUUUUUUUUUUUUUUUUUUUAACAAAGGCAAUAACUCAAACAUGACUUUUGCAGUCGAGCAGAGAGCAGAAGAAAGUGAUACAGAGUCAGCAUUAGGAUUAUGAGAAUCCUAAUUUACAGGGAAUGGAGUCGGCCAAAAAUCUUUGGAACGACAUCAAACAGUUGGCAAUAUGGGCCAUGAUAAAGAUAUCUUUUUACAUAUCUAUUCCACCCAAUGGAAUUGGAGAAAGCAUGAUUUAUACAGCCUGCACUGCAUGGCCACAUCAUAAACACAUAAGCCAUGAUUAUCUAGUCCAGGCUUAGCAUCCAUAACUGGGCAAGCUUUCUACUCAUGUACCCAACUCACUGGGGAUCUCUGCACUUAAAGGGUUUGCAGUAUUGUGCCUUCUUCAUCCUUUCUGUAACUUAAAACUUUAUGACAAAGCAUUAAAAAUAUAUCCAGCGGUGUUUGUUUAUCUGGUCAAAUAUGAGCUGUCAUAAUUUACUGUAGAGUCUCUCUGGGGGGGAGUCCUGUGGAUGUAGGGUAUUUGACACAAUACUAGCGCUUCCAAAUCUGUAAUCAUCAGCAACUUGGAGGACUAAUUUAAUCUCAAAAGAAGUGGUUUAAUUUUGGACAGACAACACCAGGCAUUAACUCAGAACCACUCCUAGGUUCAUCGAUAUUUGGCAGUAUAUCAAACUUAAUUCAAAAAGCAAUAUUAGCAGAAACUGUUUUAUUGUUGUAUUAGCUGUUGUGACCUACUUCUCACUGUGAUAUCAUGUAUGCUAUCUACAGCUUAACACAUGCUCCUUACACAUUAUCCUGCUCAUUAUCCAGCUCAACUGAAGACGUAAAACGUUGAUGCAAAAUAUUGAUUGAAGAUGAUGUAUUGAUGUAAAAUGAUUUAUUUAAACAGCUCAGAAAUAGUCCUUUGGAUUGCUCAGUUGGCUUCCAUGGCAACAGCAGCCUCUUUAUAGCUUCUAUGAGGAGACAAAAACUCAUAUUGAUGCCUUUUCAUGAUAUCCAAAAACAAAUAUAGACCACCAGAGACCAGCUUGACAAUUUAUUAAUUGUCAUACUGAAUGCCUAAAACCAGUGAAGGUGUAGGUGUUAGCUAAAGCAGGUGGAUAAACAGCCAGGUUUUCAGUGUUCACAGAAAAUACCUACAACUAAUGAAACAUUCGGCUGUCACACAUCAGCUGGAUGACGGUUUUUUUUGUCAAAAGUCACAGCUUAAACAUGUAGAGGACAAAAUGAGCAAAUACUGCUUUUGUCCACAGGGGGCGCAACAGCUGAUACAAACCAAAAGUUACUCACAGGAGCUUUAAGAGAAGUACUAACCUUACAUUAAAAACUUUAGUCAGUUUGCUUCAAUAGAAACAUUCAUCAAGUUAAACAAUUAGGUAACAUUAGACAAGGCUAACGGGAUGUCUGCGAGAGCAUUUACGUUUUCACUAAUUUUUUGACAUGAUGUGUGGUCAGGUUGUAACUGGUGUAACAUGAUAAAACAAUAUUACAGACCUGAAUCAAGAAUUUCACUGAGCUGAGGUUUACUCUAUCUAAAAAAAAAAAGGUCAAUUGUCCCUCCUGAUUUUUUUUAAUCGAUUUUCAGUUUCUAGCUUAACGAGGAAGCAGUUGGAUUAUCAUUUUUUAUCAGUUCCCCAACAUUUACAGGGUUUGCCAACCAGCUGUGUACCAAAGCAGUAAUCUCUUUGGUAACUGCUAUUGGAGCUUCUUCCCUUUUUUAUGUUACCUUCUCAUUUGGCCACUAAGUUAUGGUGAAUUAGGGUGAGGCCGAGUACUAGAUUCAUUGAAGUAGCAUGGCCUAUACUAAAAAUUCUGGAUAAAAUGAGAGAGAUAAAAGGUGCAGUUAAACAGUUCAGUGAGGUGUCGUUUUAUUGUUAACACUAACCCUCCUUACAGCAAAUAAGAUAGGCUAUAUAAAGGCACUUUAAUGCCCCUGAAGCUGGAAUAAUGUUAGUCAUGGCUGAGUUACUUUACAGCUCUCAAGCUCAUUACUGAGAUGGACACUAGUCUACCUCCAGAGUAUCAACAGCCACCAUGUGGACUUUAGUCAAUAAAGUCAAGGGCAUCAGUGGGGCCGGUGAGUAAUAGGUUGUUUGUAACUGUGAGAGGAGGCAGUUACAUCCCAAAGCUCUGGGGCCACUAAACAGGAGAGGCUCAUUCAGAUUGAUCAGGUUUCUGUAAUAUAUAACCGUCAUUUGUCCCAGUGUGGCUCUCAGGACAGGAGGAGAGUCUGGGCAGAUUACUCGAGAGGAGAAAGGGAGAGUGUGAAUAGUCUGUGUGUGUGUGUGUGUGUGUGUGUGUGUGUGCCUACUGACAUGAGCAGAAUAAUCAAUGAUCAUAUUUCUGCAUAAUUUCUUCAGUCCUCCUGACUGAUCUGGCACAAUCAAAAGUCAUCAAGAUAUGUGACAGCUAAUGUGCGACGCUACAACAAUAUCCAAGGCAGAUGAAUGAAUGUGUUGUGAAGUAGUGUCGUGGUGAUAUAUGUGUGUAAUUUAUUAUUUAUGUGCGUUUGAUGCAUGCAGGGCCACUUACAAAUUGGAAAACAAGACUGUUUGUGAAGAGGUGUGUGUGUGUUUGUGUAUGUGUGUGUGGGAGUGUUUGGGGAGGGAGUGUCCUUGACAAAUAUUUGGAGUCCUUCAGUGGCUUACAUAUGAAAGUCAUCCAUUUCAAUCGUAAGAGUUUAUUCAGGCUUUCUGAGUUGAAGCAGCAGGGAGAAAAUUAUGGAAGAGACACUGAUAGAUAAUGUGAUGGAUCAAAGCCAUGCAUACUGCAUUAAGUCCAACGGAAAGAAAUAAUGAGGAUUAGAUAGUCCCAAAAUGUUAUCUGUCCCACUCAUUCGCUCAGAAUAAAGAGGAGAUAAUAUUCAUUUACUUUCCACUGAGAACUAAAUCUUAAGCUAAAAAUAAACUUUUAUUUAAGUUUUUGGAAAGUCCAAGGAGGACUUCACAGUUGUUUUUAAGUUAUGUAAUGUUUCAAGGUUUCUAGGAGGUUUUUGUUAAGGCUUCUCCUUCUACUAUGAAAAGGACAGAUGUGGAAAUAAGAGCCUAAACAGGUUGUUAUUAAGUAAUACUAAUACAAAUAGAGCUGCAGUUAUAUACCGUAGCUUCUCAAGUGUGGUGAAAAGAAAAAUAUAAAAUAAUGAUUACACAUGAAGUGUGAAAUUUUGAUAUUUAUAUUCAAUCCUUCCAAUGACACUGAAGUAUACUGUGCGGUCUUUUCGUUGAGCAUCUUAUUAGGAGUUAAAUCCUGCUUGUUUUUCUGAGGCACUUAAGAGUACUCAUUAUUAGCAUAUAGGCGAUAAGGGGAGCGUGUAUUUUUUAAAGUGUUGCCCUAGGAUUAAUGCAGGAAUUAUUUUUAGUUGACUUGUCAAUAAUUACAUUAAAACAUAAUCACACCAAAGACAAUUUAAAGUCUUUAAUGGGCUUUAAAUGUACAUCAUAGCAGUGGGGCUGUUGACCUAGGUCAUGUUUUAAUACACAGUCAAUGCAGAGAGUGUAAUACUCAAAAAAGAACAACAUGUUGUUUCUUGUAUUUGUUGAAUCAAAGUUAAAUUUCAUUCAUUAAAUAGUGUUUAUCAGCUCUGUGGCAGAUCCAGAAGACCCCUACAACUAGAUUUUGCUGCAUUGUGACUCUAUGAAAACAUCACCACAGCCUUAGAUAACUGAUAUUCAAAGUGUCCGGAUCAUGUUGGGCGGUAUGGGCGACUGGCCCAUUCUGUGUCAGAUGUGCUAAUAAAAUGACUAUGCCAUCAGAAGUGACACCAGGCAUGUGCCACAUGAUGUUUUGCUGGUCCGGCUCCAGCUCGGCUUGUCCCUGGGCAGAGAUGGAUCUUCUUGCUCAUGUGAGAGCAGACAGAACGUGGGCAACGGUCCUCUUCAACAGCCUCUGUGACACCACAGCAGUGCUGCAGCUGAGCCACAGGGAGCAUACAGGGACACAGAGCGGACACACUCCCUGUGGCCCACAGGGGGGGAAGAGACACUCUGACCACAAGUGCUCCCGUUCCCCACCUGUCGAAUAUCACUGAUCUGUUCACACAUCCCACUGAUUAACAGCACAUAGGACUCCACUGUGGACUGGAUUUGAUAUGAUUUGAGUCACCAGAACUGUGUUUAUUUCCAUCAAUUUGCCAAAGCAUUCAGCAGCUUUUUACCAACAUGAAAAUGUGCUGCAUAUGCACACUCCACUACGCCUAACAGCUCUGUGAUUGUUUGUCAAAUGCCAGGCAGUCCUUGAAUUAUGAGUUGUAAAAUACUGACAGUAGAAAAAGUGACUUGUUGCUUUUUCUUGGCUCUUGUAGUGGAGUCAUCCCAGCAGAUCAGUUUCCUUUUUUUCAUUUAUUUGUUCUUACAUAAGAGCGAUGGGAUAUUGGGACUGGUAUCUGUGCAUGCUCAAACAUAAACCACAGUCUACUCUGACUGCAGUAGGCUACAGUACACUCUUGUGUUUUCAUUGCUUUUUGGUGGCUUUGUGGUUUCAGAGGGUGAAAAAUCAAGUUUUAUACCUUACAUAAUUGACAAGUGAUAUGUUGCCAUGUUACAAUUUUAAAGAAACUGAACAAUAAGUUCACUUGAAUGUUUUGAAAACUGUAAAACUUGUAGAUCCCUGCAUUAGAGAGAUGGUUUAGUGAUUUAUAAGUAGAAUUGUAUAAGAUACUUGUCAAUAGUAAGAGUGUUACCAAAGAGGAUCUCAGUCAGCUCAGUCCCUUUGUCAAGAAACCAGCAAGGAGAGCCAGAACUGAAGUGGACUGUCAGUUGCUGCAGAUGAAGUAAACCCCACCGUGUGAUUUAGCGAAUUUUAAGAAACUCUAUUGUUGGUGUAAAAAACUUCAGUGUUUUUUCACUCAGAAAGCCUUUUCAGUUUUGUAAUAUUUUCACAUACAUGGUCUUCUGCCUUCAGGACACUCAUUAACUAAUCAUGACUGUGUUGUACAAGUCGCCAAAUUUUAAUGUUUUUGCACCUCCGUUUGACUUAAUUUCAAGCUUCACCUGCUGAACAGUUCACAGAGUAAAGGCUGUAGAGUUUGUUGCUCCAGCUCAGUCUUGUCCUACAGCAGCUAACUUGAGUUCAUACCGGUAAACAAGGUAAACAGAUCUUGCAGAGACAAGCCAGCUGUGGUUAACCCUGUGGGUUAUACACCGUCUAUUGAUAAGCCCCACUUGAAAAACAUGAAGUGUCCCUUUAAAAAAAAAAAAAAAAAGGGUGUCAAUUACAGUGCACUGUGCAGUACCAAAAAAAGCUUCAUCAAAGCUCUCCAACAAACAACAAGCUGAAUGAGAGAACAAAGAUGUCUGAACAAGUUGACCUACCUAACCAAAUCUCUGGUGGAUUUUCACACCCCUUUGAAAUCAAGAGAAGCUAAGGACUGCCUGGAAAAUAGGGGUCAUGUCUUCCUAAAUCAAAGGUUUGUCAGAACUGAAACCUCCACUGUGAAUCUUUAAACUCAGCCAAGUAGAUGUUAGAUCCAUCGGAAAGCCUUCGGAUAGAUUCCUCGAUUUUGUCAGCAUAUAUUUAAACUCUAUAUUUUAGUAAAUCAAGCACGAUUCUGCCAAGCGAAUGGAUACAGAGUUUAUUUUAGACAUUUUUUUCCAGAAAUAUCUGCUGCCAUGUUCUCUGAAUGUUGUAACAAAAAGCAGUGCCCACUCAUAAAGCGGUACACUCAUUCAGAUAGCUGUGGGAGGGGUCCACAAUGAUGUCUGCAUGAAGAAGAAUAUUGUCAAUCAUCCGUCGCACAUCCUACUUGAAGUGACGUUUUGUUGAAACUCGCCAGACUGUCUGGCUCAAUAGUAAAAGGGUUGAAGCAUGUGACAACAACAGGUCAUCCUUUUUAUUAUCGCACAAAACUGGUGGAAGCGUAGCUCACUGUGUGAAAUGUCACUUCAUCAGUUUAUUAGACAAUGACUUUAUUUACCUGGAACUAUUGUGAUUGUUCAUUUUAUCCACAUCUACCCAUUGAAAUCAAUUUCACGCUCUUCCCACACAAAUUAUUUUGUGUGACUGAGCACAGAGGGACUAUUGAGUUGAAACACAUUUAUUUAAGUGUUUAUGCUGUUCACUCCCAAUCAUUCUUUUGUCUUGAGAAAUGGCCAAAAUGCAGCAAACUGCAGAGUAUGUCUGAAAGACUCCGUUUGAAAUGCGCAUUAUCAUAUUUUUACUAGAGGUAGGAUUCUGCUGUUGCACGCAGAUUGCGCUUCAGAGGGAACCAGACUGUAAAGACAUCUGAGUGACAUCUGGGGAUUACCCCAGCAGCAGCUCAGUGGCUAUAAAGAGGGCAGAACCCAGACUCAGAUACAAGGAGGGGGUACUUUGAAGUGGCGAUUAGGCUCUGAGCUUUUGCACCCUGAGCUUCUGAGGCUCUGCCCUCUCCACCUCAGCCGGAGCAUAAAGAUGCGGUGUGGCAGCUCUGCUGACUGGACACUGCUCCAGUUCCGCCUGUCCAAUUAGCAAUUUUCUUCCACCCCUGAGGACUGGUCCCUUUCUGCUUGGCUUAGCUCACCACAUGUGGGCCAGAUCACCUACAUGCGCUGUGUUGCUCUCUGAAUCCACAGUUAUGCUUGUUUUAUUGAAAGUUUUACUUCUGCCUCUUCCUCAAAUGACCAUAAUUCACCCCCCCGAACAUCUUCGCAUUUGUUUUUUCGUAUUCAGUGAGAGGUUUUACCGCAAGCUCAUUUACACCAUCAGCACCACCACUCAACCCGCUACACAGUUCAGUUUAUUUUGUCUUUUAUGUGCAUAUAAAAGAGGAUAGCCACUAAAAUCUGAAACAAACAAGCGACUUUCAAGUUCAAGAGUGCUGUGACUUCUAAAGGCUUCUGAUCAAAGGGUUCAAUGGCUCAUUUGGCUGUUCUGUCUGUUUUACUGAGUGCUGUCUUUUUGGAUGUGAUUCAUCACGCUCCAUUUGAGGAAAAAAAAAAAUCCCCACUGACUCAAAAAUACGUAAGCAGCGGCCGUCCUUUAUGAUCAUGUGAAAGUCUCUCCUUACUACCUCCUUCAGCAUACAAACACUGUUUUAUGUCUCACCUGCCAGAGUAUUUCAAAGUAAAAGUUUUGUUCAAGGAGAAAGAUAAGUCGAAUUUCCUGAACGUUGUGAUAGCUGUUUGUAGAGCGGGCCUCUCUUACGCUAAUGAUGCUUUAGCUGUAGAGCUGAGGAUUUGCAUAUUUCCCUAAUACCUCAACACAGACAAUUUUCUUUUUAUUCCUCUGCUUUUCCUGCCCACAGUACUUCUCCGUAGCGCCAAAAAAACAAGUUUUAUUCCUUGAAGUGGGAAGCAGAGUACAGUCGUCCAUUACUGAGAGCAGUAGCACGGCCUCUUUGGAUGCAGCAUUUUAUUUGGAGUUUUUCUUUUUUUCAACUCCCUCAGCUCUCAUGACUGACACGGACCAUAAACCAUACCAACCACCCACCCUGCCCUUCAACCCUCAGAGAGAACACAGGUUCUUAAAGCCUUACAUCAGCUGCUGGCUUUCACAGAUCCACCUAACUCUCCUUCAAACAGCAGAACAUUCAUCACUGAGCCUCUUCGCAUCGAGAUGAACUCGAAGGCCUUGAGCUAGAGACAGGUUACUCUAUUUAAAAACCAUUCUUUAUUCUGUGGUUUUUAAUGGACUUAACUUUAUUGACCUCUUAGUGAAUAUACAGUUGAAGAGUAUAUAGCCCGUGUCUAUUUCUGGAUGUCUUUGAAUAGAUAUAUUUAUCAUUCAAGUGCUCGCUGUGCCUCACUGACCUGCUAAUGCUUAAGGAGAGCAUGGACGUGACGUUACCUUUACCAUUAGAGGCCUUGCUGACUGUAAAUCAUAAAUGAUUGGGGAGCACUUGUUUCAACUAUUACCCUGAUUACAUCUUUACCCUUGUGAUCAAAACAAAAGCAAAGCUGAAUCAAGCACUUUCAAGUCUAAGCAGCUGCUUCAAUGAGGGUAUAAACAAAGGUAGUAAGUGAUUUGUGAGGAGUCUUGUUUCCUUCCUGAGUGAUCAGCAGAUUUAUAGCACAGAUUAUAUGAAACAUAGACAAAGUUUUGGUGGCGUUACUCAUUGGCUUAUAAAGAGACUAAAACAUCAUGAUUCCCAGUUUUUAUUAACACUAAAAAAAAACACCUUUUUUUAAAAAAAAGCUUCAAUGAGGAACUUUCUGUCUGUGAAGACUUUGGCACCCCUAGUGGACAAAAUGGUAACCCGUACAUUAUUGCUAAUCUAGUCUCGUUUCAAUGACAGUAGUGUUCAUUGACAAAAAAUCUCCUCCUAUUGACUUCCUACUGUGAAACUGUGGAUAUUUGUUGUAGGAAAAGAAACAAAAACUGUUUCAUCAAUGUUCCUACCCCCCUCACAGCACUUAAGAACAAUAUUGUUAUCAUGUAGAGAGUGUAUUUCUUGCUCUCAUUUGCUUUCAUAUAUCACAGAUGCAUCGCUGUUGACAACAGUUAUCAAUUACUCCUUACAGGAGCAUGAAAAGGAGCCUAUUUUGUAUGCAUAAGAUUAUUACAUAUUUCUCAAAAGUUUCUUACUCUUUUAAUGACCUACAGGUGGCAGUAACACCAGCAGACACUCAACAAAGAUGGGAGAAAAAACAACUAGAGGAUAUAAAUGGAAUUAAUACAGGUUUAACCUUUUUGUGUCAUAUUUUGGUGCACUUCUGCCUUUAUUGGAUAUCUGAAAACAGACGAGAUGUGGAAAGUAGAGCAUGGGGAAAGACCAGGGGCCAGCAACUGUGACAAGGGAUAAAACCUCUGUAAAUAGAGUGGACCUAAACUAUUAGGUUUCAAUCCUAGAGAAAAAAAACUGCUAUGAAAAUGUCAUAGAGGAGAGAAAUACAUUUGUUGAGGAGCACUAAAUUUCAGCAAAUGUGGCUUAUUACAGAAAAACUCAACAGGCGCCUGAAGGUGUCAUAAAAUUCCAGUGUAGAUAUACCCCUGAUUGUUUGACAAUAAGAAAAAUAGACUUUUACUCUGGAUAGAUAAGGGAAGUUGUGAUUUAUGAUGAAAUUUUUAAGCAAAAUGCCAUUUAAUUCUGCACUGAAUGGCUCCUAUAGAGAGGCUGAAGGUGCUUUUAUACAGUGAGCUACAUUGAAUCCAUGACUUAUUCUGAUUCCUCCAGCCUGUGUCUGACAGGCUGCUGCCUACCGCCUGCUGUAAUCUCACCUCUCCCAAACAGGGAGAGGUUGUAGCUUAAAGACACUUUUUCAUGAAUAACGUCUACAGUAUUUACCAAGACCAAAAAAAAAAAAAAAAACACUUAUUCUUCCUUUUUGACCUGCCUGUUCUCUGAAGGUGACGAUUUACAGACCCCAUUUAGCUCUACAUUUUCAAAUCCAGCAGAAUCAGCUCCCGUAGAUUUUCAUCUUUAUAACUUCUGUGGUUGUCAUGGUCACAGGAUGCUGCUGAAAAGCAUUAAAAAAUUGCAAGGUCCCUCAGAAAGAAUACAAUUGUCCAGUUUUCUGUGAUAUGCAAAUAAAAGACAACCCUCAUAUUUGUCACAGCGUAUAUCCAGAGUAGAUUGUAAUGUUAAAAUAUUGCUCUUACAUAAACUUAUUCCGUUAUCUCUGGCACUGUAACCACACAUCUGUAUGCACCAGUAUUGUUACUGUUUUGUCUCAGUCCAUCUCUCUGUUUCUGCAUCUCCCUCUAUCCCCUCUCUGAUGCCAACGCGGUCUCAGCGGGUGACUAACAUGAGCCAGGUUCUGCUCAAGGUUUCUGCCUGUGAAUCAAAGGUCGCUUUCACACCUGACCAAGCGGACUCGGUUCGAUUGGGGAGCUGAAAGUCGCAACAUUGUUGCAUUUAUCACUUGUUUCAGUUCUGCUUUCACACUGUGAUUUCUAAAGCGCACCGAACUUUCCGAGCAGCAUCAGGUGGUUGAAAAGAGCGCUUGUUGAUUGGACAAAGUAGGAGGGGUAUGUAACCUCACAGAUUACAAACAGGGGUGGACUAGCUGUCUUUUAUCGUGCUUCGUCACAUUAUUUUAUGGAACGCUACAACGUUAGUGAACGCAACUGUUCCUAUACUGCUAUUGUAGCUUGUCAGGGAUUGGUCCUGUUAUUUUUCUGACUUUGACGAUCUGACAUGUGACAACAUAUGAGCUCAGAGUUUAAGGACUGUGACUGUGAAAUUUUUCUCCCCCCCGCUUGCGAUGUUGACAUGUAGUUACAUUAAGACUGGUUUGUGCUCAAGUCCUCUUUUUUCUGUGAAGCUCCAUUUUUAAAAGUUAUUAGGGGGUUCAUGUUUCUAUGAUUGACACCUGGUACAGCCUAUGGGCGUUCAGGGAUUGUGUAGCUCUCCUGGAUACGCUGUUUGAGCCGAGCGUCAUCCUGGUGACUCUCGGCGACUGCAUGCCCGAAUGCGCGUAUUGCUACUGCGCAGGGCUGGUUUCAGGAAAUGAAGGAAAAAUCCCAGAGAUACCGAGAGAUUUUUGGCUUCAAAUCUGUAUACAUGUGGGAGGCGGAACCAAGUUGUCUAUACAGUCUAUGCUGUGAAUAGGAAGCUUUCUCCUUGCCCCUGUGACUUGCUAAAUGCUGCAAAGUGUCACAUCCGUGGUGGAUUAAGAUGGGAUCAGAGUGGAUCUGAUCUUAUUAUUGAGACUCAGUCUUAUCCCAUCUUGAUGUUGGGUCUUUGUUAAUAUAAUUAAAGAGGAUGGUCUAGAUCAACUCUUUUUGUAAAGUAUCUUGAGAUGACAUUUGUUAUGAAUCGGCACGAUGUAAAUAAAGAUUGAUUAAUAGAAGUAAGUUUGACUAAUCAGUUGUUAUUUAAGGGUAAUGAAAAACCGAAUAUCAUCAAUUUUUUUAUACAAAUGUGAUUGCAAACACAGGAUAAGCUCAUGAAACCCAAAGCAUGCUCCAUCUGUUUUUAUGUUCCUGUCCACGCUCUUUACUGUUCUAUAUGUGCUCUCUGUGUCCUGACUGGGAGUAGCCUCAGGUGUCACACUGACUUCAAAACAGCCGUUGUAGCGGAGGGAAAGAUUGUAGAGUACGACGCCGGUCUCAUUCUUAUUUUCCAUAUGAAACGAGCUGACCUGCUGCAGAGUUCCUUCUUUUUGUUCCCAGAGGACACGAUGAGGUAAAGAAUAAAGCAGAAGGGAUGAUGGAGGAACAGGAUAAAAAGGCCAGAUGUGACAGCCUGAAAGGAAAAGAUGCAGACAGCAAGUGGAGAGAAGACAAACCCAGUUACUCAAAGGAAAGCAGCGGUGUUUGUCACUGACAGUGCUACCUGAUAGCUGUUUGUGGCUGUACAUUUAAGAAUGCGUCUGUCCUGCUGUGCUAACACCAAAGCUCAAUAAAUCUCCAGCUUUUCAAUUAAAGACAAUUGAUUUUUUUUAAUGUUGAAACCUGAAACUCUCAUGUUGGUGCACUUUUAGUCAGGAGUACUAUUUGGAUGUAAAUAGAGGCAGGCACAGGCUCAUCAGCGCAGGUGUGAAUCGUCUCUCACACACACACACAAACACACACACUCUGAGUCACAUGCAAGCAGCAAUAGAUGAUGUUUUUUUAUGACUCGCUUCCUGAGCCACCUCUCUCACCGGGCCUCUACUGAUACCCAUUAAUCAUGAGCUCCCUUGUAUUGUCAGCCAAGCCUCCCCUCCACUCUCCACUCCUCCUCACUCCUUUCCCCUCCUCCCCCCUCCCUCCUCCCUCCUCCUUUCACUUUCUGCCUGUCACUUAACAAGCUGUGACACCAUGACAGUGAUGUGUGUGCAGUUGACUGAUGCCUGGCUGCAGCCCUUAUUGGAAAGGUAUUGAAAUGCUCCGGCAUGCACAGGGCAGCUGUGGGAUUGUGUCUCGUAGCGCUUUAUGACAGAAUGUAAAAAUGGCCGCUCUGCCUGGAUAUUCAAUUAGACAUGGAGGGAGACAGCCCAGCUCUGUUUUGGGUUGACCUCUUUUGACUACAUGAUUUACCGUGGCAUACAGUCACCUCUGCUGCAUCAUCCCUGUGUUAAUAUUGUUCACAUGUUAAAAAAAAUGUCCCCAUGUAUGAAAAAAAAAGUAACUCUGACUUUUCUCUCCCUCCCUGUGUAUUCUGUGUGUGUGUGUGUGUGUGCACAGGCUCAGUGUCCCUCAGUGUGUUCCUGGUCUCCCUCGCAGUGACAGUGUGUGCUGUUUGGCUGGUGGCUCUUUGUGGCGUCUGUGGUUGGUGUCAACGCAAGCUGGUGAGUUUACACACAUGCACACACACGUAAUCAUGUAAGCUUCACUAACGCGAAUUCUGUAGCUUCAAGUCACAUCUUGUGCCAUCUUAGCGUGCUUUAAUAAAUCAAGUGCCUUAGUAAAAACUAUCUGCUGUGAGAUUUCACAAGAAAAACUCAUCUUCAGUACAUUUCAGGAGGCACGAUGUGUGCAAAUAUUAUGAAAAUCUCAGCAAAUAUUUUGUGCAGACUCGUUGAACUGAGAAAUCUCUGUUACAAGAAAGUUGUUAAUGAAGACAUAUGAGUGGUGGCAGAGUUAUUCAGAUCUUUGAAUCAGUAAUUAACCAAAAGCAGGGGAAAAAUAAUUCUUACUGACUAUAAUGUGUAUCUCACAUGUAAAAACUGUCCAUAUAGCACCUUUGUAGGUAUACGUAGUGAAGUACCAUAGGUCAAAGGACUUUUAUUUGUUGAAAAAUGACCCCAGUAGCUUGUGUUUACUGUGUAGAUCAUCACACUGCAUAUAUCAGUUUGUAGUUCUUGUCUUGUAGUUCAUCAAACCUGUAUAUUGCUAUGGAGUUGACGGACAGGUGUAGACUGUCAGAAUGUCACAACAGAGUCCAGAGUUUGUGUUUAGAUGCUGGUUUAUAUUAAAUUUAGGCAAUUCGUAGAGGGGACCUCGAGGGGUUGGCCCCUCUUGAAACCCAAUUAGCCACCCAAUCGACGAUUAGAAGGUGAUAUCUGAGGUGAGAGAUGGCUUGCCUUCUUUUUCUGUCUGCAUAAACAUCUUUUUUUCAGAGUAUUUCAGGGUCACCUUCUUUCCUUUCUGACUUGAACACCUCUGUAUAAUGGUUCAAUAUUUAUUCAGUGAAAAUGUAGCAGAAAAAAUCUGUGUCUUUCAAGUAACUUGAGAACAUUUCCAUAUUUCUGUGUAGAAAACAUCGUUGUGCUGACAGCUCUCUGAAAUAUUUGAUUUUUUUAAAAAUUACUUAUUAAAUUUCCUUAAUACACAGGACUGAACUGGUUUAUUUCCAGCCACUUUUCCACCGUUGUUAACAUUUAUUCACAGUUCAAGGCUCCUCUGCUGGGUCAAAAGAAGAAUCUGGAGAGUUUAGAAAAGAUUAAUGAGUAGAGGGUCAAAAAAGUUCUGCUUCACCAAUUUUCACUCUUUUCUUUGGCCUUGGAAGUACUUCUUUACUUUUUGUGAAACAGAAUAAUAUGACAUCUCUUUGUCUCUCACUGGUACUUGAAUAAAAGCCUCUCAUUAGUUCAGAGGGGUUUCAUCCCUUUGGUCAAACAGAAUAUGUUUCCCUCUCAUCUGAAACAUGACAAGAAGCUCUGAAAAGACGGAGCUUUUAUCAUAAUUGAGAUGCAAACUAAGAUGACUUCUGUAUAAUUAUUGGCAAUUUACUGCUACAUACCAUAUAUUACAACAGAUUAGUCCUAAAUUCUGCCUGUAGGAAUACGACAACCUUCAAUUAAAGUGUACUCUGUCAGAGAGGUACUGCUCUAACUACUUCUUUAUUCUUGAGGUUUUACUAUCAUUUAUUUAUAUUUGCCAAGCUUUGCAGACAUCAUAAAUAGAAGUAACUUUGACAGAACAUUGAAACACUCUGUUCCAAUACUCUCCUGUGCAGCACAAGGGACCACUACAACCUCAACGUUUCCCAUAUUUUACUACAACACCAAUGCAAAAAAAGUUAGGACACUGUGUAAAAUGUUUUUUAAAAAGGGAUCAUGGUUGUUUGAUCAUCAUUUAAACCCUGUAACUGAACUAAAAAUAAGUAGAAAUAAAACAAAGAUGACAUAUCAUAUGUUAAAACAGAAAAGAAGUAUCACUUUAUAUAUGCCAUAUAUAAUAUAUGCUCAUUUUAGAUUUGAUGCUAGAAAGCCAUUUAAAAAAAGCUAUGAUGGGGACAAAAAAAAUCACUAAAAUGUUGAGUAAUGCUGAAAAACAAAUCCUGGAAGAACAUCUCCAAGCUAAUUUGUUUAAUUUGCAAUUGAUUAGUAACAUGCUUGGGCAUAAAAAGGCCUUCAAGAGAGGCUGGGUCUCUCCAGAGAAAGAAAGGAAGAGAUUCAGCAGUCUGUGAGAGACUUAAGCAAAGGUUCAGUAUUUUCAGAAUAACACUGAGUAUAGUAAACUGCAAAAACAUGCAAACUUCUUCAUCUGAAAAUAGUAAAGGAGUUCAUACACUCUAGAGAAAUCUCUGAAGUAGAAAUCACUGCAUGAGCUCAAAACCACUUGCAAAAACCAUUUUCUGUGACCGUGCCUCAUUGUUAAAUUCACAAAUGCAGGUUAAAACUGUACCACACAUGACUAUAAUUCUACAGUAUACGGUGAGGUUUUAUGUUGAUGUGUUUGGUUUCAUUUAGAUUCUGCAGGUGUUCCCUAAUAAAGGAGCUGGUUUGUGCCGUAAAAACAGCUGAUUCAUUUUUGUAGAUUAAAAGUCUGUACCUUAUAGUUAGUUGAUAUAACUGUUCAAUAUAUAAGUGCAGCCAGUAUAACUUAAUGCUCUUAAGUUUAGGGUUAAGGUUAGGGUUAGAGAUGUCAUGAAUCACACACCCCAUUUGCUGAAGUGCAGUACUGCAGCCCUUAUUUUCCUCCCAUCACUGAAAACUGCUUCAGGAAACAGCCAGAGUAACAUCCAUGUCUGUGUAACCACAACAGUGCAGAUCCAAAAUCCCUCAGACAGUCACAGCUCCCACAUCUACAGAGUGUGCUGAUGCAGCAUCAGCUCAGGUCCACUCACUGAGAGUAGAAACAGAGCACAGAUCAAACACACUGACCUCUAAUAGAGGGCAUGUCAUUGUGAUUAUGUGGUAUGAAAUGUGAUUGAUUAAAUGGAGACAGCCAGUCAUUAGGCAGACAGAGCUCCACAGCUGAUUGCUACUACACUUGACUCAUUUUUCCUACAUUUGCAUGCCUAUAGAGUUAAUUGAUUCUGACUCAACCUACAUCCUGUACAACCUAGAAACACUGGUCACAAGUUUAAUGUCAGCAAAGAAGUUUAAUGUAAGUGAGGAAUCAUACAUCUUCCACCUCAUUUUUAACUGCUGUGAAACUUAUUGGUCUACAGAUGGCAGGAUUUGGCACUGUAGCAGGUGCUGCACACCACGUGUCUCUCUCCAUCAUGUGAUUUGCAUUGCUUGAGUCACCAGUAAGAUGACUGUAGCCAGAUUACACUUUAUAACGUAUAUAAACCUAGGGGGAAAUGGGCUGUGCUAAAAUAGGACAGAGGUACAUUACAAUCUUUCUAUUGUUUGCUUGGCUGGAACACAGUGUUACAUCUGAUAUUCUGCCGUAGAUUAAAUGGAGCAGUGAAUGAUUUCUAGUUUCCUGCUGGGGAUGGUGGUAGUUCUGCUGCCAGCACCUUGAAAAGUGGUGGUCUCUGGGGUUGCUCUGUAAAUGGAUCUUAUUUCUACUCUGUGAUAGUGGUGUGCAGUAGCCCCAGAGCGGGGUCAGAAAAGGAUGAUGAUCUGAUGGUUGGCCUUUUGACCCUGCGAGGAAUGCAAUCACCCACAUCCUCACACAUAAGAUGAUGCUAUGUGUGUUUUCCUAUCAUUUUAUUCCUUCAUUGGGGGUUAUUCGGUCAUGUGUGUGUGGUGAGUAGCGACCAGAUCCAGUAUAGUUAUUGGAGAUAGCCACUGUGACACCACUUUUGUUAGCUCCUCUUGUAAAGCCUUGAGUUUGACAUAGGGGCUGUAGACAAUUUGGGAUUUUUCGAGAGGCAGAUGUGACAAUUAUUAGACCAGAAAGUGGAGGUAGAGAGAAAAGAGAGGUUAACACACCUAAAGUUUUCAUGAGCUGAGAAAACUCUUCUGCUGACUGAGGUUCCUUAUUAGGAGGAAGUUAAACCAAGAACAGAAGCAUAUAGGGCAAGUGGGACAUGGUAGACCCACAACUCUGUCCUAAAAUUAGAGGUCUGCUCAGCAGUUUGGUCAGUGUCACUCUAAAAACUGCGAAUCUGUCGAACAUUUUAAUAGAGUGAUUAUAAAAUGUUUAUUUACUAAAAACAUUACAGGCUGCUGGAUAGUCUGUAAGUAAAAGAAACAGCAAUACAAGAAUGAUUCUUUAUCUGAUGUGUGCAUAAAUAAGUUGUUAAAGGGAACCAUCAACGCUAAUAUCAGGAGUUUAAAUUCAAUUAAUUUAUUAGCUAAGAUGACACUUAGUAGAUAGCAGCACACACCUGUCUCUGAAAGAUGCUGCAGCCUAGAUUAUGCAUAACUUUAAACCUUAUUAUUAUUAAAAUACAUGAAUUAUGACCAUAGACUGUUUAUAGAAUGGACGUUGUCUGCCUCCACCAGAACAGCACCCUCUGGUGUCGGGCAGCAAGUCAUAAAUUUCGGAUAAGCUGUUUGAGCAGAGCGUCAUCACACCGACUCUCCCGCCAAAUGUGUUCAAUGAUAGCUGUUUGUCAAUUUCAAGGCUGGGCGAUUUAACAUGAGGCCCAAUAGGGUCUGGCUAUUAUGGGCCAAAGUAUCUCCACCGCCAUCAAUCGAACAAAAGUAAUGCAAAAAUAUCCCUGAUAUGGGCACUGACUUCUUAUGUGGUAAAUGUGUUGGCAUCUCACUCUUACGAUGAUCCAUAUACCUUGACUUUUAGUUUUAUUAAGCAAUGAUUGGCAGUGGCACUAUUACAAAUAACAAUAUCUGCUUUUCAGUAGUUAACAUGAACUCUAGUACAUUUCUCUUCACAAAGUUCGGUGACAGCAAAGCGCUCUGUUCUGGUGUCAGGACAAAUGAUCUGCUGGGGAUCAAUAGAUAACACCAGCUGAAAAACCAGAAGUGUAAAUGUGGUAUUGUGUCUUCUUCCUUAUGACGUCGGCCAUAAGGAAGAACUUCACAUAAACUCAAGACGAUCUGUUGAUCAUGCAGAAACAAACACAAGUUGUGUCAGUCAACAGAGACACAUGCAGGAGAUUUGGACACAGCUACGUAACCAGCCUGUGAUGUUACAUAACCAAACACCUGUGAGUGAACUCUCAACAGCUGACACAGCAAAUACAGUCAGGUGGUGUACAAUGAAUUAGAAGUCACAACAUCUUGGUUCUGGUGUAUGUGUUUAUCAAAUGAAGAGAAUGUAAGAAAGCACACACAUUAUAUUUAUACCUUUAAGUUACAGGUCAUCAUUUGGGCUAUCACAGAAACAUUUCAACAAAAUACAUGGGGCAAAAUACUGAUUAUAUAAAAAAUAAUAAUAACAUUAACAUUAAGAGCUUUGUUGAUGUAGCUUAGCCUGUGGUAGCUUUGAAGUAGUGAAGCUCAGUGUAACGAAGAGUAACUGAUAGCUUAUUAACAGAUUGCCCAUCACUGUUUCUGUCUCCUGUUGCUGUUGUUCUUUUUCUUUGCUAAUUCAGUGCAUAUGAGCCAUAUCUAAAGCCCCUUUAAAGCAUCAAAUAGGUAAAUGAAACCAAGAAAAAUAAACUCUUGAUCAUAGGUUGACAUGGUAACAACUGAAGAGACAGAAACUCUAUUUUUUUGUAUAUUCUAAUUUUAAAGUUUGACCCAUAAACCAUCUCUUAACACCAGUGGCGAUUGCUCUAAGACUGCAAGGGAAGCUCGGCUUCCCUUAAAAUGUCACCCCCCCAAAAAAAGAAAAAGUGGUGAAAUACGUACGGCUCUGUGUACAUUUCAUUAACUAAAUACGCACUAGAAAGCCUUCAUCUUUUGUUCAGACACUGUGAUAAGAAGCUGAUAAUUAUAGGUAACCGGCAUAACUUCGUUCUCAUUCAUCCUCGCAGCGCCUCAGCGCUUUAAACAGCCGGACGCUGGGCUUCUGCUGACUUCAAUGUGGAAGCUUAAAGUGGGUUGUUCCAGCAGCAAAACUAGACGCUCAUUGGAUAAAUGCUGGGCUUUGUCCCGCCCAUCGGAAGCCCAGCUUCACUGGAGUUCUAUGGCGAGAGGGCGGUCCCGACUUUCUCCCGGACUCCAAGCUUCUGCAUCCAUGAUUGGAUGAGCUGUCUGAGGCGAAAUCCUUUUUUGAUAGACAGCUAAACAAGCGAAUCAGCGAUCUUGAAGAAUAAAACAUCUACCAGAGCAUUUUCCAAGUCAUUCAUUCCGUUGUUCUUAACUGCUCCGGAGACUUUACCGAUCCUCAGCGACUUUUGUCUUUGUUAAAAACGACUGCCGUUGUGUUUGGCGACUCUGUUUUGUUACAUACUAAUAAACAAAUACAAUUAUGAUGUAGGCCAGAAAAAUGAGCUUCCCCUCCUUGAAAGACCAGCAGCCGCCACUGCUUAACACGGAGUAGACAGGAUUGUGAACUGUAACCCGGCCAUUUAAUAUGGGGAACUGAGAAUGUUGGCUUUACUCUUGUGGAACUGGCUCUCAUUAAGUCUUUGGGAUUGACUCUUUCAUGGAGUCAGUCUCCAAUGGUCAUGCAGAGAACCGUGGCUUUGCCUCUCAUUUUGCUUCAUUACUGAGCCAGACUUUGGCACUCUGCUGUUACAGGGUGACAUUAAGAUGUAACCAAAGCCCUUUGUCUUUGGGCCAUUUAUUGCGAAGGAAUGUCAGCCGCCCACUGGUGUGAAAGCACAACAAACACAACUGCUAAAUGCACAAAAAAGAUUGCGACUUAGAUAAAUGGCAGUCUCCCUAUUAUGACAAAUAUGAUUUUGUUGAUGCACUGCGCUCUAACAAAGCAUAAACACUACUAAUCUUGUUAAAAACCAUUUUCUCUGCUUUAUAACAUCAUCCUUAAGGUGUGUUAUUUUCUCUAUGUGGCUAACCACCAUGAAGGCGCAGCAGCUCCUCAAUCUGUUCUUCUAUAAAAAGUCGUCCCUCGCUUCCCUUGAUCUCUUUAUCUCUGUAAUCUUCCAUGGAGGCUCUAUAUUCCCUGAACGCAUGAUUAAAACGUAUAUACAGCUUCAUUUGCAUAAACAUGGAUACUUUCAAACGCGGUUCCUUAUUAUAUAUGCAUACUGUACCUACUGUAAAUUCACAGCGACCGAUUUUCAAUGCGCGCGGAGCUCAAUGUGACUCCUACCUUCAUGAGCCAAUCCACGUCCAAACUUUCAUUUGUGAUGUUUCCAAAUGUACUCUUUGACAGUGUCAGCUUUCAUAAGAACAAAUGUUUGCCUCGAGCUUCACGUGUCAGUUGCGAGUGGGCCCAUGCCAGUUUUGGUCAUGAUUCAUAGGUUAAUAGACAAGACAUUUUGGGUGAGUUCUGCUUUCGGUGUUUUAGCUUUGGCAACCAGUGCGAUGGGUUUUUAUUUUAAAAGUCUUCAUGUGCAGUCAUCCUGAAGCCUCCCUCCUGCCUGGCUUUCUGUUAUCUAAGCCCUCUGGAAGAACUGCACAUUCAAUGCCAUCAUCUCCUUCUGCUGCUGGCUCAGUCUGUUUGCUUAUUGCUGUUUAUAGAUGCAUCAGCAAGACAUUUUUAGAAUUUGUGCUUAGCCAGUGUCGUUUCCAUAGGCGACUUCACAAUUUUUAAUGAGUUUCCUGCAGUUUUGCCUCUGGUUUUGUGUUUUGUAUUUCUUUUAAUUUUCUAUGAUUAUGUAAUUAAACAUCAACAAAAUCACAGAAAAAUUAAAUAAAUAUUCUUAGAGUGGAUUUUUUUUUUUUUGCAUUAUGCAGCUGAUGAUUGUCAGUAUGGGCUCCUGGUGUAGGUGCUGGGUGGGAUUUUGCGAUAUCAAGGGUGGUGCAGCUAACAUCUGUUUAGGCAGCAGUGUCUGUUUGGCAUUCAGAAACCCUCUGCUCGCUCCUGUGAGCCCUGAGCUGUUUGAUCCGUGACAUAGUUGUGAGCGGAGAUGAGAUUGGACCUGACCAGAUUCACAGCCUGAUUCAAUCCCUGUUGGGCUUGUAUACACAACCUCCAGGCUUUUUUUUUUUUUUUUUUUGCAUUACCCAUGUGUCAGGAAGUCCUGCUUGUAUGGAAUAUGACAGGAAUUAUGCAAAUGACAGGAUAAAGAUGAUCUGAAACCUGUAAUUAUGGAGUUAAAACAAAGAGUUAUUGUAAAUAUUGCACAUACAGAUGCAUCUCAAUCAAUUAGAAUGUCAUUAAAAAGUUGAUUAAUUUCAGUAAAUCCAAUCAAAAUAAAACUUGAAACACAUCCGUCUGUGUGUAAUGGAUCUGUAUGAUAUGAGUUUCACUUUUGAACUGAAUUACUGAAUUAAAUCAACUUUUUGAUGAUACUCUAAUUUAUGAAGAUGCUCCAUUGAUGUUGAUUCACAGUCUUGACAUUGAAGAGACAGGUACUGUCAUUAACGCUGAAUAGAUUCUGUGCUUUCACACAAACAUGUGUCUCUAUGUCAUUAAUGCCAGUGGAGAGGACAGGUAUUUAAGAAAUGUUUUGACAGACGAAGGAUCAUUAAUGAUUUUGCGGCAGACGACCAUUUUGAUAGUACCCUCCUCUCUAAUUAUGGUGUGAUGUGGAUAAUAUUGAGCGAGCAUGUAGCCUCUUGCUGCCUGCUAAUUCAGUGCAAACAAACACAGCUGGGUGUUGGAAAAGCAGUACACUGCCAACUGAGACAGAGAGAGUGGUAGUUUUACUCUCUCUGUCUCCUCUUGUGUUUAGUCCUCAUGAAAACCCUCAGCAUCCCCCUGCAGUCCAGCAGCAAGUCUUCCCCUCCUCAUCUUUCCAAAUAACAGACUUAUGUAUUCCAAUUGUCUUCACACACAUCUACUGUCAUGCCUACAAAUAACUGAAUCAGCAAGCAAACACAUGGACCAGUUAUGGUGAUUACAGGAAUCACUGGAGUGUUAAAAACAUAUUCAAGAUUUUCAGCACAGUCCGCUUCAUCUGACUAUUUAGGUUUUAGGUCUUUAUUAUACGAUGGAGGGGAAAGUUUACACUGGCUUGCAGUUGACCCAAAUGACUCAGGAAUACAAAUUAAAAACACAGAACCUAAAGCUACAAAUGAUUGACCUCCAGAUCAAGUCAGUGUGAAAGUACUAAAAACUACAGUCACAUGUGUGUCCUUCAGAAAUCUCCAUUUUAAAAAACUCAAUUUAACUGCAGAAAUAAACAGAUUGACAGUCUGUUAGAAAACACAGUUUUUUGUUUAUGUCGCCCCUUUCAAAAUGUUUCAGCAAAUUUCUGAGAACAAAGCUUUAAAUUUAUGAGAAAUUAAGUUGUGUGAAAAAAGUAAUGCAUUUAAAGGAAUAAACGUCUUAAUCUAACACAAAUAAAGUUAGCUCACCAGCCAAAAUUAUAUAAAUUGAUGACUUUGCUGUGUAUUUUUGGUUAUGAUUUUACGACUUUAUUCUUGUAAAUUUAAUUUUCAUGAGGUUAUGUCAAUUUUUUUUUGUAAAUGUACCUGUUUUUUCUUUUAAAUUUAUGGCUACAAUCUUGAAAUCUCUUUUUUUCCUCGAGAAUCAGGUGAUCCUAAUUCUGCAAUGUAUUGAUUGUACCAAUCAAGACGGCUGAAAGGCUCAAACAAGUGGAAAUAGUCUGUUUUCCCUCUCUGUCAGUAUGUAUUCAUCACAGCUGUUGCCUCUCCUUUUUGUGGCCCUGUGUUUUCAGAUGCAAUAAUGUGAGUUCAGAUCCAGCUGGCCUUUUAUUCCUGUGCAUCUGCCUACACAAUGUUCUAAACUUAAACAGCGUCAAAUCUAACAUGCUCUGUUGAGGCUAAAUGGUUAAAAACUGAAAGUACUUUGGGUUUUAUGUUAUCCAGCUUGAGGCACUUAACUAUGUCUUUUAACUGGUUAAUCAUAUCAAUUUGAGCUAUUUUGAACUUUUGGCUCAGAGCCACACAGCUCUGAAUACUGUAACCACGUGAAAUCUUUUGUCCUCACAUAAAAAGGCGGUUGCUUUGAAUUAGACACAAGUAUUUCUAAGAGUGUUUGAGUAGAGGAUGAAGAGGGGUGAAAUGCUCACUCUUGCUUUGCUCUAACCCUCAUUUGGGGCAUUGAGCUAAUUUCCUGUAUUGUAUUUUGCGUCGUGUUCUUGGAGCCGCUGAGCUUUGUUUUGUUCACUGCUUUGAAUCCCUGCAGUCUCUACAACUCCCCGGGAAACCAAAGCGGAGUGUGCGUUCUCCUGUUUGGUGAAUGAGCUGUAGGAGAGGUGUAGAGGAGAUGGUUUUGAAGUAAUUCUUUAUGUGUGACUCAGUGCAUAGAAUUAACGACUGUGGGACUCAGUACCCACCGCUGAGUGUUUGACUGUUCGAGCCUUUCCCUUGUUUUCACAUCCAAUCCACUCAGGACACCCUGUCACUCUUUGUUUUGUCUCGCUUCACUUUUCGCACCUGUCCCUUCCUGCGAUCCUUUUGUCUUUAAUGCCAUCCUGCUCUGUCCUUGUUUCCCUCUCCUGCUAGCUGCCUCCUUGUUGUUUUCUAAUUCUAAAUUUGAUUUCUAUUUUAAGCCUCCGCCCCUCUUUCUGUACCGGACUCUUGCUCAUCCUCUGUGUCUUCCCACCUCCCUGAAAAUUUCAGGCUGGCAUUAAAUGAUACAUGAGUUUCCUUUGAUAGCUUGUCCUGACCUGACAGAAACCCAGGCCGUUUCGCCUUUUUAGAAAUUACUCAAUGAGAAUACAGUUUUCAUCGCAGUGUGCAUGUUUGUAAUGAAUGUUUUUGUGCGUGGGAGACUCUACCUCUGGGGUGUGCAGAUGUUUUGCAGCUCUAAUGGUAGUCUGUUUUUAUGUUUAUGUUUUCAGACAAAAAUGAGUAAUGGUAAUUUAGUAUAUUGGGCCAGCAUGGCAUGCCAUAGAUAACAGCUAUCAAAUGCCUAAAGCAGACUGCAGAUCAUAAACAGUGUUCAUAAUGUAGGCUGACAACAUCCUACUGACAUGAUGUGAUGCAUUCAUUUCACAUACUUAUCACUUCCAUGUCUAUAUCAGUUCAUGAAGCGACGGCUUAUCCAAGCGUCAGUGUUUAAACUACAAACACUCCUCUUGUUUGCAGCUGUUAAACCAGUCGUCCCCAUCGCAUCUAUGUUUAUUCAUUUGUUGACCUUUCUAUUUCAGGUUAGUGCUGAUUAUACAAUAGACGAGCAGCUUUGUUUCCUCUUGUGUGAUUGAUAUCAUUUUUGCUCUGAAGGGCCAUUGAGGGCUUUAUCGUUUUUGCUCAGCAGUGCUUUUGUCAACUCUGGCUUUGUAACUGCUCCAACAAUAUCCAAAGCCACAAUAUCCAAAGGUGUGAACUGUAGUUUGAAAUGAGAUCCCUGUCAUCUGGAACUUAUGGAGCCUGCAUAAGCUGGUUCUUGAGCGCUGUAUAUGGGCUGUGGUAUCAUUUGCAUAUCAUACGCCUGUGCUAUUUAUAAGCAACGCAUGCUUCAUAUAAAUCUGAAUCAAUCCAGACUCUGAGAGGAACUCAUAUAUAACCUCUGGCUGAGUCCUUUGUGUUUUUACUCAUGCGUAGGUCUUGGUUUCAUGAGUUUGUGCUUACCAGGUUAGCUUGAAUAUAGGCGGUGGUAAAUUCUGUCUGUUGGGACUAAAGCUGUGGUCCACAUAUUUUGCCAGGUGGGAUGCUGACAAGUUAGCUAGAUGACAGGUGAGAUUAAUAACAAGUACAAUUUAAGAUUUUCAUGAGUUUGCUAAACUAAUUUCCCUCUGUAUGCUGUGUCAUGUUGCUCUAGGGAGACAAGAUCAAGAGCAGGUCAGGUGGAAUUAGGGCUGUGCGAUAAAACAAUAACGAUGUAUUGAAAAUUAAUUUCCCUCAAUAUCAAUAUAAAACAUGGUCAGUAUGCUUUUUGAUAGUUGGCAUUCUGCCAUCUUUUGGUAGACUAUAUGAAUAGCCGAUGAAAAGGGGAGUUGCUCCCAGUCCGCGUCUCGCUGAACCAAUCAUGUGCUGAAUUAGAACCAGGUAGCAAACAACUGCAUGGUAGCAGGCUGCAGAUACACGCAACUGCACUGUGCACUGCAAAUUAUAUCGAGUACAUGUUCUUGGAAAGUCGGUGAAUACCUCAAAUCUUUUUCACCACCUGAAGCAGUGCCAUGUAGCAGAGCAUGCACAAUGCAAAAGGUUACAAACCCCAAGUGGAGCUAGGAGCCCAUGGUGCCUGUGCAACUGAAACAGCUGACCAUUCAGUCCGUUUUCUCUAGUGCAACGCCUUGUGAAAAAACGUCAAAGAGACACAAAGACCUCACAGAUGCAGUAGCUUAUUGUACUGCAAAAGACCUGCUACCAAUAAGCACUGUUGAAGUUCAUUUUUUAUAUCGUGAUAUAUAUCGAUAUCGACAGAUAUGAAAAAAAUAUAUUGUGAUAAACUUUUUCCCAUAUCACCCACCCCUAGGUGGAACAGUGCUGAGUUUUCGAGUGUUGGUUGUUGUGUCAUAACUGGUUGGCUGUUUGUUUACCUCUUGUGCCUUUGUAAUGUCUGAAUGCAGAAAAAAAUCACAACCUAGGACACCAAUACUUUGCUGUAGAAGGAUCAUUGUCAAAUCACAAAGUUAUGAUGAGGUCGUGUUAAAAGACUCCAGAAUAGACUGACAAUAUAAACAAGACUUUAGCCUACCAAGAGGUUGUAAUUCCUUCAAGUGACAGAAACUUUAGAAUCGGCCGGGACAGAGAGGACUGGCACAGUCCAUUGGAGAAAUAAACACUGAGAUCAAGAAGUAAGGGUUUGGUGCCAGAACUCUACUCAAGUUGAGUAGGCUUAGUUUUGAAACCAAAUUGCAAAAGUAAAGUAGAAGCAGGGGGCUGCCUUGUUCGUACAUAGCUGAAGUCCAGCUCUACAGCCUCAAACUUAGUGCAUAGCACCCAACAAACAAGUCCACCACAGGAAAUUGCCCUUUAGCCAACUUGAGAUUCAAUUGUCUGAGCCAAACCAUGAUGGCAGCUCAGUGUUUUAACUCCCACUUGUGUUCUGAGAUGGAGACUCCUCGUCUAUCUUCACUGUGUAUCAGCGCACCACUUUGAAGGGAGCGUUAGUGCUGUUUGGUGGGGAUGGAGCUGCUUUAUGCUCAUCCCCUCCCUGUCCCACUUUAGCAAAGUGUCAGCAGAGAUUACCUGAAUUGUGACAUGUGCGAAACACCUUUACCCGUAAUGAGCUUUUCCCGUAGAAUGCGCCCAGAAGACCGCACUUUUUUUUUUUUUUUUGGAGUUUUACAUCAUCACUGUUAUUUCCAUGGUUACCGCAGGUCAUGCUGUAGCAGUUUGUAAUCAGGUUGGUGUAUGACUUUCUAGAGGCUUCUCUUCAGUACCCAGCGGAUUACCUUAAAGAGGCAAUUGGCAUGUAAAUUUCAGGGUGGUGCAAAUGAUAAUCAUAGUCAGAGAUGGCUCUCCACAGCAGAUUUGAUUUGACUUUGAUGAGUGUAAUCAGGAGACCAUCAGGCAAAGGACUGGUGGCACAGUGUUCCUGAGAUAAUAAGGGAGGCAUUUACACUUCAAAUUAGCAAAGCAAAAACACAGCUUCAAAGGACAAACCCAAGCUAACCUUUUGUGUCUGUGAUCUCUCUGUCAUCCCCUCCCUCUGCUUGGCUUAAGGGGAAGAGGAAUAAGCCAGGAGUGGAAACAGCAGACACUCCAGACUCAGCACGUGGGCGAGGGGAGAAGAAAGCCAUCAAGUAAGUGCCUAGUAACUAGUUAGAGAAGAAUAAUCUGGUGAUAAUGAACUGAAUCCAGUUCAGCUUUGAAUCUCUUGAUAUACACCGAACAGACAGGGCGGAAAACGAAAGCUGGCUGUUUUUAUCUUGAAGAGCCUGAUCUCUGCAAGAGCAUGUUCGGGCAGAACAUUAAACGAAAGGUUAGUGAUUUAAUCAGCAUAGAUUAAAUCUGCAUUAGUUUACCUGUGAAGCUUUUGGCUGGACCAGCCUGCUCCUGCACUUAUCUUAAAGGGUGUAAGAUAGGUCUCCCUUAAGUGCAGGGUUGUAGCCACGCCUCUGCUCUGCUUAGAAUGAUGAAAUAAACGGAGCGGGGCUUGAGCUCUUUGCAGUGUUGGGAGUUAAAAUAUUUGACAGGAUUUUGAUCUAACAUUUCUUCCAGGGCUCAAACUAAGAUUAAGGUCUUUUCUGUGCUUGAUGAAACAGGGCUAUAGGUCAGAGCCAGAAAAUGUCAGCUUUGUAAUACUAAGUACAAUGCUCUAUUCCAAAAAAUACUGUUAUUAACCUGCUCGUCACUUCUUCUCUUCUAUAGCCCGCUGUUGUCGCAACCCUGUUGGACUGUCUGUGUAACUUUUAAUCUGUAAUGACAGCUUUGAACUGGAAAACGUGAAUGUACUCUGACUUGAAGUCCUCGGUCUCUUAAUUUUUUGCAUUUUCUUUCACACUGGCUCCAGCUGAUUGCUGUGCUCUGUUUGGUCAUUUCAGCUUCCAACUCUCUUUGUGCAUUGCCUUUUUUUCUCCUCUGGCUCUAUCCCAUGUGCUGCAGCUCUGACCUCUGCUGUGUGACUUGUAUGACAUCAGUGAUUCUGCUCACCUUUUCCACCUCUACUUUGACUGUGUGCAGUUUUUUCCCCCUGCCUUGUGUCUCAUUUGUUCAUGCUCACGCCGAGGAUGGGGGCCAGACUUCUGAGUGUUUACUCAAAUGUGUGUCGUCAGUGGUGCCGUGCUAGAUAAUCAGAAUGUAAUCACAUGCUGUGUGUGUUCAUCAGAUUAUGACUUCCUCUUUUCUUGCUGCCUAUAUCUUUCUCUCUGUGUCUUUGCUGCGGCACAUUGCUUUAUGAAAUGCUUCUGUGAAUGCCUCUCUCCUCCAGGCUGCCCCCUCUUUUCAUUUCUAAAUCAGUCCACUAUGUUGAUAUUUAACGUCUGUCAAAAUUGAGAAUUAAUCUUGUGCCGUACAGCUUUACGGCUGACCUUUUUCCUCAAAACAAGCCCUCGCAACAUCUCCGAAACCAGCAGGUGCCUGAUGCAAACAGUUGGUUGGUGCCAAGGCUCUCCUUGGUUGUGUUGCUCUGACCUGUCUCUCUCUUUGGCCGCAGUGAUCUAGACAGAGACUUUUGGAAUAACAAUGACAGCAGCACAGUGCAGCAGAGGUGGAGCUCCUAUCCACCCAAGGAGUUCGUACUAAACAUUUCUCCCUAUGCCCCAUACGGAGAUCCUCGCCUCACACUCAAGUGAGUCUUGGUCCAAGGUUGGUAAGAGACUUCCACCUGAGCAGGGCUGUAACGAGGCAGGGGCCGCGCCACCUUUACUUUCCCCUUCCUUUUCCUUAUCUUCUUUUACCUUCACGCAUCCGUUACCUCUCCCUCCUGAACGCCUUAACCUAUUUUUAGCUGUGCAGUCACCAUAAUUAGCCUCUCAUCAAAUUAAACUAUUGGAUGUGGAUGUUAAAAUUCCCGGCCACUUAAUAAAAGGAAAGCACCAGUGAUUUAGGUGGGGUUGUGUGAGGUACUCUUCAGCAGAAGGAGUGAGAGGACGAAUCAGCUUGAGUUCGCAUAUGGUAGCCAUGUAAGCCUGUAGAAAGGUCACAUGUACCCUUAACAAAAAGCCUACAUUUAAAGGGAGGUUGGUUUGUGAGCGCUCACCAUGUUUGAAGAUUUUUUUUACUGCCUCACCUUUGAGCGAAAAGCUCCUCCGCAGGUAUAAAGCAACUUUUCCUGCAACAGGCCUAUAUUUCCACAAAUACAAUUCUAUCUUUUAUGCCAUACUUCAGCUGUUAAGGUCAGGCAGUACCAAGGCCAGCGCAGACAGAAAUCAACCUUCACUUUUAUAAACCUUUCACUGUUGCUGCAUUCUUGUGGUUUUCUAAACCGGUCAUCAAAUUGAUCUCACUGAACUUUGCAGAGUGAUAAUGGCCUUAGACCGCAGAGGACUGCUACACUCAAUGUAAACACCAACACUUUAUGUACUGAAGCAAAACAACUCUGUAUUCGCUGAUCACUGCUACUGUUAAUUUUCUGGGAAAAUAAAAAACAAAUAAGGGGACAUGUUUAGUGAGCAGGUUGGUUACACAAAUGAUAAUCCUGAAAGGGUGAGCAGGAUCCCCCAGAAAAUCUGAGGGGUCCCACGAAAGCUGUAGACAAGUUGACACAUAUUUAAACAUUAGGGGAAAAAAACGUGAUUCUGACUCUAAAGAAUAGUCUCAGUGGAAAGGAAAGGUCUUUUAUGGCUGAAGUACAUGUUUCUUUUGACUGUGUCUUCAGUAGUUUAAAGUCCAGCUUCAGUGUAGGAACCCUGGCCUGCUUCUCUAAAUAAUGGCCAUGCUGACUGUUAUCCAUCGUAGGUGGUGCACUCACCCCACUGAGUAUUUUUUGGUCUUUAAGAGGUCUAAUAGAUGUCUAAAUGUAGCAUAGACGACUGGUCUAAAAUCAGGCUACCACAGGUCUAAACAUGAAAGCUUUUUAGAUGACCAAGUUUAACCCUUUAAUGCCUUUUGUAUCAUGUUUGAUACAUACUUUUAUAUACUUCUAUCAAAUCAACAUUAUCAACAAAUUACUAAUAAAACACCUCAAUAUAUAUAAAUGAUAAAAAGGUCCUUGUGGUUUAUCAAUUUCCAAAAACAUCUAAUGUAUCAAAUGAGAUAAAUAACUUGUUAAAUGUUAAGGAGAUUUAGAUUUUUGGGGGUUUUCAGUAGUAAGUGAAAUAAAUAUUUCAGCUCCAAAAAAAUUGAAUUUUCGGGCCAUAAUUUGUGGUUUCAGGCAUUGAAGGUUUAGACUAGUCGACUAUACUAUACUAAACUGUAUAUUGCUCAACGGCUUUCAUAAUUAUUUUAGUUAAGUACUUGGAGAUCAGUUAUGCAACUCGCAGUUGCUUUUUAAAAUAAAUAGUUAUUGAAUAAUGGAUUAAGGUGCAAUGUUUAAAUUCCAUCUAAAAAUAUACAGAAUCUAGAUGGUUGAAAUUAGGUCUAAAAAAAACGACAUGUCUAAUAGCCGUCUGUUGCUCAGUUGGACAUUAGGUACCUCAUACAACCCCCAUGGGAAAAUUAUAAACUAUCCCUUUAAAUCCACCUGCUCCCAUAAUUUGAUUAUUUUCCUUUUCCUGAAGGACAAAAUUUUAUUCCAGAUCAACUAGUAAUUCUUAGCCAAAAGGCUUUUACAUAAAGCCUGUUCCAUAAAUGUCAUGGUUUUGCAAUUUACAUAAACUUCACAUUUCCAGAUCAACUAUUGGUUUUUAAUGUGAUUUCCGUCGAUAGGAAAUAGGAUAAGGACAUCAAUAAAAAUCCCCAACUGUUAGCACACUAGAGGGUAGAAAUGGUUACUAAUGAUUAGUCAUAAUCUGCUCUGGAAAUGUGAAUGUAGGAAAUGUCAUACACGCACAUAACAGCAUCCCAGAAACAGCCAUCUGACCAUCAGUGCAACAGAGCCUGAUAGUAUCCCGGGGCUAAUCCCGCUGCUGCUGCUGCUGCUCCUCACAUCCCAUCACCUUUUAAUGAACACAGAGGCUGCGCUCAGACGCCCCCCCACUCCCUACAGCCCUGCCUCUGCUCCCACUAACUCCUGACCUCUAACCUUUCACCUCUCUCCCAUGGGGUGUAUCCAUGGAGACGGACAACCCUCGUAGCCUUUCUCUCCUUAAAGACAUGUACACUUUAACUCACCUUUCCUGUUACCUAUCUUCUUGUGCUCCUUGUGUGAACAGAAAUUUGUUGUUGUUGUUGUUGUUGUUGUUGUGGAGGGUUGACCGUUAAACCAGGUUGCAGUGUUGGUGCCAGUGUUCACCUGUGGUUUACAUCCAUCUGUGGCUUUUCUCUGACCCCCAUCAACCUAUUAUCUAAUGUGUACCGCUCUAACACUGAAGCUCUUGAACUGUGUCUGCUGUCUAUCAUAUUGGGAGAUAAGGUAACUGUUUUUACCUGAUGCAAUAGAAGUCCUUUUCUCACUCACCGAGCACUUGAAUCCAAUAAAGCCUCAGCAAGGUCAGACCUAUCUCCCUCUGGGCACUGAGAGGACUCUAAGCUUAGACAUCCUGCUACCAGGCACCCGUCUGAUAAACUCUAAUAACUGGUCAUCUUUAAUAGACCCAGCUGUUGAGGAGUCUGUGUUUAAGUGCCUGGAGAGAAGAAAGCGGUAGUGUGCUUAGGAGUGCAGUGGAUAAAUGGAUUGCUGUCGAAAAACUCCGCCUGAAGAUGACGGCUGCUGAUCUCAGAAGACCAAGUUUAAAUCCUCGCGCUCGUGUUUGGAGAAGUUCAUUUUCUGGAAAAGGAAGAAACCCCUAAGGUUGUGGUUCAUUGUCUGCAGAGUUGCUUUUCAUCAGGUUCGGCCUUUGAAAGUUUUUCUUUCGCCCACUGAAAAAAAAAAAAUUUUUGAUGAUUUUCACUGCGGAGAAAAAACAUUUCUCUGCAGUGAAAAUUUAUUUUUCUCUGUCGGUAAAGUGUAAGCUCUGAGAAACUAUUGGAUUAAAGGGAUGACAGCAGAAAUGUAAAACCUUAUUGGCCAAAUCUUAUACCCCCCCAAGGACAACAGCAUGAGAGGAGACACAGUGAUUUUCUUGAUUCAUUUUACACCCAAAACACACCUAUGGGUAGUUAAGGGAUUUAACCCAUCCCUGUGUCUCACUUACAGCCUAGAUUAUGAGCUGCUGAACUAGCAAACCCCUGUCAGACACAGCUUAAUUAACUUUGCAUCAUGCUCUUUAGACUCUGAACAUUGUAUCAUAGAAAUGGGGCCCCAGAUUUUUAGGCAGACUACUUCAUAUCCACUAAUAAUGCGCUGCUUAAACCAACAGACAGCUGGGAAAUCAUUCCCCGUUAAGGACUCUCUUGAGAUCAGCAGCCUUCAAUCUCUGUAAUAACGCUCCGCCUCAUUCGUCAAACAGGUUCCUCAACCCUACUCGAUCAAUCUCCAUCUUUAAGGACUUAUCAGAUUGGGGGUUCAAUAGCCCCAUUUUUUAAUAUUGAACUCGUUAUUUAUUGGAUGUCAGCUACAGUCAUGAUCUAAGGAGGAAAAAACGAUUGUGUUGAACAGACAUAAACCAAUCUUCAAAUGUAGUCAUCGGGUUUGGUGAUUUAUAGUCACUAUAUAUUAUUUAUUUAAUUAGUCUGAUAGCUUUGAGAUGAAAAACAGUCGGAGAAUUUACGGCUAUAUUUGUCCGUAAAUUCUUCCAGUGAAGUUGAGUCAAAAACAAGGAUUGAUAUCUGGACGCACUUUUCCUGUAAAUACUCCCAUGCAGUGAAUCACAGACCGGAUUAUUUAUGUGAUCCCACUUACAGUAAAGAUUAAGGACGUUCACCUUGUGCCCAGCUCGAUAUACAAGGUCUGUUGAGUUGACCGUCGCUCAGGCAGUGUCAUCCAUGCUGGCGCUGUGAUUGAUGACUUCUCCUCCUGCUCUGUCAGGUCAAUCGGUCAGAAUUAAAUGUGAAAGGUGACCUUCGUAGAGACAUGAUGCAAGUGUUGUCCUCCCCUCCGAUUCCUACAUGUGCACACCAGGAAACAACCUCCUCUGUGCCGUUUUCUUAUGUGUCACCUGGAGCAGGAGGAGAAUGCAUAUUAAUGAAAUGUAGUCAUGUCACCAGAGGGCACUACUGUGCUUUAUUUUUGAUCAUCACUGCUUACUGAGAAGACAUGACAUUUUAAACCUGACAACAGGUUUGGGAUGAAAUAUGGGCCCUGUGACAUUUUUCCUGAACUCUUUUGGAGGUAAAUAUGCCUAAUGUAUUCGACCACUUCCUGUUUACUCUCGUUGAUGCAAAGUGAGGAUCAGAUGACACAUAGAUGUUGAAAAAAAUGAAUGGAUACACAUCAGGAUCUAAAAAUAGAGUCUAAUCGAUGGUUUACAGGAACAAAAGCACUUGUAUUUAACCAAAUGCCACGCUGGAUGGCUUCCUAAAUGAAUCAAAUAUUUGCUCAUGAGGCACCGUAGUCCUGCUUACAGUUGAUACGAUUGAAUUGGCUCCCAUAGCGACACAUUUCAAACCUCAGAUGCCCAAAUGAACAAGAGAAUAAGAACUAAAGAACCAGAGUCCACACUCUGUUGCCGCUAGUGAAUGCUGGCAGCUAUAAUAUUGGUCCUCUGAGGCCCUCAAGGAGUGACCGCUUGCUGGUUUUCCACCCUCCACAGGCUCCCUCUAUCUUCCUCCUCCUCCUCUUCUUUCUCUUCUUUCUUCUUUCCUCCCUGCUCUCCUCACCCCAUCCCUCUCUUCCUCCACACUGGACUCCCGACCUUUUCAUCUACCUGCCUCUCACUUGGCCUGGAAAACCAGUCCUGCCCCCUCACACGCUCUACUGAUCUGUCUUACCUCCGUAGCCAUGUGGUUGCUCAAUCUACUCUCCUUUUUUUGUGUGUGUGUUUUUGCCUUUUGUCGUCUUUCUCACACUCUUUGGUCUUUUUCUCCUCUGCCUGUCGUUACUCUCUUUUCACUGUACUCUGUGUCUGGCGUGGGACCUCCCGCACCCCUGUCUCUGUCUCUCAGUGGGGCAGUGUCAGGGGGUCAGAAGGGGGCAGCAACUGGGCAUGGGGAUGAUGGGGGGGGUCCUAAUCGCAGUGACAGCGUGAAGAGCAUGGUGACAGAGGGAGUAAAGGCCGGGAGGUGGCAGACCGUCCAGGGACACAUGCACUCAGGAGGACUGAGACCCAGCGAGUGAGUCCAGAAUCAGCCCAACAUUUCAGUCACAAAAGAAAGAAACACAUCAUCAUCACAAUAUUAUUCCUGCACCAUGUUACCUCACAGCGGCUAUGAUUAGAUGAAUGAAUCAGUUUCGAGGUCAAGUUCAGCAGGAAGGUGCAGCUCAGGUUUCAAGGUGAGCGUGUGGGUACAGAUCAAGGUGCGAGCGCCGGGGAGAUGUGAUCUUUCGUCAUCCUGAGAAGAUAACAAUAGUUGCUGGAGCUGUAUCACACUGACUCAAACCCCAGCUGCUCCUGUGUAACUGUGCAGGAGAGUAUGAUUUAUUUAUGUGAGGAACUGCACUGCCUGCAAGUGUACUCUCAAAAAAAAAUGCAAUACCAAAAUAGUCUCAUUUUCCGACACUGCCUGAAAUAGUGCCUCACACCAUGCCAACCAACCCGCCUUUUAAUUAAAAACUUAACCCGAGACGUGAACUGCAUGUUGCUUACUGACUGCAUGUCUCCCGCAGUCAUGAUGUUUGACAUGAUUUAGGGUCUGUAUUCAGUGUGCUGUAAAUGAGGCAGUUAAUUUUCAGUUCUUGGUGAUUUUUUACACCUUCCUCUGACACCUCAUGCCUGUGAUUUCUUCCUCCACAACACAUUUACGCUCAUCACUACCUCACUCCUCAUUCCUCCUCUUCUCUCCUCAUCUUUCUUUUUUGCCCCCCCUGUCUGUAAUUGGAUUCUAUUUUCAGGCUGCUAUAAGUGUCUGUGUCUCUUGUGUUGUGUCUCACACCCCAUUUUCUGUCUCUCCUCCAUCGUCACCCUCUGUCGUUAUCGCUACCAUCGUUCCCUCUGUUGUUCAGCUACCAUGUGAAGCCACUCCUCUGGUUCUCCUCUUUUUUUUUUUACUCCGCUCCAUAACAGCAAAACCCUCCAUUUACCUUUUUAUCCUUUUAUUUGUGACUGUUUUAUAUCAUGGAAAGCACAGUAAAAGGCUCGUGUGAAAUUGUGGUAGGUAAAGUAUGCCAGGGGCUGUAAAAGGCACCUAACUGAUGUGAAUAGCUCUCUCAUGACCUAAUUCUGGCAGUCUGGGUUACACACCGAUCGGAGAGACAUGAGGUUAUAUUUAGUGAGUAGAGAAAAAUGUAUAAAAGGGUUACAGGAUGCAGUAAAGCCCACAAAACAUAAGCAUAAUGUUUAUGUUUAUUUUGUGGUUUUAUGAAAACUGAAGCACCUUUAAGGUAAAGCAGUGGGCCCAAUAAAACUCUUUAAUAAAGGGGAGGAGUGGAGACUGAGAGGGUGACAGAGGGAGGGAGCCGUACUGUAGGACUUGGUUGGCUGUUGGGAUGUCUCUAGAGGUGCGGCAUGUAUUUAAACCACGAAAUAGACUAAGAGAGAACUGAAGAGAAGCAAUCAGGCAUGGAAAAAGUUGAAUGACGGGAUAGGGAAAUGGGGAUCUCUCAUCACGCUAAAAAAACGCCAUCAAGAAGGCCGGGAUGCGGAAAAGCUACCACGCACGUACCUCGACGAGGUCAGGUGGUGCCGAAUCGCACCUUGCCCUUGCGGACAGUCCGUAUCCGUCUGCUGCACGCGAAAAACCCACCCUCACGCAAACGGCACGCACAGAACACGCAGACGCGCAAAGCGCACACACACCUGGCGCAGGCUCGCAGGCGGAGCUCGCAAUUGGCACACGCCUGCUGGACUCAGGCCUAUCAGCAGCACACAGCACACAGCGAUCACUCAGGCUGCACCUUCUACUGCUAUUUCUGCUACUGCUGUUACUGCUGCUGCCUCACCGUGCUCUCUUUCUCUCUCCUCCUCCUCCUGUCUCCACCUCCAAACUCUCCUCCCCCUGCCCCGCUCUCCUCUACCACCACCCUUACUUCCUCCUCCUCCUCCUCUUCCUCCUCCCCCUCACAUUUGUCAACUUCCUGUUUGGGUGAACUUUCCUGUAUCUAUCCUGACGCCAACUUGACUCCUUUUGCUGUGUCCUACUGCCCUGUGCCACCUUGUGUCCUCUAUGACCUCAUCACUCCUGAAAAACUCGCCCACUCUUCCUCUUCGUCUUCAUCCUAUUCUUCCUCUUCUUCUUUCUCUCCAUCUUCUUCUUCCUCUGACUUCUACCUGCCUCCUCAUCAUCCUGUCCUUUGCCGGCCGUGGCCUUCUCUUCGCUCUCUUUCCUCCCUGCUCCUCUGCCCUCCCAGCUUUGGGGAUCCAGUCUUAUCCUAUGCAUCCACUCUGGAGCACAUCCCCACCCGGCCUCGGACACUGCUGCGCCAGCAAAGCCUUCAGCAGCCUCUCAUCCACCCACCAGGCCCCAGUCUGGGCCAUCCGCCCACCACCUCACAGAGCCUGGGACAGUUACAUACUGCACCUGGACAGCCAGGAGGUGGUGGGGGUGGUGGUGGCGGUGGGGGUGCAGGGAAAGGAGAGGGAGGCGGCAGCGGUGGUGAGAGUGGGGGUGCAGGUACUAGAGGUGGUCCCCGGGGGGCACGGGGCAGCCCGGCAGGAGCAGGGGCUUCUCGCUAUAGGGGAGGUGGAGCAGGAGGGCGCACACGUGCCGAUCCUGGCAGCUGGGAUUACAUGAUGGACCAGAUGAAGAAUCGAGGCCUGGACGUCAAAUCCUUUAUGUGAGUCCCUGCAGCUCCUCCUUCAUGACUUCACACAGUGUCUUUUGUAGUGUCAUGUGACAAAGUUUCUGUCUGUAUCUGCAUGUUAGAGUCUGUGACACACUAUGGAGAGUUAUUAUCUUAAUAUUUCAAAUAGUUUUUUAAGCUAUUUGUGUUGAAGUCCUUUCAGUACUUGUACCACUGUGAAAUGUUCUCUGCCUUUUCUCCCGGGUGUUUCCUUUCAGUUGUUAUCUGCUUUCCAGGGAAGGAUAUAAUUCCUUAAAAAAAUUUAAAAAAUGAACCAUAAAAACUAAAAUGUUAGAAUGUGAAGAUUAAAUAUGCCACUGAAAUAUGACUUGUGUGUAUGUGCGCAUACAAGUGUAAAUAUAAACUGCAGAAGUCUGUUUUUCAAGACUGUGUAAGGUUGUGUGUUUGGAGCAUGUGCAGGUUGUUUCCUAUGAUAUUCACAGUUAUGAUGGCAGUUCAAACCUACCAUGUUAAUGCAGGAUGAUGAAGCAGAAUGAAGACAAGUAGGCCUGACUUUAGCUAAUUUAGAAAAAUGAUUAUACACAGUAUGUUUUUGAGUAUAUUUAUGUGAAUAAGCUGUUGACUUUCAGCUCUGAGUCUUGGGGAUGUGCAGAUGGAUCAAGACAUUAUACAUCACAGUCUGAUCCUGCAUAUUUACAUAAUGUUGUUUAUUGUGGCUUGUAGAGUUAUUUAAUGACUCUUAUCAAAAAUCAGCUGAGUUUAGUGUUUUAGGAUUAAAUACAUUAUGUGCAGUUAUGUUUAAACAUUUGUGCUUCUAUGAGUGGCCAAAUAAAUGAGAAAGCUUCUUAUUAAGCAAUCUGAGAGAGAAAAAAAACGCAUCUUUCCUAAUUUGGAACAAAUGACAUCAUGUGCAUGAAAAAUGGCAAGGAACUUGGAGCAUAUUGUGAGCUAUUUCUACCCCAUUCUGUGAUGAAUGGUUCAACGUUUACACUGCAUGCUCUGCUAAGCAGUAACAUCUGUUUGGAUGGCAUUCAGCCUGUCUGUUGCAAUUGUCCUUACAGGACAGAGCUAACAGUGAAAGUUUCAAGUCACCAUUUAUUUUCUGUUCACACCAUCCGACUCAGUUAGAUGAUAUUGUUUCUGAGCCAUCCUUUGGACAACACAGAGGUGUUUACUGCCCUGCUCAAUAGAAACACCAGUAAGUUGAAUCUGUAUUUCAUGGGUGUUUUUCUCUGAAAAUUGCGCCUCUGUUUCUGGUGUCACUGUGGCUGAUCUGCUGAGUGAAAAUCCGUGACUGCUUGCUGGGCUGCUGGCCUCCUGAUGCGUCUGUCAGCAUCCGUACAUCACACUGGCCAUGUGUGGCUGUGCAUCAGUAGAAGAACAAGGGUUAAGCAGCUGUGAGUAAAUUUGUAUUAACCCUGAAGAAUUGAUCUUAUGUCGGCAGCACCAUUACUUCUACGACAUAUUGUUGCUUCAGGGCUGUGGCGCAGUGGGGGCAGAUGAAGGAGAGAGGUUGGCGAUGAAGGGUGAGGAGGACACUGCGAAAGUACAAUACGUGUUUAGUGUUCCUUUGCUCUGAAUCCCUUUACAGUUGCUCUUCAAGGUCUGUUUAUCCUUUUAUAUGAGUGUUAAAGCUACCCCAGGCAUUUGGUUAUGACACAGCUGAACUAAGGCCACAGGCUAACUGAGCGUUAGCCGAGCAGCACAUGCCACCAUCAAGGUCAUAGAGAAUGUCACCCAUAAUAGUCAAGUAGAGCACUUAUCAUUGUGAGAUAGAGGUCAUUGUUGGAUUUCCCUCUCUUGAACGGUAACACCUCAUGUGGUGGAUGACAGAGCAGUCCAGUAAUAGACGUGACCCAUUGUUCAAGCCAGUUAAUUUCAGUCUUGGCCAGUUUCCCUUUCUGGGUGAGUCAUCGCUCAGUGAAUGUGUCGAUGUGAUUGACACAGAUAUCUGGCCUUUGGAGAUGUUUCACCAAAUGGUUCUCUUGGGUAGAUUGGUCUCCAUGCUUUUUGGCUCAAACCCAGUCAUUUAUACUGGUGUCAGUGUCCAUCCACUCAUCGGCCCCCGUGUCCUUAAUGUCCAGUGCAUUGAUUGGAGUGUUUUACUAAUAUUCUUAAGUGUAAAUGCUGAUACUUAAAAGGAGAAAGGAGAAGAGGGACCCAAUAACCAUUACACUGACAGUAUCUGUCGAAGCACCAACCACGGGGUCUAUAUCAUUGACCCGUGUCUCCCAGCCAGAGAUACUUGUGCAGUUUCCAGGGAAAAUGUAUAAAAAUAUUUGGAGUGUAGCUCAAUAAAUAAUAAAUCAAAUUUCAUAAAAAAUUAACAUUGAAGAACCCUGAGUCACAUUCACAGGGCUGUGUCCUCUAACCCUGAUUUUUUUUCACAAUGACAGAGCCCAAAACCUCAGUUUCAGAGCACUUGCCACCUUUAUUUGCUUCCUCUGCUGAUGUUUAGUCUUUGUGCCGAGGAUACUUAUUGCAGGAAACACUGAGCAGAAUUUGGCUUUGAUAGCCCCUGAAGCAUGCACCUAUCAUUUUACAGUAAACAUUUAAUUAUUGGCAGUUGAGAGGAGUGUUUGUAAUAGUUGGCUAAAAAAAAGGGUUUAAGGUAAAUAAGUCAGUAAUAAAAACAAAAUUUUGAUUUAAUUAGACAAACUUAAAAGUGGAGCUGAUAAUGAGUAGACUUUGGCUUUAAUUAAAAAAUGUGGAUAAGAUAGCCAGGGGUUAGUUCAAUGAGAUAGAUAAGCAGCUUUGAAUUCCUCAAGUCUAAAAGCAGUUAAAAUGGUUGGUUCUGAUAGGCAGAUUAAAAGGUUUGUUAAGUCACAAAAUAAAGGUAAAGCUAACAGUAUUAAUAAUUAGUCUUAAAAGCAAGAAACAAAAAGCUAAUUUAGUUAUACUCAAUUAAAGGAUAAGCAGCAGAGUAUGCUGAAUUCAACAGGUAUUCCAAUAGUUUGCUAACUGCAAUGUAGUUUCAAUGCUUAAAGUAGGGUGACCAUACAUCCUCUUUUACCCGGACAUGUCCUCUUUGUGCGGGGCUUGUCCGGCCUGUCCAGCCUUGUCCGGCUUUGUCCGAGGGAGUUUAUCAAAUCCUUCAAAUGUCAGGGGUUUUGUAUGUAAACUUUGAGUUUGUGUCACAUGGACUUAAUGAGUUAGAAGCAUUUAAAAAGCACUCGAUCCGUCUACAUGUGACUCUGUGACUCCACCCCCAUGUAGUUGUGUCCUCUUUUUGGGGAUUCAGAAUAUGGUCACCCGGUCACCCUAGCUUAUAGUAGCCAAAAGAUUUCAAGGUUGAAAUAAUCCACUAAAAGUUUUUGGUUUAAAAAAAUAAAAAACAAAGAAUUUCAAAUUGAACAAGGCCUUACGCAACAACAGCUUAUAUGGAUACUCGCUGCAGAAUUAGCUUAAAGACCUGGGUAAAGCUGUUCAAAUAGUUAACUAAAGGGAAAUUAAAACACAUACAGAAAUGGUUGUGACAGACAAUGGUUAUGUCUGGCCAUAAAAAGAUAAACAACAGGAUUGAUAUGGAAAAACUGUCAGCUUAAAGGGAUGGAUGAACAGUUGGAAUAGAUGGACUUACGUAAAAAUAAGAUGUAAAACAAAAGUAAAUUAAUAAACACUUGACACCUAUAAAGUCAAUUCCAACAAAGCAGUACAAUCCAGAAGGACUUGCUGUUGUGCGUCAGUCAUAAAAGGUUUUAGAGCCCUGUAUAGACGUAUAAGAAGGAGAUUGUUUAACCAGACUGUAUGGUGCUGCAUGAAAAGCCUUUGACAGCAGACUGUAAAAGAGAUGGUAUUGGGAAGUAUAGGGUGAUAUUUUUUCACGGCUUGGCAGCACCAUCUUUUCUUAGUGGAGGUAUUCCCGGAGGUAUUGUAACGCCGUCGGAGGCUUAAGCUGUAAGCGUGGAUGUUGGUGACAGAAGGAGGGAAGGAGGCAGUGAUGAGGAGGCAGGGAAUUAAAAAGUAGGGGAUAGGGGAUGAAGGAGAAAGGGGAUUUGGAGAGCAAAUGUGGCAAAACUGAGGAGAUGAAAGGAGAGGAGUGCGACACAAAGAGCACAAGAGCAGUGACCCAGAAACUGUGACACACACCGAGCACCUCAAGACACUGUGUCACUCAAAUAGAAACAAUUAGUCCAGAUCUUCUUAAUGAGGCUUAAUUAAAUCUUAACUCUUGAGAAAGACGGCGGCCAUGUUCAAAGGAAAAGGUGAGUCUUGAGGGAAAGCAGAAGGCGGGUUAAAUAACCAGAUAGAUCACUGUGUGUGUGGGUGUGGGCAGGUGGGUGGAGUGGUAUGCAAGAGUGUACGCAUACAAGUCUGUUUAUACUGUUUCUAUGUGUAGAAGCUGCUGCACAGGCUGCUAAAUAUCACAUUCAUCAACAACAAUUAACUAAUCAUCAACAGUUCCUUUAAUUAUUUGUUGUCUUUACGACGUGAACACAGCCUGCAGCUGUUUUCAGCACCACUUCAUUAAAUUCAUUACGUUAUUAUUAAUUUGGCCUUUGAGGUUAAGGUAUCUUCCUAAUAUCCUUCCCUGGACAAAGUGCUUACUGCUGGGAUGUUAUUUGGUGUUACAGAUUUAUGACCACUCUCUCUGUUCCUGCUUCCUCUGGUCUCUUAUUAUCCCACUGCCUCUCUGCUCUUCUGUCCUCACCUUCACCUGAAAUGACCUCUCCUCUCUUCUCUCCCCCCUACUUUGACACACCCUCUGCACAUCCGAUUUCUCUAUACCUUUUCUGUUCUCUCCUUCGGACUCUUUCUCUGUCUUAAAUUGUAUUUUUAUUCUCACGGCGAGCCAGUGAAGGGAAGAUGGUGGUCCUGGCUUUGGCCAUAGGUGUGGCCGAGCAAGAUGACUUUGCCAAUAUCCCUGACCUGCAGGAAACAGCGCAGGCAGCGCCGCUACCAGCACCAGCAGCCAAUCAGGAGCCCCCUCCUGAGAAGAGGUACCAGAUAAUGUAUGAGAGUGCUUGUUGUAUGUGAGAGAAUGGAGUGCAAAUGAAAGGAUGAGAGAGACACAAAAUUGGAGGAGAACAAGAGACGGUUUGAGAAUCUGUGUAGAGGAGGAGAGAAGUUUUAUUUCUAGUGCUGUCAGUUGAGUCACUGCACUUGAGUGGACUGUGCCACAGACCUUCCACUGAAUAGCGGCAGAGCUUGACUCUCUGUUAUCGAAGUAAGAAUAAGAGCUGAGAAUGAAAGCAUAUGAAAAAGUUGUCUAUGAUGCUGAGUUGAGUAAAGAGCAUUAACGAGCUCUAAAAUUUCCUGAAAUCACAUUAAGCGCCGUCUUCUCAUGCCAAUGGUUUCUUUGCCUGACCAUAAUGAACAUUUCCCACAUCUUGACAUCAUUCUCCUCCACCAUUUGUUUGUCUUUCUGCCUUACAGACUCACCGUUGGUAAUUGUCGUAUUUCCUUUGUGUUUUUCAUGCUUUUAUUAUCCCAGCCUAUUCUACGCCUGUGUUCUUUUUUUCCCUCCUGCUCAUUAGCUCCCUUCAAUCACCCUCUGCUGCUCUGAGAGUCCCGUCUCUGUAGCUCCAGCGAGGGCCCAGAGAGCCUCCUCAUUAUUCCACAACAUGGUAGUCACUUACAUAAACAUGCUGCUAAAAAUAAACCUUUUCCUUGCCAGCUACCUUACACACUCGAAGCCAAAAUAUUUCCACUCGUCUAUAAGGAUGCAGCUCUCUCUCUCUCUCUCUUUCUCUUUCUUGCAUCUCCCAAUCUCCCAAAAUAAUUAGUUCGGCAUUCUGUUGAGGAAACGGACCCUUUUUUUGGGAAACAGUUUAAAACUAACAAACAAGAACAGCGACUGUGUCCUGUGUCACAAAAAGCUCUUGCUAUACUGUGCUUGUGUUGCACAUUUGCAGCCAUGGAUGGUGGUUGUGAUGAUCGUUUAAGCCAGUUUGUAACACCACCCAGCCACGGUGAAAUCCUACAUUGAUUCAGUCUAGCCGUGGGCAGAUGCUCCACACUUGAUUUCCUCAGCAGUCCAAUUAGUUUGAUUUAACCUCACUUUGAUUCCGUGACAAAUUGGAGACAAUUUAGAGAUACAUAAUAAAAGGCACACCUAGAAACAGCAUGGCAGGAGAGGGUGAACAGAUUCUGAUUUACUCGUCAUAGCAAUUAGGCCUUAUUCACAUGUGCUCAAUCAAUUUGACACCUGAUUCCAAACUAGGGCUCUGUUUUGUUACAGAUGGUAACUGUUUUCUUAUCUAAACUGCACAACUGUGUUAUGAAGAUGAAUGUGUGUCAUGGAGGCAUUUUGGGAAGCUGUAAGGCUCAAGCACGACAACAAUUUUGUCUUUGUACUUUUAUGGGCAAUGCUUUUUGAGCAAUGCUUUACUAAAGAUUGGUUAAAAACCUUUGUAUCUUGGUCGGUCUGCUUUAUGGUGGUCGUUUGCCCCCAAGCAUCCUCUGGCAUUUUCCCAGAGCCAACACGGCUCUGCGUGAGGUUACAAACAGGCAUGAAAGUAUUCUUUGAGGAAGAAUGUCGCUUUUGUGAACAUCAAAACUAUCCCCAUUGUUCGGGAUUAGUGUGAAACCUGCAGAGCCACAGUGGAGUGCAAUUUUCUGUGUAAUUUGCCGUUGCACAUUACAUCUGGCUUUUCCCAGCCUUUGUGUUCACCUGGAAACCUCCUUAAAUGGGUUGUGAAAUCCACUAAUAGACUAAACAGCAAGCAGAAUCCACAGGCUGCUCAGUCCAGCUUGUGGCCAGCAGGACUCACCUCGAUUAGCCGUGAGUGAGUACAUUGUGGUAUUUCUAAAUUUAACCUGUGGUUCAUUUCAUUUCUUUCAGUCACAUCAGGAUGACUGGCAGUUUACACUCUGUGAACAAUAGAGAGCUGGAUGUUAAGGGAAUGAUUUUGAAUAUAAUAAAAAGCUUUAAUACCAUAGGCCUUUGGUGAGCUCCUAUGUAUUUCUCCCCAAGGCUUUAAACUGAAUCCACUUGAGCCACUUGUUGUUUUAUUUGUUUCAUGAAAGAUGUCAAAUUCAAAAGUAUAAUGAAUGAUUUGCCCACACAUUAAUUUAAAGCUUAAUUUAUAGGCUAGGAUUAAGUCCGUAGGAUAUUUGAAAUGCAAGUUGGAAGCUUUCUGGGAGUAUAUCACUCCCUGUGGUGUUAGUGCUGACUUCACAGAUGUCUGUCGGUGAUUUAAUCAAUCACUCGUGGCAUAUUGCUCAUUCAAAACGGGGCUCUCAAGACGGAGACAAAGCUGUGACUCCAUUUGUCUCUGUACAGCCAUAUCAUCACGGUCUGUGCAUUAACAUCAAACAUGUCUUUUAUGUGGCUGUCAUUCAUUUCCAUACCUGCAUCACUCAUGUCCUAGCUUUUGAAUAUAUUAGACCGGACAAGAUGACUCUCUCAAAUCACUUCAGACAAACAUAAAGCCGGCAAAGCUAAUGUGAAUAUUUGGUGCGGCUCACAACAUAAUCAACAUAAAAGCCAAAUCUAUCUCCUCAUGAAGAAUAUCAAAGAGCUGCUCUGUGUGGCAGAUCCACUGAUGAUAUUAUGGGAGUAAUCUACAUUUGAAGCCUUUUUAAUCCACUGAAUUACCUGAUAGCUAUAGCUCAGAGUUGGUGCUUCGAUCAAAGUCUAAACAAACAAACAAACAAACAAUGAUCAGUUUAUAGAAAUUUUGGCAUGUCACUUUGGCAUGUUAGUUUUUACAAAAGGUCUUGUUGGGUUGCCAAGACACGUCUUAAGUGUCUGUGAGUUAUUAGCAGUUCAACCAAAGAGACAUUUCUUUGUAAUUUUCUCAAAUGGCUCCAUUUAAGUACCCUUCCUAGACUCAGGAAGAUUAAACCAGACCUUUUUCAUGAUUAAAGAAGAGGCAAAAUAUAUCGAAAUUUGUUCAGUAGAAGUUUCUCGGUAACGUUAAUAAUUUCACAACCCCACAUUUCGUUUUUUGACCCCAGAUUUGGGGCCACUGCCCAAAGCUACCAAAAUAAAUUAGAGUAUCAGAAUGUGACAAUGUCAAUAAACAGUAAACCAUAGUUUGAUUAUUAUCAGACUAAUAUUCAAGCUGAUUUCUCUAUAUGACAGACAAAAAUGAAUGAGACCAUCAGCUACAAGACUGAUCAUGUCUUUCGAGUUUAUUGUUGUAUAAGCUCUUGAUGCUGCUAUUGAGUGUGAUAAACAGCACAGUGCAGAGGCAGCCAUUUUAAUUACAAUUUCUAUAGGUAGAUGUUAUUUUACUGUUAAAACAGCAGGAUUACGUUUUUCAUCAUUUUGUAUAUAUGUGAUAAACCAAAAGUUCCUCACGAGCCUUUCGUAUAAAUUGAACACCUAAACAAACAGCCUAGUCAUUUCAUAGAAGCAAUAAAUCUAAAAAUUAAGCUAUUAAAUUCCUAAAUCAUUCUCUACCACUUUAUUAAUUUCAUACUCAAAAUCACAUUUUUUAAACAUUAACAACAAGGAGCAACUUAACAGAGCUUUGAUUUGGUAAUCAAACAAAUGCAAUAAAACCGACUUUAUGUUUUUAUUUUCCACCACAGCAGCAGCAGAAAGCAGGAAGAUGCUGCUGCAGCUUAACUAAGGUGUGCUAUAAGGGACAAAAUAGCAUGCAUUUUUAAAAUCACAUACUUAUAUGCUCAUAGUAAAUGUUGCUCUUUAUGAUAUUCUAAAGUCUUAUGUUAUAAACCCCUUUGAUACUUUCCUUGGCCUGUAUAGCAUUUAAACAGCCAUAUCUCACAAAUGUAUGUCAUAAAUGUGAUAAGCAUACGUUAAGGAAAAGGAGACGUUAUGGUCUCCUGUCAAGGAAAAGGACAAACAAUUCAGGAUUAGAGUCCUAUCAUUUAAAUUUCCAUAAUUAACUCUAGUUGUCUAAUAAGUAACCAGACGGAGAUAUUUUGUUUGGGCUCUGUCUGAUUUUUUCCAGUCAGUUUCCUACUCUUUUUUUUUUUUGUCCAUUUGUACUUAUUUUUUUCAAGGAAGAAAAAUACCAUUUCAUUUUAAAGCAAAAAAAAAAUCCCCUUAUUCCUAUAAGCAAAAAGGCUCAUCACUCACUUUGAAAUGUCGCCAGAGAAAUAUAAACAAAUGUGUUUUAAAUGUGUUCAAAAAAUUGCUUUCUGUCAAAAUCUGACAGCAAUGACAGCCGUCAAAAAAUAAGUAGAAAUAGUCUGCUUGGUCUCAUAUGCUUUGAAGGUUAUAUAGUAGUAUCAGAAUCAAAAUGAGCCUUUAAUGCAGUUUAAAACUUCUUGUGUUAAGUUUGGGAACAUCUUCCUCAAAUAGCAAAAGUCCUUUGAUUUCAGCAGUAGUAUGAACGCCUGAAUAGGCCUGUUUAAACUUUUAUUAUCCUGUAUUUCUCCCUAAAAGCCCCAAAGAGGGUGCCUUUUUAACACAUUAACAAAAAUAGUUGUGGCCUUGCAUUAGGAUUCAACAGAGAACCUUGAAAAAAAAAACAUGUAUGUAAAGUACUUAACAAAUACCUACAAAGAAGCUUUUUUUCAUUUAGCCUUCAGCAGUAUGUUUACGCCUCAUUGUUGCUUGGCCAUGGUUGAAGGCAAGCCAAACAGGCACGCUGUUUUCCCCACCGGCCAUGAGAAGGUGUUAUAGUGCUUGAUAUUCGUUACGCUCUGUCGCUGACCUUGUGUGCGCAAUGGAUGAAAGUGUUCCAAGCGGCCAUUUGUUUAUGAAGUGAGGCAGGACCUGAGUGACGGCAUUAUAGUCAGUGAUCGUGAUUGAGACUUUUAAGACCAAGGCUGCACGUUUAAGGAGAAAAAGAGAAAGAGAGAUAUUGAAGGUUGAGGGAUUGAGUAGUGAGAGAGCUCUGUUUGGGUUACAGAGUUGUGUGUUGUUUUAUUCUGAGGCCACACAUGCUGCUUUCAUGAGCUGCGGAUCUUAAGAAGCUUAAUUGGGAUGUUAUAGUGGCUCCAUAACGCCUCGUUGGUCUCCGCUCAUACAAUUCUGUUGCGAGUCACUGAACCUAUACUGUAGGUUCUCCUCCAGUGUUGCUAUAAAGAGAAGCCACAAUCCCCAAGAGCAUCGAAUCUAGAGCUCUCUCUGAACAACACGCGAACUACCCAAUGAGGAGGCACACUCAGGACAGAGGAGGCGGGACUUGCCCAUGUGCUACAUUAACAUUCAAUCCACUUGCCUGUGGUCUUUCAAUUAUUCAUCCAUGCAUGUUACAUCAUUUUGUGUGAGCCAGGAGAGUUAUUCCUAGUUUUAGAAUACAUGUUGCAAAUAUUGAUAAAUAAAGAUGUUUUCCCUCUGCCUCGGAGACGUGAAGUGCUCCGUGGUUCUUUUAGUGUCUCUUAAUUGCCAAGCAGGCAAUAAAUUAUAUUGCUCCAUAAUUUAUGAGCUUAUUACGGUGCUUAAGUUGACAUAAAAAACAACCUCAGCAUAUGGCUGGCAUGACCUUUUACCUCAAUGAAUAUAAAUAUUUGUUUAUCUAACGUCAUGACUGCGUGUUUUAUGCUCUAACUACAUUAGAGGGAGUAGGAGGAGUUCAAUCUUAAUGUGGUGGAGGAUGUGCUGAGGCCAUUUACAGUACACAGUCUGUCUGUCAUAAUGUGAUGUUAGGUCAAUCUGAGGACAUGCAAAUGUGUCAGGGUGUGAAUUUCAGGUCUUGUUUUCUUAAAAUUAAUUUUAAAAAUGUUGCUUUAAUUCUCCCAGAUGAUAGAAAUCUGUGCCUGUGUUUGCACACAAACAUAUAAAUCGAUUAUGCUCUGCUAUGCUAGUCUGACACAGUACUCCUCCUGCGACAGCCAAGACUAAACAGCCUUCAGGGGGACUCUGGAUCAGGCUUUCCCCAAGGCUUCAGCUCCCUGUGGCCACCAUUCUCCUUAGAAAAUCACAGUGGGAUGUUCAGAUGCAUUCAGUCAAGAGAGAGAAGUAGAUAGCAGUAAGGUAGGCAAAAAAGGAGCCACCUAGAGAGUAGAAGGAGGGGAGUGCAUUCAUAUACCCGUCCAUCCAUCUAUCCACAUGUCAUGAGAGAAAAUUCAGGCUACGAAUCCAUCUUUCUUCCCUGAGAGUGGUAGGAGAGAGUACUUAGGGUACUCUGCACAGCCAUGCGUUAUGCAGGGCUGCAGGCAGGCAGCACUCCAGCCAGCACGUACAUGCUGGUACAUAUGCUCGUCUCUUACAUACCGAUAGAUGGAUUGAAGGGUGUGGAGCAGACAAGCUAUUUGGAGCAUUAACCUGGGACUCCUGUAUCCUGCCUCAGAACAGGUGGCCCAUCUGCAGCAGCCUCUAUCUCAGAGGAAAUCUUUGUGUCCAAUACAAACAUUUUGUCGCCUCAUGUUUGGAGCACUAAUGGACUUUAUAAAUGUUUUGAUUAUUUAAUGUUGCUGAAAUUGAGCUUGGAGACAAGAAUACUUAAUCCAUAGAGCACUGUGGGGCCAUAAAGGGAGGUAAUAGAUAGGGCGUGCUCAUCUUCAGGUUCAAAAGUAAUCAUGUUUGCUAUGCUUAACUGUAUUGUAGUCAGAAGUGCAUCGUCCGGUCAUCCAAGGGAAUAAUGGUGUGUUUUAAAACACCAGAAGUACAGUUUCCAGACAAAAUGAGAUAGACAUAAAACAGUACUUCUAAAGAUCAACAUUUGGCACCAGCUGAAUUGUCUUGUGGUUUUCUCCUUUCCAUUUGGAGUUCAGUGAAAAAAAAGGCAGAAACACAGAAGGCAGCAUUUAGCACCUCCCUUGUUGCCUCUUCCUGAAAUGGGAUUUCAGUAAAUGAUGCUAUUUUAGACUCAUUUCCAGAUCCAACUCGCAGGAAGCAAUUAGUUAACAGUGAAAGCAUCCAUAUUUAUACAUGGCAGCAGAGUGUUUGGUGGUAGCUUUAGAAGUGAAGCAGCAGGGACGGACUGGAGUGUGAAUGUUCAUGUGUUUCAUGUGGAUGGUGAGUUAUGUAAGCGGUGCCAUGCUUCGCUGCUGUGGAUUUGACUGUGUGUGUGAUGCUGGGAAGUAUGCCGUGGCCCCUGACAAAUGAUAGAUAUAGUGGGCGGCUAUGAAAUUGAGCAUAGACAUUGAAAUACAUCACUUCAUGGUCUCAGACGGGCGUGUUUGUUUGAGUGUGACAUGUUUGCAGAGGGGUGGGGAUGAAAAUGAAAAUGAAAAAAAAAAAAAAAGAUUCGGGGGGGGGAGGGGGUCUGGGUUGGGCUUUCUUUCUCGCGUCUCUCUCCAGCCUAGGAGUGGAGUGUCUUUCCCCCCUACCCCUCUCUCCGAGCUGCUGGCCCUCAGUCAGGUAACAAAAAACAGGAUAGUAUCACAGGACGGUGAAACCCAAAGUGGCCCCGCCUGCCUCCAUAUGUGUGUUCAUGUGAAUGUGUGUGUCUGCGAGGCUCUCACCUGUACCUGUCAUAUAUCCUAAACCUGCUCUUUUUUUUUGUUUUUGUUCUCAGUAUGUUUGCCUGUUUCCUGCACCCUUUUAACACACCCUUCCCUUUGCGCCCACUACCAACAACCCCCCCUGUCAAACACACCCCAAACCACUGAUAUGUAUGGUCUGUGUUUCUAGAGCCGUUGCCAUGCCAACAGCCCACUUUCUGUGCCUUAGCUGUGGGAGAAUGUGAUCUGAACUCGAGUCCACUCUGCCUCCCACUGGACACUGUAGAAAACUGCAGGCUAUUAAAGCACAAGAGCAUCAGUUGUAACAUAACCCUCUGCAACAUUUAAUAAUGUUUAUUUAGAAGACAAAUCAACUAAAACAGAUCUUUGUUUUCGAUUCAUAAGUGCUGUAUUACGUAGAGGAAGUAUCUUAUAUCCUGCAGCCUCAGCCGCUUGGUUUAAACGGCCCAGAAGCAGCGCUGGAGCAGAGGAGCGUCUCAGGUGCUGUGGAGCAAGGCUGGUAGAAAAAGGCCUUUUUUCACUGGCUGCACUAACUCUAACCUGAGAAUGCACUGAAGCCCUGGAUGAAGCAUGAAGAGAAUGAAUAACCGAAGCCUCACACAACCCCACCAAUAGUCGGGAGGUGGAGGAGGAGGGAGGUGCCUAGCUUAAGUCAAACCCAAUGUCUCUCUCCUUGCUUUAGAGCUUCUUUGAGCAGAUCCUUACAUCUUGGUUUAGCAUUUUCCUCGCCCUUUUUCUCCCCCUCGCUCCUCAGACUCGUUGCCUGCAGUUUAAAAGAAAUAAAUAAAUUAUCGUGCCCCUGAAAUGCAAUUACCUCCCUUGGCAACUAAUACAACUAACACCAAUUGAUGAAUAUUCCCUUCCCCUAUCGUGAAAGUGGUUAGCAUCCCUCCUUCCCCCCGUCUCGCUCUGGUUCCUUUGCUGGUUGAAGUGAUUGUCUGUUUGCUUGUCUUGUUUGCUUGCUUUUUCUGUCUGUCUAUUUGUCAGAAUACUUCCCUCCCCUGGUUCUGUCCUUGUCUUCUGCAGAAAUGUACACAUUAUUGCAUUCAACAUCAAUUCUCAUCCGGAUUUGCAAUUCACAAAGCGGCCUAUAUUAAAAAAAUCGACCAAUGAAACACACAUUCUCUAAGUGAGACGCUCAACAGAGAAUGCUGGCCAGACAGACAGACUUUCUAUGGGCUCCUUGUUUCCUGCCUGUCCAAGGGCAUUGCCUUCACUCCCUGAGUGACACCUACUUGCAUAUGUUCUAUAUGCAGAUGUAGCCAAUGCCAGUUUGUGCUUUGGCCCCUGUGACCCUGUUCCACACUUUUAGAGUGUUGCUUAAAGGUGGAAAAUCAGCUUAGAUUGAAAGUUAUGCCUCUAUAAUUUGUGCUCCACUUCUACCAUUGACCUCUUUUGUAACACUCUAAAUGUGCUCUUCCUUUUUUGUUUUCACUAUUUGUCCCUUUUGUGUUUUUUGAAGAAAUUAUGUUUUUUGUAUAAUAUACGUACCUUCGCCUUCUCUCUCUUCACUCUAAAUCUCAUCUUUGGUUUAUUUUGAGCUCUCCUUGUGAAGACAUGGUUCUUGCUCUCCUCUUUCCUGGUGAUCAAUUGUAUUUAUUGUCUUUUUCUUUUCUCCUCUGUGCUCUUUUUCUCCCUUCAGCAUGUUUGCCCCUUUGUCUCCUGUUAGAGAUAAUGUGUGCGCAUAGCUCUUAUAUUUUUUUUGUCUCUCUUAUUCUUUGAUACUUAUCAGACUGACCAAACUAAGCCUUUCUUGUGUUUCCAGGCUUUCCUUCCUUCAUCCCCUAUCUUUUUCUUGCAGCUCUGUUUUUUCUCUCUAAUGUGCUGGUGUUUGUAACAAUCUCACUCUCUGUUUGGUUUUGGUUUUUUUGUAACCUCACUGUUCAUGCUAUUAAUACUUGCUAUCUCUUCUUAUACAGAUAAAUAAUUUUCAGCUUGCUUUUCUAUUUCUUACGUUCCCUGUUGAACCUUUUAUCUUAUCUACGGUCUUUAUGAUUUCUGUCCUGUGACUGUAUGUGUUUCUGCUACCUGAGUACCCUCUCUGUGUCCGCUCAUUUCAUUUCUCUUCUUCUUCUUCUUCUUCUUCUUCUUCUUCUUCUUCUUCUUCUUCUUCGUCUUCUUCUUUUUCUUCUUCUUCUUCUUCUUCUUUUCUACCUACUGUUUGUUGAUUGUCUUCAGGUGUUUCUGUGUUCAGACGCUCCAUGUGCCUUGACCAGUCAUCUAUGGAGUAUUUUGUGCCCAAUGUCUCUCAUUACAUUGGCCAGAACUUUUUGCAUUCUCCUCUUUCUUGUUCAUUAUUUUCUUUCUUUUUAUUUCUUUUAAUUGACUUUUUUAAAUUUUUAUUUCUGUCUUCUUUACUGUUUAUUUUCUUACACUUUCUUACUCUUCUUGUUUUCAUGGUGUAUGAACAUAGAGGUUUUUUCUCCCAGAAUGUUUGACCCACUUUAACUUUUAUGUUUUCAACAAUCCUCAUAACAAAAUUAACAUCUAUUAACAUUUGUACCUAAGAACCAGCUCCGCCAUGGGAGAUCUCUGCUCUCUCUUUUUUUGCUUUAACUUUUGAACUUUUUUGUUGUCCAUACAGAUCCUUAUUUUCUGAGAAAUUUAAACACACAAGCACAACAUCUGUCCUGUUACAUGUCUGGUCUCCAACACGUUGCUAUACAUGUCUGUCCAAUGUGAAUAUAUUGACUUCAUGUUGCUAUACAUGUCAUUAUACAUGUGUGUCUUGUUACUGUCUUUAGAGGGAAUAAGGCUUGAUCAUGAACUUUAAUGAUAACUGAUGAUAACUGAUUGGUUAUAAUGAAUUUUGAAUUAGCUGGUUUUAUUUUGUCUACUAUUUUCAUUCGGUGGAGGUAACUUUCUUGUUGGAGAUUUGGAUGUUUGCCACACUGGACAUAUGUACAGUCAUCUCAGACUCCAAGUUUCAUCAAACACACCUCACCACAUCAAAUGUCCUCAGUUCUAGCGCCCAGCAUUAAUCUUUGUAGUCACUGGCAGACUUUAUUUGGCUUUGCUCACUAUAGCUAGAGAAAGCACAAUCCUCUAUGAAGGCACAUCUAUCCAAGGUAAACUUGGACGCAAUCAGGGCUCUCAGAUAGACGGUUUUCAAGCACCAAACAGGUGGAGGUUGGACUCCCCAUGUGCUCAGACACUCUCUCUUUCCGGAGAUGACUUAGCUUCUCAGCACAUAUCCAUGCUUCCUUUCCCUCGGGUCAAACUGUGCUUUUGUUACAGGGGCAACAAGCCAGCUAACAGCCCCAAGGGCCAGCCUCCUGAUGCCGACGGCCACUCCUCCGUGACCGACCUGGCCAACUCUCUCACCGGAGACAUGGUGAUGGUAAGAGCCUCUCAAUCACAUUUUCUAUCCCUUGUCCGCCUUUAGGAGUGUUAUAUUCUUUGUCAUUAUGAUCAGUUUAGAUGCAGGCUGUACACAAAACAGCCUGCAUCUAAAUUCUCCCCCACCCCAAAAGUCUAUAGAAGCCAAAAGCAAACGAUGUCUGCCAAAGAUGUGUCUUUAAAAAAGUUAUGUACAAAGGCAGUUCGGUUUUGUGAUGUAAAUCUUGGCAAAUAUUAUUCAAACAGCAGAUUUGUUUGGGACUAUUUCUGUCUGCAGAUGAGUAAGCUUGCCCCGGAGACCUCCACAGUACAGUUCUUCAGAAACUGUACAACACGUUUUUAUUACAAACAAGAAUGAGAGUUAAAGGUACAGCGUGUAGAAAUGGGAAUAUUUAGCAGAUUUAGAUUUAAGUGCUCCCCUUGCUCACUCCUCCUGCUGAUAAAACUCCAAAAGCUUUUGAGGACAAGACGCUGCUGAAAUGCAUGAAAAAUAUGAUUCUCCAUUUGCCAAGGUUUUACCAUCAAAAAUGCCAAACGGUACAGAGUUUUUUAGGGCACAACAACAACAACCUCUUCUCUUCCUCUUAAUCCUCCAAUCGAUGUAAUUUCAGUCACCACCCACUAGAUACAAAAACAUGUAUUGCCAUUAGGGAUGUCCUGAUAAGAUAUUGAUAUCAGAUAUCGGUCCGAUAUCAGCAAAAAAACAAAUAUCAGAUUAUAUCAGCCUGCAUCUAAAAUCUCAGUUAUCAGCACACCGAUACAAGCAGUCCAUUCUAGACUGAAAAAAAAAAAAAAACUUGUCAUGCACAAUUUUGCACCAAUAUCGGAUCAAUUUCUGUAUCGGUCAGUAUCAGACAUAAAUCAUAUCCCAUAUGAAGCCUGCCUUGCAAAGUUUCACUCUAUACUACACUCUGCACCUUUCACACAAAUAUCAGCUUGCUGUUACAUUUUUUAAAAUAAAAAAAUAACAUUUCUUUUUAGGUGCAGUUUGGCAUCAGCUUCAUGAAGCACCCCUUGAAGUUUGAAGUUUAUUUUGAUCUGGUCAUAUCCAUUCAAUAUAUACAAUAGAUUACAAAGAAAAGAAAACCUGACCGAAAAGGCAAAGGCUGAAGCAAGUGCUUAUUAUCGCCUAUCCUUCUUGAUAAAUCAAAAUAUUCAAAACAUCUUAUUCCACACGUUAGAUAGAAAACAAAACAAAACACAAAAACAAAACCACCCCUCUCCCCUUGCACCAGUUGGUUUGAUCCAUUUAGAGCCACUGUCAUCAAAAAUAUGCACCUGCAUUUUGGAAUCAGAGUUAUACUCCAUUCGUCCGGUCAAGUCAGCAAGCUUUUAAAAAAAUGCAUUAAAAUUGUCAGCUGUAUUAAAAUGUUGUUUUUUUGCAUGUCAAACUCAAAAGUGGACUCUGGUUCCACAGAAUUCUGACAGGAUCACAACUGUUUCAGAGCAACCAGUGUUUCACUCUCAAGAGUGACCCUGCUAUCCAGCAAUUUCAACUGAAGAGUCCUCAUGAAUGCAUCCUUGUUUUGAUUUUUUAUUAUAAUGUCAUAAUUUACUCAUUCGGCUCAAGCGCCACAGAAAAAAUAAAACACUAGUUGCGUCUGUGGCUGCGAGCUAAUGUGCUGAUUGUGUCUAACCUCAGUUCAAUCAGGUUUUGACUGCAGAUAAAUGAUAUUAACUGAUGAAAUCCUAAUCUUAUUAUCACUGUAUGUAAUUAAUCAAAAUUUGGUUUCAUGCCCUGAAUGGGAAGGAUGUGUUUGUUACAGGGGCGAGACAUUUAGGACUGGAUAUGUUUCUGUAUCGACUGAGCAAAGAGGUUUACUUUUUGAGGUUUAUCACUAGCAGAGUCAUCCUCCAUGCCAGAGCCAAGCUGUCUUGAUGCUGCACAUGGUAAUAAAAUGAGCCAUUAUAGAAAGACAAAAAAACCACAGGCAGUUCCCACAGUGACAAUCAAGCGAGACGAGCCGUCCAAGGUGACUCACACUGUUUGAUAAACGAGACUCUGAAUAUUUCACAACUGUUCUGCGUGUCACUCCAAAAAAACUCAUAUUGACAAAAACUGAGUGAGCGAGUGUUUGUCACUUUGAAACUGAAGCUCUUGCCUCAAGCGCUGAAAGAACUGUGUCAGGUGAUGCACUAACAGAGUGUUUGAGAGGAGGUUGUUACACAAACUGGUGUUAUGAUGCCUCAGUCCAAUCCAAGCUGUUAUUCUUGAGAGACAAAUCGAAGGACAGAGACAGAAAGAAGAGCUUCGAGAGAAUAGAAGCGAGCAUAAUGGCAGCUGCAAGCAGAGCGCCAACAUUGAGCAGAGCUACCAUUCCCUCCAUGCUCCUUGUGGAAGUCUCCCUCCUUCCUACUCUAUUUGCCUCUUGCUCUCUUUCACUGCUUUCUAUCAGAUAGUAGCCUUUUAAUGCACAGCAGUGAUAAAGCAGUCGAAGAGGCAGCGAGAGAGAAUGGGUGGUCUAAAGCUCCUCUAUCUUCAAUCUGAGCACCUCCUGCCUCUUAAGAACAUUAAAACGGAAAUAAAACUCUCAGUGUUCUUAAUGUCAGACCAAUCUCUGCCUUGAAGCAGCUGCUUGAGUACACUGUGAUAGAACUGCAGCUCUAAGAUCUCCUCCUCCUCUCACAGCUCCUCUCUCUCUCUCUCUCUGUCACGGACUGUGUGCACGUGCUGGAGAAAGUGUAUGCCCUUGGACUGAACUUGUCUUGUGAAAAGCUGGUGUUGCAUGCCUUUGUGUUUAUUUGACCGCUUUUCUGGUCCUGCAGCUGUCUCCAGGUUCAGAGGACGACGACGGUGAAGGGCCCAUCAGCGAGAAGCUCGGCCGGAUCCAGUUCAGCAUAGGCUACAGCUUCCAAAAUACAACCCUCACCGUCAAGGUUCUACGCGGCCAGGAGCUCCCAGCCAAGGACUUCUCCGGCACUUCAGACCCCUUCGUCAAAAUCUACCUGCUGCCCGACAAAAAGCACAAACUGGAGACCAAGGUCAAGAGGAAGAACCUCAACCCCCACUGGAACGAAACCUUCCUGUUUGAGGGUCUGUUAUGUUUUCACCUCGCCUCCUUAUAAGAAAACUCUUUCACUGUUUAUGUUGUUACAAUUUUAAUUCUUUAAUAUGAUGGUGCACUGAGAGAGAGUGCAAGAGUAUGUGCACUCUGCCCUCUCCUGCUUGUGCAAGAACUCUUUGACGUCAAGGAGUGAGAUUCACAACACUUCCCAGGAACAGAAAACAAGAUCGAUUAUAUACAGUCUAUAAUCUGGACAGGAACGUGAGGCAUCUAGUGAUUAUGAUAUCUAUGUACAGUAGGCCCUACCCACAGUAUGUCCACUGUCUGCUCAUAUAUAGACAGACACAAUGCAACUAAAUGCUUGAACACUGAUUAGUUCAUUAGUCUGGAGUUGUUUGCUUAACCCUCACAUACUGUUCGGGUCAAAUUUGACCCGUUUUGACUUUUAACAGCAGUAAAAAUACCCUAAACGUCAUUCUUUAAGCCUGAAACUUGAUGACUUUUCCUGAAGUUGCCCAAAAUACAUGAAAUUAAUUUAAAAAUAUUCAUGUGUAUUUUUGUUUAUGUGCUACAAAUUUUUCCCCUCUAAGGCUGUUACGGGUCAAAUUUGAAAUUUCGAUGGAUUUUAGAUCCAGCAGUGUGGGACAAGUGACAAACAGUAACAACAGUGUUCAAUAUAAGGUUUGUUGUUCAAAAAAAUAUAUUCAAAUCAUUAUGAAACUCCCUCCCUAUAUAUGAGCUCCCUGCGUUUUCACACGUGUAUGUGGAUAGCAGAAGCUUGUAGUAGGAAGAGCACACAGUCCUCUUUCUUUCAUGUGCAUAAAUUAGAGGCCAAGCCACAAACUUCGGCACAAACUUUCCAGACACAGUUUUUAGUAUCAAUUUAGCUGACAUUGACUACUACAAGACGCUGAUUGAGAAAAAAGGUUGUAAGACUCUCUUUUAUGAUGAUGAUUCCAUUACAAGACCCAAGCACAGCUGUAAAUUCUCUUUUGAAGGAGCAGUAAUAGUGCAAUCAGAGAAAUCAACUCUCCUUUUUGUUACUGAGAGUCAGAUGAGAAGAUCAAUCCCACUUUAAUAUUAAAAUGUUUAAAAUGGAGCUACAGCCAGGAGCUGUUUUGCAUACCAACAGAGAAAACGGCUAGGCUUGCUUUAUUUAAGAAGGAAAACAGUGUGCCCACCAGCACAGUUAAAGUGACUAAUUAAAGCAUUAUUUACUUCGUUUGUUUAAUCCAUACAAACAAAGUUUGAAAAUGUGAGGCCAGGGAUUCAUGUUGAUUCAAAGAGCCAUAGAUUUUUAACAGAGUACAUAUUGACAGUGAGAAAAUGAGCACAGAGGAAGGACUCGCAGCCAGGAGGAGUUUCUUUGUGUCACGCUGCUCAAAAAAAGACACAAAAGUGAAAUCCAUUGUAAUAACUGCUGAAAUGAUGCACUUAACUGCUGAAAUACAUGCAAGGUUAUACCCUGCUCCCAUGAAACAGUCAUUGCAACGACACAGAGGGUCUCUCUUUGCAUAAGUGCGUUGUAGACAUGGUGUGAAAAUUGACAAACAAGGUGUAAAAUCAGAAAAACACAUUUUGCUUUAACAAAUCUUCCUCUCAAAAACAGCUUUUUCCAAAAAAGAAACUCUAUUCUGGAGCUUUGCAGACUGCAAAUGUGCAGCAGCAGCCGCCACACAGAGCAGUGAAUGUCUCACCACUGUGUGAUCUCACUUUGUUUUAUUAGAACCAUUGUGCUUGUUUGACAGCACGGUUGUAAAAUGGCUUAAAAACAUUCCUGAAGCUCUGAAAAAAACGACAAGGACAGCUGGUGGUCUUGAAAAAUGAACGAAGAAGGUGGUUAUGACUCGAGUCAUUAAAGAGAGGGCUCGCUGGAGGUUCAAUUUCUAAACGCACAUUGACCUUUGCCAGACUCAUGGCUGCCCUCUCUCUACUGACAAGAACAUGUUUCUCACUUUCUCUGCUUUUUCUGCCUCCGUUUAGGCUUCCCGUAUGAGAAGGUGAGAGAGCGUACUCUCUACCUUCAGGUGUUGGACUACGACCGCUUCAGCAGGAACGACCCCAUUGGAGAGGUGUCGGUUCCCCUUAACAAGGUGGAACUGGGACAGCUAAAGACCUUCUGGAAGGAGCUCAAGCCCUGCAGUGAUGGCAGUGUAAGAGAGAGCGGGACGACCAUCUGCCCGAAUGAUGAACUCGGUGUUUUCAUUCAGAUGUUGUGAUGAAAGUUUUAUUUAAAGAAGAGUGUUAUUGACUUCUUUUAGCUUGAUUCACAUAGAAUUAGGGUGAGCAUCGGCCGGGUCACUGGACCGUCUGUCUUUGGCACAUGGAGUUAGAGCAGAGAGGGCAGUGUUGUAAGAUUACACAACAAGCUAGUGAGUAAUCGGGAGUUUGUUAUUCCCUGAUGAAAUGUGAUAUUAGACUGGGUGAUUCACACUCUAUUGUGUUGCGUGUGCGUGUGUCUGUGUCUGUGUGUUCCUCAGGGGAGACGAGGUGACCUGCUGCUGUCUCUCUGCUAUAAUCCCACCGCCAACACCAUCACUGUGAACAUCAUUAAAGCGCGCAAUCUCAAAGCCAUGGAUAUCGGGGGCACCUCAGGUAAAGAUUCCUCCUUGUUUGUUUAGUCCUCUCUCUGUCUGACCCCUGCUCAUCACUCUGAUGACAUUGGCUUCACAAACAGCUCCAGUCCACAUGUUGGCAAACUUACUGACCCAUAGCGACGGCAGCAAGGUGACAUUACCGCCAGCAACACUCCCCUGCCAGUACUCCCUCUCCUUUCUGUAUAUCUGGGAGGAUCUUCAGCUGUAAGGCUUAAUCUGUGUCAGCUCAGUCUGCUGCUGAUUUGUAGAGUAUCAGGUCCCACUGUGAGAUGCUACCCGUGGCAUAUUUUUGUACAAUUUCUUCUUCCUGCAGUAGUAUUAGCUGCGUCUGUUAGCGUUACAGAAUAUGCUAAUGCUCCAGAAUUGGUGGUACAAAUCCCAGGCCCUAUUUCCAUAAAUACUUCCUCAUUUCUAUGUUUCCCAGCUCAGGGGAUGAGUUGACCUUGAGCUCAAACUAGGUAUCUGCUUCCCCGCUGCCUUCCCUGACUUUAACAAUUAAGAGGGUAAUUGCAAACCUGACCCACUGUGGGCAUCUUGAUCCUGGCUCUCAUGUAAACUGCUGUUCUCUGCAUCAAUGCCGCAGAUCCAUAUGUGAAGGUGUGGCUGAUGCACAAGGACAAACGCAUAGAGAAGAAGAAGACGGUGACGAUGAAGCGCUGUCUGAACCCCGUCUUCAACGAGUCCUUCCCCUUUGACGUGCCCGCCCAUGUGCUGAGGGAGACCACCAUCAUCAUCACUGUCAUGGACAAGGACAGGCUCAGCCGCAACGAUGUUAUUGGAAAGGUAACACUGAACAGCCCUCUUGUAGUUGUUUUGUUGUUUACUGUGACAGUACAGAAGCCGAUUUAGCUUCUCUGUACGCGAGUUUGAAUAAACACGGUGCUCUCUGGAUAAAGAUAACUAAGCAGUCGUGACCAAGUUUAGCAAAUGUGCCACUGCAACUUCUCCUGUGAUGAUGGCAACCACAGAUCAACAUCAGUCCAUCCAUGAUACCUCUCUGGUCAAGGCAGGUGGACUUUUUACGAAGCUUCAAUCUGGCUUUGUGCUUUUGACUGUAUAAAACAUGGAUGCAGCGUCUUUGGUGUCACUCUCUGGACUCUGAAUAAGUGAAGCUAAGUGAUGGUGCACUUUGUUGAUUGAUUUGCCCCUGGCUAAGCUCCACCCACCAGAAACAUCCUUCCGUUUACUAACAUCAAAAGAGUCUAUAAAGGUAUCUUAUAAGCUCCUCGUCUAUUGCUGCGUUCCAGUUACCUCAGAAGUCGGAUGUCGGAGCCGGGAAUGACCUUACACUCGAGUCGACGGCAUUCCAGUUAACAAGUCGGAAAACCAAGAUGGACGCCUACAGUUAGCCGUUGUUAGCUGUUGUUUACAACUGUCAGUUGUCGUUAGCCGUUGUUAGCUAUACCAGUUGUAAAUAACGCAUAACGCAGUAUUUUACUCUUACAAACACCAUAGCACCGUGUUCACAGUUAAACGUUGGGCAGCACAACAUGUACCACUUAUUAAAUUUCACAAAAACAAAACAGAAGUUGGGGUUGGCGAGGAUCCUCCUACUUUCCGAGUCAGAAAUCCGACUUCAGUGGUGCAUUCCAGAUAAAAACUCUGAAAUUCCAACUUCUGAGUACAACUGGAACGCAGCAUAUGUCUGCACAAGCAGCAGUGUACUGCUCCUCACCAGGGCCAUUUGCAUCACAUUCAUUUGCAAGUUUGUGAGGAUCCCACAACGGGAAACAACGAUACUCACACUCACCAAAAUAAACUUGUAUUUAGUUUUUGCAGAGUCAAAAAAAAAAAGACAACAGAUGUUGUUUUCCUGUCUGGUGAUUAUAGUUUCAGUCUAGAGCUUACAGAUGGUUAGCUUAGCGUAAAAGCGGGGGGUAAACAGUGCACCCGGGUCUCUAUAAUGCUAACAAAACCUACCCACCAGCACUUUACAGGCUUACUUAUGUGCGCAUUACUCCUAGUUUGUUGAAAUGCUCCAUAUCAGAAGUGUGUAAGAGCCAGUUUGCCGUUUUUCUGGAAGGUUAUGUGCUGGACUGUUUCUUGACUGGGAGCAGUUUCCAGGCAACCAUACUCCAGGGAGUAUCUGCUCCCAGCCAAGAAAUAGGCUUCAUUGAUUAAGGUUUCAAUGGCAAAAUAUAUUUCAGAAUCCAUUCGUUAUGCGGCAUGUGAGAGAACCCUUUCAUUUCAUUACCUUUCGACUCAUUCCCCCGUUCCCUCCUGUGUGCCACUUGUCCAAUACUGCUCAAACGUCUGGACUGUUUUGGAACAGGUGGUUUCUGGUCAGAGUGAAGCUUUAAGGAGCAAAAACAAAACCUACAUGUUUGGAUAAUCUUCACUUCUUCUCUUUUUUCCCUUUCUGUCAGAUCUACCUAUCGUGGAAGAGUGGACCAGGGGAGGUGAAGCACUGGAAAGACAUGCUCGCUCGGCCGCGCACUAACGUGGCCCAGUGGCACGCUCUCAAGGCCUGAUCGCACCGCCCAGCUUCCUCCAUGGCCCCUUCCUCAUCUCCUGCUCCCCCUCGACCCUACCCGCAUCCUCUUCCUCCUCCUCCUCCUCCUCUUCCCACUCCUGUCCUUAUGCACAAGACUGACUUGCUGCCAGGCUGCGAAACACGGGUACAAUUAGCCAUCUGCUCUCUUAAACCUUUAAACUCUUCUUUUUUCUGUCAGAAUCUUCUCUCUCCUCUUCUUCAUACAACUGUGUCUUAAUUUUUUGUGUCCUCCCACUUUGCCAGUGGCCCCCCCCCUGUUUCUGACUGUCUGUGUUCCUGUCUGUCCGUAUGCACUUUGCCUGUGAAGGUCUGAUGUUCAGUUUCUUUGUCUGCCCCUGAUUCCGAACUGCUCUGCAGACCCUGACCCAUUUAAGGUGCCAGUCCCACGGGAUCACAGAGAAACUUAAGUAACGGUCUAAUCUCGUAUAAUCCUGUUGUAUGACUAUUCCAGGUACACAAUACUAUACUGUAUGUACUAUAUGUACAUAUACAUAUGAAUAUAUUAAGCAUAGAGAUUGGCAGACGUCCCCCUAUACACACGACUAGUAUAGAGUAUGUUAUUCAGAGCUUCUCUGCUGGUUCCCUCCCUGUCUCCUCGACUGUCUCCUUCUCCUCUUCUUCCUUGUCACCUGUCUCAAGUGUACUAUACCCUCUUCUCAUUUCAGUCUUCCCCCCUUUUGCUCAAAAAAGGUUUAAUGUUCAGCCUGAAGUUGUCAAAAGCAAUCAAUACUCGGUGUGUGAAACCAGCUGAACUCAAGAUGAAAGUGUUGAUACUGCUGUCUCUUCUCUCCCCCUCUUUUUUCUUUCCUAGACUCUUCUUUAUCAUCCUUUUUUUUUUUCUAUUGUUCCCUCUUUCUCUUCCUCUGGCACAAUAUUAGUGGAUUCCCCUCUUCCGCUCUCUCUGGAUGCUCUUUCCGUGCCCUCUUGUCGUCUGUGUGCUGUGGGUGCUGUGCUGUAGCUCAACAACAACAAAAAAAAGAAAAAAAAUAGAGAUUAAAAAAUAAACAACUAAACUGAACUUUCCAAAGCUGGGAAAGCUGGGAACACUACAAACUUGUGAAAAAGGAUCGCUCCUGAUUUUUCCAGACAUGAAGCCCUGACACAGAGAGAGAAAAAAGAAGAUGAAAAGAAAAGAGAAACACGGCAAACGAAUCCCCCAUGAUCGAUGAUGUCAUUUUUCAGCAUCGCCAACUGAGGAAACCAAUUUCAAAUCUUCUUCCAAUGUUAAAAUAAAGACCAGAAGUAAAUAGCUAAGAGUGUGCUGUUUGUGCACACGGACACUUCUGUCUGUUUAUUGAUGCUACGAUUCCUUUGUGCUGCCCUGUGCUCUUGUUUUGUGCUGAUGGGGAUCGAUCUUCCCCAGUUUAGACUCGUGUGGUGUGCUGCAUUAAUGUGUGCCUGUUGCCUUGCUUGGGUGUGUGUUUGUGUGUGUGUGUGUUUGUGUCAACGGGAGCAACACAAUCCAGCCUGGGCAGAAAUCUUCUCUUUUCUCUUUCUCCUCUUGCGCUCUUCUUGCUCUUCUUACUGCCAUCGUUUCCCCAUCCUCCUCUACUGCCCUGCCUUCCAAACGAGGGCACGGGGAAGUUCUCUCUGCACUUUUUGAAAAUGUAAUAAUAACAAUAACGCUGAUGAUAGUUUUGAUGACGAUGAUGAUGAUGAUGAUUACAGUACUGGUCAAAAUUAAGGGAGGAGAGUCUGAAAGGGUGAGCAGCAGUUGGGGAGAGGAGACGUCUGCUCUGUGAUUUCAGGGUUUGGAGAUGAAGUGGGGGACACAGAGGAUGGGUGUAGGGCUCUCAUCCUCCUUUUCCCGUGCCUCUUUUUUUUUUUUUUUUUGGUCCUCAAUGUACCUGCAUACAUGUUCGUGUGCCUGAGUGCAAGCGUGUGUGUAAGUGUCAGCUACCAGACUCCCCGUGGCAAGCUGCUAGUGUCUGAAAUGUCAGGCGAGGAUGGAGAGAUCAGUGUGUGAUUGUCACAUAGAGGCCGGACAUUGCUAUGAUGCUGUUGCACAAUGUGUUGAUCAACAGGAAGCGCCUGGGUCAACCUGGUUGACUCUGUGAUGCUGAAUAGUAAGAAGAUGUGUAUUUUUCUAGCUCUAAAGGUGAGAAAUACUGUAGAUAUCGAGGCUCUCAGAAACUAUGAAUGGCCAGGCUUUGAAUACAGAGGGAAAUAUUAGAUGAUGCUACUGCUCUGAGAUACUUGAGAAGCGUUUUAGACAUUAUCUCUUCUCUGAGUGCUUAAGAGCACCACAGAGUGUACUGGAAGCUCCCCCGUUUGUCAGGCACAUUCAACAAAGCUCUGUAUUUCUUAAACGUAAAUAAAAACAGUCAUAAAGCAGCAACACGAAAACCAUCAUCCAUUAAGAGCUGCUCCUAAAGACUCUCUCUCUCACUGUACUUUGCUAAUGUAGCUGUCAAUCUGUCUGGGAUUUCAUAUUCCUAAAGUCCUGUGAAGCGUAAUCCUGUCAGCUCUUCAGAAAUCAUUGAAGUGAAGCUGCUUUUAAGGGAGAAAACACCUUUCAAACAGCUCUGUAAUCGGACUGACUUAGCAAGCAAAUAUAAUCACUUAUUUGUUGUGAAGUUUAAACACCAUUGCCUCUGUUAAUGCUGCAUUAUUUUCUUACUAUAAAUCUUAAUUUACAGAUUAUACCUUAAAAUAUAGAAUCUGUAGCCAGGGUUGCAUGAGGGUGACAUUACAGAAGAAAAAGCAUCACUAAAUACCGUGACGAUGAAGUCAUGAAAAUGUCAGAGAGAUUAAAUCUGUUCUAUAACGGUAAUAAAGUUGGAGUAUUGAAAGAAUGAAAUUACAAUUUUAUGAGAAGGAAGUGAGGAUUGCUGGCUAAAGUUAAUCUAUCAACAGGCUAAAAUCACAUAUAGAGUGAUAUCAGAAGAGCAGCCAGCUGAUUACUUUACAGCGAGGGCCAUUGAUCAUCUUGUUAACAAGCAGUGGAUGCAGACUGCCCGUUAGCUUGUUUGUUUUUAAAAAAUGGAUGAAUCUAGAAUCCUAAAACUUCAGAGAGUGUGUUGCCAAGACUGUGUAUUGAGUUUUUUUUCUAAUAAAAUUUUGAUUAAAUUAUAACUUCGUUCAAAUUCAAGCCCCUUCAAAAUAACAGAAAAUCAAACCACAGUCUAAAACUCAUGACUUUACUACAAGUUUGAUCUCAAAAUAAAACAACUUUAUUCCUGUUGUAAUAAGACUUUGAUCUUGUAAUAUUUCAACUUUAUUUAUUUCUUCAAUAAUAAUAAUGAACUUAAUUUAUAUUGCACCUUUCAAGAACAAAGACCUUUAUUCACAUAUUCACAUUUUUAAGUUGACUCGUAACUUUUGUCUCAUCCACAAUGUUUCCCUGAUAUUUCGUUGAAGGUCUGGUUUUAAGCAUCAAAAGUGUUCUGGUGUCUGGUUGCUGUCCAUUUGUGGUCAAGGUAGAGUUGUAGCAAUAGGCUUUAAGAAUGAAAUCUGCUGCAAUGACAUCCCAUCAACAUUAAUUUGACAAUCCUUAAAAUUCUCUCUAUGAACAGAAAUCUGCAUCAGAAAUUUUAAUCUGAACUCUUGAUUUAUCAGUUUGAUGAUCAGGCUGCACAAUGAAAGGAAGUCUGCUGGAUCCUUUUGUUGCCAACCACUGGCUACCUUAAACAUGACCAUCAUUCCACAAGGCACAAAUAGUCAUCAGAUGAUCACCAGUGGGUUAUGGGACUAAGCUCUGAGUACUAUUACUCACAAUGCUGUUGGUAAUCAGAUUAUGUUAUUUUAGUCUAACCUAAUUUAGGUUAGACUCUGUAGAGAGUAAGUGUGAGCCACUCUGGUGAGCACUCUGUGUCCUGUAAGUGUGUCCUAGCCAGUGUGCCUCAUGUGAGUCUUGGUGCUGGCUCCUGAGAUGCACUGAUCCAGUCCAGCACCCUUCAGAACAAUUGGCCAGCCGUGAAACAGGGCCCACUGUUUUGACAGCUACUGCCUGCAGUGUCACAGCACAUUACACUCCCAUUAGGUGGUCAGAAAGGAGCAAUAUCUGCUCACUUGAGCCUCAGCGACUUACUGUUUGCAGAGGUAAUGCUCGCUGAUUAUUAUUAUACAAAACAUUGACAAUCUCAUUAGUAACCACGAGGAUGAUGGAGGGGGAUAAAGGCCUGUCGGUCAGAGUGAGGAAAAUAAUUGGUAGGCAAUCGUUGCUGAAGUUGUAAAAACAAACGGUGGUUUGAAUGUGCAGGUGUUCAGGUGGCGAGUCAACAAAAUACCUCUGCCAGUUCCUUUCGCUAAGAUUACAUGUUGCACAAGUUGUGAUAAAUUGCUGUGCUACAGGAGUUUACAAAGCUUAGUCAUCAGCGGCCCUGUAAACCGGAGGAUAUGCUUUUAUUUUUAGUAACAUGAGCCAAGAUGUGAUGCAGCUGAUCCUCAAAGGUAAACCAGAGGCUGGAAGGCUGCAGGGGUAAGCUUUUAAAACUUACAAGACUGAGAGGAAGAAGGCCUGCGUCUUCAAUGUAAACCAAGCUGGCAACGUAUUUUUGUUUCUGUCAAAAACACGUCUGUUGAGACUCUGUUGAGACUUGGUGUACUGCGAUGUUUAAUCAUGAAGGUUUAUUGAAACUUAUUUCGGGGUUUUAGAAACAGUAUAGGUCCAGCUGAGUUGCAGAUCUAGUCGCGUUGGAGUUGAUGUAGAGGUAAUGAAAGAAAUGAACAAACACAGUUAUAUCUUGCUGGUGCUGGUACUUCUGUUGACACGUGUUCUUUACCUGUAUUAAGUACAAAAGCUCCUCUCCAAAUCAUGCAGUAUUAAACUUGAAUCAUGAAAUCAAUGAAAAAGUCAUUUGUAUAAACUGCACAAUAUCCUCUCCUCUAGAAGUUCAUUCUUAAACCUGAUUCUCAUGAAGUAAUCACGAGUAACACAAGCAGCGUUUGUAUAAAUAAAGGAUCAUAUGACAAUGUGAGUACAUCGUGAGCUGAUUCAAUUCAAAAUAAGUGUUUGCUUUUUGCUGCGUACUGCGGCGGUACAAAAUUGAUCACAGUGUUCAGAAAGCGGCACACUCCCUAAAAGAACCAAUAGUCAUUUUGUGCUCUUGCUGCCAGCAAACCCAACAACAGCGACAUUAAAAUGGAUGGCGAGCUCACAGCUAGACUGUAAAAAGCAGAGAGCAGUUUCCAAGCCCACUUUUAUUGCGCUGCCACCUGUCUCACACCUCCAAACGUACUGCGUUUUGUUGGCAGCAUCUCUCUGAGCAGUGACCUUCAACUACCCUGAGCUCAUGAAUACUGCGAGGCAGCGCUGCAGCUGCUCCUGGUCAGGACUUUCAUUUCGAACUAUCUCCACUCUGUUAGGUCUCUUCUUGUGUUCAAACUCGGCUCUGUUUUUCAUCUGCGCCUCAUUCUCUGUGGAAGCCAAAUGGCACCUGCAGGUGUGGGUGAUUACUGUGUCAUUAAAAAAGUUGAACUAAAGAUGAUGGACACAGCCAACACUGCCCACAACUUUGCCUCUGAAUUAAAACCCUCAGAACAGAUUUCCAAUUAUGCAAAUGAUAUUUUUCCCCAAUUUAUGUUAUUUAGUGUUCAAUCUGGAGCCCACCGCCACACACUGGUUUAUGUUUCAAAGUUUUCUGCAAAUUUCUUUUGAAUUCACAUCAGUGAAUUUUGGUUUCCUGCCACUAAAACAGCAGCAUGAGUCGAGGGAUUUGAGUCAGUCAUUUGGAGAAAAAGAGAAAAACAAGUAAAUAACUUUUGGAUUCAGUGUCAUGAAGCCAUUCAGCCAUUGAGGGGCUCAUUCUGUUGGAGUGAACCCAGGGGUCUGCGUGUCUUCUUCCUCCUCUAGCUUCAAGAAGAUAUUCUUGAUUCUUGGUGAAAUAUUUUGGACAGAUAGUUUCCCUUAAAGUUUGUAAUAUCUUUGGAGGUCUGUUCACGUUUCUCCCCGUGUCCUUAUUAGUUUUAAUUUGUUCCGUACUUUGGUGGUUAUUUUGACUAAAUCCCUGCGAAACAGUUUUAGUUUUUAUGCAAAUUUUGUGCAAAUUAGCCAACAUUAUUAUGCUCACAAACUAAGAUGAUCAACAGGGGCUGUGUUAAAGUCUGCAUAAGCUACCUAAAAGAGCAGCAGCUGGCUGGGGUUUGGAUGUUUAUUCAUGGUCUUUAGGAGCUCCAACGGGGCUUUCAGUCCCUCUUUUGUGGAAUACAGUGUGUUGCAUGAUGGGAUUAUUUUCAGUUUAAGUCCUAAAUAGACACUAGUGCUGUGUCUAUGAAUUGUUAACUAUUUAGCUCUACUUCUCAAUGUUGUGUUUUAUGUUUUCGAUACUGAGGGCUAUUCAGGAAGCUCACUCACAAAAGGUGAAAUCGUGAUCCUAUUUCAAGGCAUCUUAAAGGAAGUUAAUUUACUCACAUUGUUUGUGCUAGAAGACAAAAAAGAAAAGAGUAAAAGAAGCGAGUAAAACUGGAGGCAAACUUAAACAGCCACCACGGAGGAGAAGGCGAUAUAAGAAUCUUGAAAUGUCCGUUUUUAACUUUGUUGGUGCCAGAAAGAAGAGGUUAUAUAAUUUCUCAAAACUAAAAUUCUCCUGAAUGUCAGCUGCUACUGCCUGUUACCUUGUGUCCACAGUGCAUACUUCAUAUACUGUGUAUGUACAGUGAAAUGUAGGGAUAAUAUUAUGUAUAUUAUGGAUUAUGAUUGCCCUUAUUGAAUUUGUCAGUAACAUUUACCAUUAUAGGACUAUUGCUAGCUUGGCUGUACUCUGCCUGUUGUUGAAACUAGUUUGUUCAUUUUGAUAUCAUAAAGGCACAUAACUUUCAAGGUUGGUUGACAUUUCCUCUUCUGUCCUAAGCAGCUGAAAAGUUUUGUGAUUGGUUGUUUUAUUUCUCAGAGAAACUCAUGUCUUUCAGCUUCAGUUGUUCUUCACUUUUUGUGCACCGAGAUCCAUCUCCUUGAGUUUUUCUCCGGUCUAAAAUGUUAAUUCGUGCGCGUGUCCCGCCAAAUUUAUCACUGUCACCAGCAGCCUUCCCUGUCCUGUUUACUUUCUAAAUAAGAGAAAGCUUUAUUAGCUGAGGAGGUCACACUUGUUUGCCGAAGGAUUAGUAAGAUAUUCUUCGGAGUCUGAUGGUAAUGUUUGACCUUGUCAUCCUCUCAGCUCUGUAUCUUGUGACGCUACUUUGCCUUGAUGGAUAGGACCUUUUUAAGACGAGCGUCAAUGACUCACUCUGUUGGAAAGGUGCCUGCUAUGCUGUAGUUUGUGCAAUAUUAAAUUAAGGCUACAAUGCGCUUUAGGUGUAUGUGUGUUUGAAUUAAAAUCAGGCUGUAGUAAUCUCAUCCUGGAGGGACUGCAGAUGAUGUUUUAUUCUGCUGAAUCAUAUUAGGACGGCUGAGUCAGCGCAGGAGUCUGGCUCUGCCUCACCUUUGUCUUUUGUCCAGUCAGUAGUUGUGCAAAUCUCACCCUUUGCAGACGGACCUCACCUCCCCCAACUCACCCUUUCAAUUGUUUUAAGCAUCUGGUGCAAAAACCUGAUGUGACUCCUCCCAAUCAGGGUUCAAGUAAGCAUUAUUUGAAUGGUAACAUAAUGAUCAUGAAAAACAAUAAUGAGUAAUAAUAUCUUUUUCUCUUUCUGUUCACAUUUGACUGUUGGUCAGUGUGUAUGUAUGUGUGUGCUUGAUGUUCUUGUGUUGGGUUAAUUUCUUUACAAAAAUGUGAUAAGAAAAACCUUCUGUUUUUGAAAAACUUUAUGUAAAUAUCGUUGGUGAAAAAUUAACAUUUGUUGUACACCAAGUUUUCAUUUGUCACUUGAAAUGAUGAAGAAAACAAUGAUAUUCAUGACUAACAGUGGUGAUGUUGAUGACGCUGAAGCUGAUUAUACCUGCCCUUCUUGAAUAAGGGCUUUUGAUGUCCGCUGUAUUUUUGUUGAAGGUGUUGUGAGGUCGCGGCAAGAGAAACAAAGGGAAGGAGUGAUACCCGACACAUCUCGAGCCCACUGUAGCAACACUGCCACAUCCCUUUCCACCACCCACACCUCCAGAAGCGAGACUAAGAGAUACAUGAGUGGUUCCAGUUGUAGCCUGUGUUUCUUUACGCCACACACUAUCUUUGUAUUUUUACUACAGGAGCUCCUUUGGCUGUAUGAGAGAACUGUUCUCCUCCCUGUAGAGUCAGUCUGCUCCAGUCACUUGGCAUCACAUCUCACCCUGUCUGCUCAUAGGCACGGGGAUUUACUGUAAUGCCAUUGUGUUAGACAGGAUUGGCCCUGUACUGACACUGAUGAUGCCUUCCUCAUUGAAUUUGGAGUCAUUAUUGCUCUGCUGGAGGCCACACAUAGGGACAGCCAUGUAACUGGGGAGAGAGUGAAAGAAGGACGUACAGCAUCCUUCUGACCCCAUAAAGACGAUUUGCAUGCUUAUGAUUCAAACCCUUGUUUUUUUGUUUUUUUUUUGAGGGGGGGGGUUGGGGUAGAAUUAUGAUUAAGCACAACUGACUGCCAUGAACUCACCACAUAAUAUGCCUGUCUUCUGAACAAGAAAAAGACCCGGGAUUAGAGCAAGAGCCAGACUGUAAGUGGCAAUUUCGCAGAUGAAAGGGAAAUCAGGGUUCUUAAUCAUUUGAAAACUGCGAUAGAGAUUAAAGAUUUAUCGUUCCAAAUGUCCAAACUGUGCCCUGUGCCUUCUCAACCAACAAACACUCAUCCCGCUGUUGCUCCCGAAAUGCACUGGACUGUAGUCGAGUUUUUAACCGUGCAAAGUGUCUGCGCGCCCUCUUCUCUAUUUUCAACGUGCUGCAGCCGUAUACGUAUCCAUCUGGGCGUGUGUGCGGCCCGGGGAUGGAGCUUAUUAGUUGACAUUGUUUUAAGGACUGUCCCAACCGCAGACGUGCGAUGGCACUGCAGAUACUCCCAGCAGCUGUCUGCAGGAAGGACAGUGGACACAGUCCUGUCACAUCUGUAAUACCAUCUUUCAGAGGGAGUCUCACAGGGAGAUGAAAAGUACACACACACACACACACAAAAACACACACAUAUAUACACACCUACACAGUCUGUCGUGUAUUGAUGCACUGAAAAUAUAUAUUCUCCCUUUUUCCCCUCAAACCAGAUCCUUCAGAAUAUUUUUCUUUCCUCGCUGGUUGUAAAUAGACUUCAGUUAGAGCAGCCUCUAACUCCUGCCAUAACGUGGACAUUUUGAAUCAGGUAGGUAAUAAGCAAUACACUUGAUCUAUGUAACGCCAUAUGGAGAAAUUAUACUCACUGAGUCAGAAUGUGACUCUUGUUUGUGUUGAGGGAUGUCGAGGGUAACACUCCUGUUUCUUCACCUCCUUUCUCCACUUGCUAUGGCCCACCUCUUCAACAAAGAGUGCUCUAAUUUAAAACACACAAUUGUGAUGUGUACAAUCUAAUUUAAUGUAUUUAUUUAUGUAUUUUUGCCAACUUUGUAUAGUGUAUAAAUAUCUAUAAAUAUAUGAAAAAUGACAGUACUGUAUAGAUUUUAGCUGCCUGGUAAGGUUAAUAGUAUAUACUUGGUAGACUAAAAGAAAAAGCGUAGAGCUGUUCAAAAGCCAGUCAUUGAGAAAAUGCUUUCUGUAAAACCUGGUGCCACUGGCCCUUUUUAUAAUCUAGGUUUCGUUUCUGCUUUAUUUUUUUAUUAUUGCCAGUGGGAACCAAAAGUGUGUGUUGUUCUUCUUUUUUUUGUCUGUUUGUUCGUUUAAUCGGUUGGUUUGUUGUUUUUCAAAGUUUCUUUUGCCUUGACAAGACACAGCGAGGUUCUGGCAGCCAGGAGAGUGCAGUGGAACGCAGACCGGGACCCUGUGCAGUAGUGUGUAUGUGUGUGCGUGUGUGUUUAGGUGUGUGUCCGUCCAUGGUAGUGCUAGUGCUCUCUGUGCAGUGCCUCCCUUCUCCUUCCUCUCUCUUUCUCUCUCCGGUGUAGUUUGUCGUGUGACACUGAGUGUGUUAAGGUGCAGGAUGACUGUUCGCUGAAGCUGGCAGAUGCCCUCUCUCACUUUCUCUCUGUCCGUGUCUCAUCUGCUUCGCCAUUACGACUCUUCAUUUUAAUCCACCACGUAUAGAUUUCCACUUCCUCUUACUCGAUUGUUCAUUUACUCCCCCAUUCGGCUGGUAAUGUGCACACUAGCAGAGUCUAAUUUCCCAGUAAUCCAUGCUUCCUCAUCUAUGUGUAAUUCUUUGUCCAUUAGCAACUCUCAUCCGUCACUGUAGAGAACCUUGUUUUUCCUGCAAACCUCUGUGGACCAGAGAAGGAUUCAGCUCACAGUAAAAGAAAGAAGAUCCAUGCGCUUCAUACCUGGUCAUACCUUUAUAUUUUUGUCUUUAAUCGUCCUCUCUGUUAUGUCUCAGAUGAGAAGAGCAUCCGCCAGCUCAGCUCACAGAAACACAAAGCAGCCAUAGUCGGAUGUCAAGCACAGAUUUGUGACUCAAAUUCCUGUUGUGGCAGCGUCCCUGCUGCCAUGUUUGUAGCAAGAGCAAGAGAAUAGCCUUAAAGAUUGGACCAACUACAUGUAAAAGUAGUGGGAUAUGUGCAUUUUGUAGUGGACUAUGAUUACCUUCCCUUUUCCCACACCAGAUUUAUUACUCAGUAUUCUGAUGUGUUGCUUGGUUGCUCUGUACAUAUCUGUGUAGUACUUCUGUUGAUGUCCCGGUGUUAGUGUAGUAACGGGUUCUUACUGGGCGACCUCUGCAGAAGUCCUCUCCCUCCUGUCUCGUCUCAUUUCCUUAAAAACUUUAGACAUUCCAUCUGAAUCUCAGCUUGAGAAGCAUUUUAAAGGUAAUUAGAUUUUCAUGUAGCCUGGGAGAAAAAAAAAGGACUGAACCACAGACACUUCCACUGGAGCCAUGUUAAUAACCAGGACGUCUUGUCUGUGUUCACGAUAAACUAACAACAGACCCAGAGUAAAGACCUGCACAUGUGCCUUCCUUCUCCUCCAAACCCCACCCCUACACACCCACCCCACCUGGCUCCUAGAGGUCAGCAAGUUAAUGAGCUUGUGACCUCCAGCAGGGGAGGUGGGUGAGGAGGCGGGAGAGCCCUAGGAGGCAGUAGUGAGGCAGCAUGUGGUCUCAUCCUGGGUCCAGAGGGGAGGGAGUGAGGGCAUCUCGAGGUCAAACCUGGUAGCACUUUGGUUUUGCGUUCCAUGUUUUUUAAAGCCUCUCCUGUUUUUUGGCCGAGCGGACUGUGAUCUUACUGGUUGAUUUUCUCGUUCUCCUCCGCCUAUCAGUGUUACAGAGUGUGUUGGGUGGACGGAUCCUUGGAGCUGAGCUCUGAUUUUGUUCCAUAUUAAAGAAUCAUUUUUACAACAUGUGU